CGGCAGCAUCUGCUGAGUUCCCGCCUCUGUCCCCGCCCGGCACCGAGCAGCAGCAGCAGCAGCAGGAGGAGGAGGAGGAGGCGGAGGAAGAAAAGAGACGGGAAGCUGCAGUGUGUGGGCAGCAAGCAGCAGCGAAGGAAGGAGGCGAGUUUUGUCCUUUCCGCUGCUAGUCCUGCGAAGGAACUGGCCGGCAGCAACCAUGGCCUCGGCUCCUCGCAGGCCAGAGUCGGGCUGCCAAGCGCGAAGGGCAGGAGCAGCAGCCGCGGCGGGCCAGCAAUGAGCGACCAGCAGCAGCUGCCCCUUCCAGCCUCUGCCGUCCAGGCCGCGCGCGGGCGCGGGUCUCCGUGCGGACCCCCGGAGCUUCUCCUCCUCGACGGCCCCCUCUCCGCCCGCGGAGGCCCCGCCAUGUGGGGGAGGCUCCUCUCCGAGUUCGGCCAAAACGGCGACUACAGAGCAGGUAGCGGCGGCGGGGGGGAAGGCCGGCCCCAUCUCUUCGAGCAGCAAACGUGUGAACGCGAACCGGGUUUGGGUUGUGUAGCGCCCAGCCUCCCCAAUGCGUGUCCCUCUCUCUCUCCCCGCCCCACUCGCUUGUUUCAGUUUCCAGGCCAGAUUUCUCCCCUCGGUUUUGGCGCUCUGGGUGAAGGUCUCUUCUCUCCUCAGUUUGUGCCUGGCUUCUUCCCCUUUCCCUACAGUUGCUUCAGAUGUUCGUUAACGCGCGUCGCCAUCUGGUUUCGUGAUUUGGGAGGAGGAGAAGGGGCGGGUGUCGGGCAGUGUUGCGGGGAGAGGAGCGGAGGAAGAAGAAGAAGGUCACUGCAACAAAUCCGCCCGCCCGCCCGGCGAUGCAGAUUGCAGCCCAGCCUGGGUGGGAAAGGAAGCGGGGCGCCGCCGCUUCAGGGAGCCAUUAAAGCCGGGGAAAGCAAUGCAAUUAGUUACUACGCGGCUAUAUUUAGCGCUUUCUCCGCUAAUCACCCUUAAACCUGGCAGGAUUGGUGAACGCGGCUUAAUCCAAAGAGGAAAAGAAAAGCAACCCCCUGCGGGAAACAAACUAAACAAAAUCACCACACUUGCUUUUCUCUUUGGAAGUUCCCAGAUACGGGUGGGGGGUUGGGGAGAAGACCCUAGUGCUGCCCGGUUUUGCACAUGGCCCUGGAAUAAAUAAGUGUGUGCUUGUCUCGUCUCCCAGUCAUGGAGCCCAGUUUCCUCAGAGAGACACUGUAUGCUCUGCUUCCGGGAAGUAGUGAUAACUCAGGGUUAGAGCUUUAUUUUGGAAGGAAAGCUUUAAAGCUCAGUAGUGCUGUUAAAACCGGAUACAUCUCUGUCGAUGCUUCUAGUGUGAUGCUGCUGUUGAAAUGGGUAGGUUAAAACUGGUGGACUUCAGUUGGGCCUGUGUAGCUAGCAUGUCCUUGAUAAAUUAAUUAAGCCAUACAGUUAUCUCUAUAAUUAAACCAUGCAAGAUAGGAUUAGGUUGAAUAUUCUUGCACGGAUGGCCCCAAACUAGGUAGUGUUUUAGUCAUCAGCUCCUGUUACUGAUACUGAAUAGUUCUCUUGCAGUGCCUGAGAACAAACUGUACUUGUCUGCACAGCACUUUAGAAUAAAUUACCAUUCUUUGGUAACACUAUGAAUUACUGAACUGUUUGUUACAUGUGAGGAGUGGCUUAUAGCUUUAAGUUGUCAGCUGUUCUCGGGGUGAACUAUUAAAUAGACUCUGCAGAUUCUGUUGUUUAUUGUGCAUACCAUUCAUUUGCUAACUUUUUAAUUAAUGAUCAGGGCUUGUUUCCUAUUCCUUAAUCCAACCAGAAAUUGAAGCAAUAGAUUAAAUUUGGCAGUUCCAGAAACAAAAUCCAGAAUUUGUGACUGGUUUACUAAAAUAAUUGUAUAUGACUCAAGUAUGAACCAACCCUGUUGGUUCGCUAGAAGAUCUCUCUACUUUAUUCUCCUAGUCUAGGAUAAACACAGCACUGAUCCCCCUCCCCGGCACUGUUGGUACAAGACUUAUAGCUGCCUAUUCAGUUCUGUAUGUAUUUCAUUUGCUGUAAAGUGAAAGGAAAAUAGGACCUUCUAGCACGUCAGUGCUUAGUUAGUCCAUCUUGCUCAUUAUUGUUGACACUAACUGGCAAGGCUGGGCUCUCCAGGGUUUUAGACAGGGGUAUUUGCCAAUCAUGUUUGGAGAUGCCAGUGACUGAACCUGAUACCUUUCGCCUGUAAUGAAUGUGCUUUACUACUGAGCUUGAGGGCAUUUUUUAAAUUUUUAUAAUUAGCUAUUAAUUUAUUUGCAUCACACACACAUUUGCAAAGUAUGCUUAGCUUUUUAAAUAUUGUUUGCUUGCACUGUACCCAUAAUAAAAUGAAGCAAUAGUAUGUGCUUUAAAGAAUAGGGUUGUAAUAUCUAAAAAGAACACACCUGCCAUACUGUAAGUAUUUUUUAUGGCUUUUCACGUGUUAUACAGUAUUACUGAGGAGAGUGGGUGAGAGGUGAACCCACUGUCCAAAAACAACAAGAGUUACCCAUUUCUAUAAGAAAAUACAUAGAAAAACAAGUGGGGAAAAUAAACAACUUCCAAGUCUUUCAGAACAACCAGCAGAUCUUCCUGAAAGUAAAAGGAUAGAAGCUUGUGAGAAAUGCACACAUGUGAUUAAGAAUUGACAGGUGCUUCCCAGCAUGUUCUACUGUUACAUCAAUAUGUUUGUAUACUUAGUUUGCUAGGCUAAUACAGAAGUGAAUAAUAAAAUAGAUUGAUUUAAAAGAAUGUUGCUGGUUAUAAUAGUAUCCUGCUGCUGGACAAAAUGUGACACCCUUAUUGUCAAACCUGGAAAUCUUUGUACCAUUAUGUUUUUUCAUUUCAGUUUAGUAUGUUUACUAAAAUCUAUACCAUCCACUUGAAGCAGUGAUUAUGCCUGCCAAGUGCUAGAAUAUUAGGGCUGCUUUUGAGUGUACCAUUAUUUACUUUGAUACUGUAGUUUGAUUGGUUGAAGCCUCUGAAUGGAACCAUUAUCUGACCCAAUAUGAGAUUAGUUCUGAUUGCACAAUAGCUUGGUAAUAAGUCAUAUCCAUAGUGAAUAUUUUUGAUUGUUCUUGUGGUUAAUAAUUCCUCGCAAGAACACUAUAAUUAUUCAUUAUUCAGUAUUUUUAUCAGGACAGUUGGGUUGCAAACAUAAAUGUGAAUUCUAAUUAUUUAAAUAAAUCAUGUGCAAAGUUCCGUAGAGAACAUGGAUUAAUUGAUAGCUCUAAUCCAGCAAGAGGUUUCAUUUUGCAGGUUACUCUUUGCAUGAAUAAGAGGCUGUUUUGGGAUGCAGAAUCCCCCUCACUCAUAAUGACUUUGUACAGAAACUUUAUAAGAAGACCACAGAGUAUUGCACUUGUUUAUCUGAAUGUGUAGGUGAUCAAGAAUAAAUAUUUUAAACACCUGUUUCAGGUGUGGCACUUGUGAAGAUAAGAUUGAUGAUAAUAAUAAUAAGCUAUUUAUGGACCCAAACAUUCAUAUUGCUUCAUUUUAUAUCUAUCUAUCUGUCUAUCUAUUAUGGGACUAUCCUCAAUAAAACAAAAUGACUGAGCUCUGUGAAGCAUUAUAUAAUUAAUUAUAUAAGGCAAAGAGCAUUCAUGGGUAAUUUCAGACCCAGGUGGUGUUUUUGUUUUUUGUUUGUAGGAUAGCUAGUUGUUAACCAAAUUCCGAAGGAGAUUCAGAUGUCUGUUUUUGAGGCUGAAUGGCUUCUUUUGCUGAGACUUCUCUUUUUCCUAGCAUCUGAAACCUUCGUGUUUGGUUACUUAGAAAAUGUAGUUCCAGAACAUGCAUUGUUCAUACAAUUUGUGCAUGGCAUGUGGUUGCAUAGCACUCACUAGUCCCACUGGAUGUUACUAAAUAAUAAUGAAUGACACAACCUCUUCCUGCUUGUGCUAUUUUGUGAUAUUUCAAAACAAACUUCAUUAAAUCUGUCUUCUCUAGAGCAAUAUGCAGUUCUUUUAAAAAAUAAAAAAGUGGUAAACAUGAGCAGCCCUCUUGCCCCACAGUAAUGUCCCGCAUGGUGUAGUAGUGGUUACGAAUGGUAGACUCAUAAUCUGGUGAACCAGGUCCACUUCCCCGCUCCUCCACAUGCAGCUGCUGGGUGACCUUGGGUUAGUCACACUUCUCUGAAGUCUUUCAGCCUCACUCACCUCACAGAGUGUUGUGGGGGAGGAAGGGAAAGGAGAUUGUUAGCCACUUUGAGACUCCUUAAAAGUGAAAGGCAGGAUAUCAAAUCCAAACUCUUCUUUUUCUUUUUGUGAUCCUUGUAAUGGAUGUAUUAUUAUUAUUAUUAUUAUUAUUAAUAAUAAUAGAAUACUCCAUGGUCUCUUUCUCACUCCAACACAAAUUCCCAACGGCAUUUGGUUUUGUGAAGACAAACCAAAAAUCCUGAUGUCCAGGCAGUCUCCUCACAACAAGGCUGGACUGCUGAUUAGUGUUUUGUUUUUACUUUUACAUUUAUAUCCUACAUUUUCUCCAGGCGCUCAGUGAGUUCCCCUCUACCAUGCAAGUCAUGUGAUGUGUGAAAUAAGAGCUGUUCUUCACAAUGGCAUUAGAGAAAGUGCCACAUAUCUGUGGCAUGUAAAUUGGUGUGCAGCCCCAUGGGUGUAUGAAUAGAGUCCAAUGUCUGAGUGUCAGGAGACCAUAAAGUAAAGCUUUGAUGUGCAUAGCAAGGAGGCCUCGAAUAAAAAUACCCCACAAAGUAGCAUUCCCCAGAAUGGAACCCCCCCGAUCAGGCAUAGGCAAACUCCGGCCCUCCGGACUACAAUGGGACUAUAAUUCCCAUCAUCCCUGACCACUGGUCCUGUUAGCUAGGGAUGAUGGGAAUUAUAGUCCCAUUGUAGUCCGGAAGGCCGGAGUUUGCCUAUGCCUGCCCUAGAUAUUGCUGGGCUGCAACUCUCAUCAUCCCUGACCAUUGGCCAUGCUGGUGCAGUUAUUGGGAUUUUUAUUCCAAAAUAUUGGGAGGGCAACGUCAGGGAAAGCUACUGCAAAGCCAUUAAUACCUGAAUAUGCACAGUGCAACAAUUGUAGCAUGUUUGAUAAUUUAGAAAAUGCAGUCAAGUACUAAACAUUUUUUGUGCUUUUUGGCUUUCAAAACUUUAGCGGGGAAUCUUGAAGAAGGACCAUACUUUAGUAGUGGAGCAUUUGUUUUGCACAUAUUCAGUCCCUGGCCUCUUCAGGUAUUCCUGUGAAUGUCCCCAGUCUGAAACUACAGAGAGCUGCUAUUAGUUAAUAUAGACCACAUUGAGCUAUAUUGACAAUUCAUCUGACUCAGUAUAAGGCAUCUUACUAUGAUUCCAAGCUGGAUAAUUAAUAGUAGAGUGAUAUUUUGUUCCUUGAUCCACUAACUUACUUGAAGGCAAGCUUUAGGCUGUUAUAGUUAUUUCUUGUCUAAUAAUAAUUUCCUGAGACAUGGUCUUGUUAAUAUAGGACAAAUCUGAUCUGUUGACAACAUCUGUCUUUCCCCGAGCAAGGUAGGUUUUCUUGCUAAAUGUUAGCCUCAGGUGAUAUGAGAGUGAUCAGCCUCAUAGGCAAUGUCACAAUUGAAUUUUAAACCAGUGUGAGAUCACAAUCUUACUAUGAGCUUUGAGGGGGGUCUCCUGAAUUGGUUGGUUAUGUUAAAACAUGAAACAAAUGCUGAAUUCAUACUAUAGGUGAAGAACCGGCUAGGAUAACCUAAGCUCUCUUUGCCUUUUAGGUGUGGGAUGGGUUGGGGUGGGGAGGGGAGAAAGAUCAAGUAGUUUUAUAUCUGUUUGGAUAUAAGCAGUAAUUGGAGCCCCGAAGAUGAGAACGCAAUGGUGGUACUUGCCUCCACGAAUGCGAGUGUGUCCUUGAAAGGGGAAGUAAUGGUGAGUUUCUGAAUUGUCUGUGUAGUGUCACUGGCAUGCCUAGAGCCUUCAGGGAUGAACUCAGUAGGCUGUACUGCCUUUUCUCUCUUUUUGGUUUGUGUGACCUUGAUUUUCAAGGCUUAUAUAGCACCGCUGCCUUUUGUUAGCAGCUCCCUUCUUGUUCUUCCUAUAUCUUACCUUCCUAUUUGUUUCACUUCCAUUGUAAUAUGGGGUUACUGUAAUGUCCCUUUGUGAGAUGGCUUUUCUGACUUUACAUUUGACCUUUUUAAUUUCUUUUGGGGAUUGUGCUCUCGGGCAUGCUGUAACAAAUAUGCAUGGGUGCGCAAUUGGAUAAUGAACAAGCAAGGGAGAAAAUAAAUCUCACAACAGAUGGAGGCUCACAUGAAGCACCACCUUUUGUACCAAGGAAUAGCAUAAAGGGAGGGAACAAGAAUACAGCUGGCUCUAUUCUCACCUAACUGUUAUAAUUAAUGGGUGGUUUCUGAAGUUUAUGUGAAAUUGCAAUCUUCACUCAGUUGGUUAUGUUACAGUAAGGAGGGGAUGAAGAGAUUUCAUAAUCCAUAAAACUAUUAAAAAGGUGAACAAGCAUUCUCAAAAUGUUUAUUGCAAAUUAAAAUCAGGAUUGUUAUGAAAUAGUAAUGAAUGAAGAGGACAUUCAUUAUGCAAUCUGAACCAACAAAGACUAUGCUCUUCCCAUUUGCAUGCCACUUAUUUGGCAAUGGAAGUUACUCUUAAGAGUCUAUCAGAGUAAGCAUUUAUUUAUGCAUACUCAUUGAUAAUAUUAAGUUUAAUAUACACAUUUUUCAUAUUCUGUGCACAGUAGCAAACCAAUUGAGCAGAUGAGAAAUCUCUGCAAUUGCUUGGGAGUCUUGAAGAUCCUGAAAUGGUUUAAUGCGUGUGGCAGAUGUCUUAACAGCUAUUGUUGAAGAAAAAUCCAUUUGUUGCUGAUAAGCUAUAAUAGGAGGAAGGCUGCUUCUACACUUGUCUCCAGUAUCAACUGUUCUGCCUCUUCCACAUAACUUUAGAAUCCUAUCUUUGGUUUGUAACCUGAGUUUCAGGAGCUUACAAGCUAUUUGUUAAUUCCAGUGGUAUCCUUUACUGUACAACUUUACAAAUGAAAACAUUUUCAUUCUUAUAAAAGGUCUAUAUUCCGUGUUCUGAAAACUUAUGUGAGCAACUAAGUUCCCCUCUGAAAGCUUCUGCUCCUCUUUUGCACAUUUUGUUUAAGCUCAGUUGUAGGCAAUGUGAACUUUUCCCAUAUAAUUGUGACUAGGAUUGGGGUGCUGCUGUGUGUACUUUGCAAAAUGUGUACUGUCUUGUUGUUGCUUAGUUUUUGAACAAGUGAAGCUUCAUUGCUCAGAAACAAAAAUAAAAACAUACCGUAUUUUUCGCCCUAUAGGACGCACCGGCCCAUAGGACGCACCUAGUUUUUUGGGGGGGAAAUAAAGAAAAAAAAAAUUUAUUCCCACCCCAGCCGCGGCUUCAGCACGUCCCGGGCAGCAGGCUGCUAUAGGCAGCGGGCUCCCCAGGUUUGCUGAUAGCUUCCUGAAGCCUGGAGAGCCGAGAGGGGUCGGUGCGCACCGACCCCUCUCGCUCUCCAAGCUGCAGCGAAAGCCUGCAUUCACCCCAUAGGAUGCACACAGAUUUCCCCUUCAGUUUUGGAGGGGGAAAAGUGCAUCCUGUAGGGCGAAAAAUACGGUACUAUUGAAGAACAAACUUUAAAUUGUACUUAAGCCCAAUUCAGUAUGUUUUCCUUUAUCUUAACUAGUGCACAAUUACAGGAAUAGUCCUUAUGCAUCCAUGAUUAGGAACUUCUGGCUAGCCACAGGAUAGUCACAUUGGAUUCAUUAUGGCCACAUAAGCAUCUGCUUAUAUUUGUAAUUAGGACUAGAAGAAAUGCAGAAGUAGAUGUUGAACAGUGUCUAGGUCACUGUAAAUGUUUCUGAUCUCUUGGUUGCAGUCCAAGUAUGAGAAUUUCAGUGAGUCAAAGGGAUUGGUAAUUUAUGACUAGGAUUUUCAUAAGUUGAGUUUUCUGAAACUUUUAAUUGCCUACAGGUAGUGUUGUGUCUGUUCAUGCAACGUGUCUUUAUCUCUCUUUAGGCAAUCUUUGUAUGAAUGUGAAUAGGCCAAGGACUGCUUGCAUAUAGUUUCUUUGUUGUGAUUUAGGUGAAAGGAUUGUUCCAUGAAUGUGAGAAACAUUUAACAGAAAUUUGCUCUUUGAUUAUUUCCAAGCUUCCAGUUGCCAAGCAGCAAGCAUUCUUAGGCUUCAGAAGAACAUUGUUACAGAGUUGGGGGCGGGGGAAUCAUUUUGUUUACAGUAUUGUAUACCUAACUUCACACUAUGAUUCUCCUGCAUGAUGUGGAAGGCUGUGCUUUUUAAUUUGUGGUACUGCACUGGGUCAGCUCUUCUGCUUCGAUCUAUUUGUUUGAGGAGAAAUGAAUGGCUGCUAUGUAGUGACAUAUGCACUCGGAAAUUUCUGUUACAUGAGCUGAGAAUGACAACAGAAGACAUUUUAAACAGAAUUUUUUGACACUUGUAGUUUUUACUGUAGCUAGAAGUUGCAAACACUUGGGUUUUGUUUUUUUUAAAGUAAGCUUGGGCUAAAUAGAGAAUGAUACUUACAUUUGUUGAACAUGCAAGAUUACUACAUUUUAAAUUUUAUUUUUGUUUCAGGGUUCAGCUCCCUGUUAAGUACAUGGCUGAGCAGGGUGGCCCUGAGAGAAUCACUGUCUUGCAGCUUCAGGUUCCUACUUGUAAAAUGGGAGUAAUAGUGACCAUUCUGCAAAAGAUGUCAGAAGAAUAUAGUGAUGAAGGUAGUUCAAUUUGUUUCCUCUUCUAAGCUUAUAUAUAUAAGCUGGGAUCCUUUGGGAGGAAGUGUGGAAAAGAGAUUUAAUAAAUAAAAUACCUAUAAACAUAUAAAGGGGGGGAUCAAACUUCUUUGCUUCUCCCAUAGGGGAGCAUGAGUGGACUAGGGAGACCAGUCUCUAGAGAAAUUAAUGUAGUUUCAGAAAUAGCAUUGCAGCCUGCAGAAAAAACCCUUCUUGUUCUCAUAUAUUACCUGUGGAAAACCUAUGUUUGAAAUUGACAGUAAAAAUAAAAUUAAAGAAGGCUGCAGUACUAAUGUUGGUACUUUGGGACUUGUCCUUAACACAUGAAGAUUCAAUAAAAUAGUUUUAUAAAAACAAUUUCAUCGUAUCAGAAAUAUGGCCUGGAAUAGCAGGGAUGUGGCUCUAUAAUAAAGGGUUUGAAAUAAAAAUGAAACUGGAGUUGUACACAUCAUACAGUAUUUUUAUUUAUUACCGUCUGCUCCACAGUAGGCCAUGGUGCUCAAGCUUUGGGUUUGUCUGGCAGGAAUCAGGAGUGCGUCUUUGUCAAUCUUACCUUGCCUUCUACACCACAUUUCUGCAAGUUGCUUAGUGUUAUACUGAAAGACGGGGGUUGUUGUGCAUGUCUUUCUUCCUUACCAAAAGGAAGCUUUGUGUGCCUCUGUAGGCCAUGGAAACUGACAGCGGUGGCUAGGCAGUGUGAUGUAUAGGAAGAGACUGAUGCUGAGCAAUGACUGGAAGGAGCAGUCGCUCCACCAGUUAGUAGCAUGGAGCUUCCUUUCUCUUGGCCACUGAUUGACCCAUUGUACUACUUCUGUGUUUGCUUCUGUUGGAAACUGAUGUGUCUUACAUAUACUGGUUGUCUAAACUUCAGCUGCAUCCCCAUGAACAAAGGUGCAAACAUUUCCCAUUUUUGUCACUGGCUAGAGGACCUUGUCAAGUGAAGUCACGAAGGGCUAUCUCAAGAGUCCUUUGCUGAAUUUCCCCAUAAUUACCUUGUACAUAAAUCUGCUCCCUCUUGCUUUAAGUUUUCUUUAACUGUUAAUUUAAAGAGCUACUUAAAUAUUACACGAUAUUACACAGAUAACGGUUUAACUCCCUCUUGUCCAAUUCGUAUAUUAUUGCACAGUGUAGCUGCUGAAAAAACUAUUCAUAAUGCAUAGAAGGUUGGAUCACGUGUACUUGUUUUUGUCACAUUACCUUGGCAGUGGGUGGGUGCAGUGUUGGAGAGGGAAAUGACAAUGUGACUUUGGUGAUACUGCCUUCCCUUACUUAAUGAAGCAGUAUUGACCCUACCGAGCUCUAAUUGUAUGGAUACCUUGCUAGCUACUGUACAUCUUCCUAUUAGAUCAGUUUUCUUACUUCAAGUUCAUGGUACAGUCGUACCUUGGUUGUUGAACGGAAUCCAUUCUGGAAGUCCGUUCGACUUCCGAAAAGGUUUGACAACCAAGGUGUGGCUUCCGAUUGGCUGCAGGAGCUUCCUGCACUCAAUCAGAAGUUGUGUCAGAUGUUCGGGUUCCAAAGCAUGUUUGUAACCUGGAACACUCACUUCUAGGUUUGCAGCGUCCGAGAGCCAAAAUGUUCAAGUCGCAAGGUGUUCGGGAUCCAAGGUACGACUGUAUAGCAAAAAUUUUAAAAAAAAUUUCAUUGGAAAUUGGGCAGCAUGAAAUGCUAUUUUUAAUGACAAUGUACAAUGUACAACAAACGACGUUUAGUUUCCAAGUGGUUGCAGGAAUAUGUCAACACAUAUCCCUGUCAUUCCACCCUAAGGCCUGGCUGUUACAGACCUGCACCUCUGCUUUACUGUGUGGCCAAGCCCUGCCUUACGUUCUGCAGUCCUUUCGUUAUGCAGAGCAGGCUCGACUGUUGUUAGUUACACUUCUCUUUUUUAAAAAACUUUUUUUUGGUGGUUGCUGCAUAACUCAUAAGAGGACUGUAUUUUGAUUAUAAGCAGUAAAAUUGUUUGCAAACCAAUGUAAAACUCUGAUCUGAAAACAGCUUAGAAUAAAGCAGUGUAAAUCUACUAUUCUCUGGCUGUUUUUUUAAAAACGAAAUCUCCCCAGAUGGAAUAAUUUGGUUGGAACAGAGUGUAAAAGAGGAAUAGUUACUAUAGGUGAAGAGUGCAUUGGUUAGGAGGAUGGGGAGGUGAGCCAGCAGUAGAAGGCAUGAGCUAAUGCAUUGCAUUUGCGUGCCAAAGUAGAAAUAAGAAACAUCUGUAGCUCAGUUUUCUGUUUCUGCUGUGUAUUAACAGACUUUAUAGGAGCAAAAUAGCUAAUCGGCAGGGCUGUACAACUCAGCUCUAAACUCUUCUUGUCCAAUUUUUUAAUACUAGGAUUUGGUUCUGCAAGUGGAAUAGGUAGAAUAAAUGAGCUUUGCACAGUUCAUACAAUUUGUACAAUGUCACAUGUGGUUCUGUGAGGAAUUUUUGUCUUCCAGAAUUUGGAAUGUUUCAUUCAGUUUGUCUGUGUGUAAAGGAAGAACAUGGAUUUUAAGGCCAAGAAAAUGUGAUUUUGCCAUGAGAAAUGGCCGCUGGUUGCACUUAGCAAAUGGACCUUUCUCUGAUUACUAGAAUUCCUAUUAAAGGAAAAAUGGUCACUCCCUUUUUUAUAUUCCCUGCCUGCUCAGGUAAUAUGUAGGCUAAAGACUUGCAACAUGAAAAUGAAAACAGAUUCUUAGGAUUGUGUGCAAAGGAAUAAAAUUUAGUUGCCAUAUUCCGUGCAAUUUGAGUCAUGCAGGUUUCUAAAGUCCCGGAUUAAAAUGAAAUCUACAAAGGCCCUGAAAGUUCGUUAGUUGAUAUCUAUGCUGGUUUUAUGUGUUACACAAAUGCACUUGAAUGAAAACAUGAGCUUUAAGAGCUUAUCAUUGUGCUAAAGUAGAUUGUUUAUAGGCUGUCUUUGUCUCACUUGUGUCACUCUAAUUACAGUUGAAGCCCUCUAGGGCUGUAACUUACUAUGCAGCAGCCAUGUGCCACUACGGAAAUAUGACGACUGCUUGUUGCAAGUGCUGAGUAGAAAGUUCAAAGAGAAACUUUUGCUUACCUUCCUCUUCCUUCCAUUCUUGCAUGUGUCUAUGUGUAUAUACCUACACAGCUCUGUCUGGUUCUCAGAAUACCCCUGUGCUCUUUGAGCAAUGCUCUCUCUUGCUUACAUUGAAUAUUAUUAAUUUAGUGAAGUCCCAUUUUAUGUAUUUUUAUGUUUUGGAAAUUGUUGUGGCCUACUGCUGAUCCAUUGAAGAUAAGUAAUUGUCUCGUAAAAAAGUAUAAGUCAGCUAUUUCACCAGCUGUUAGAGACAACUACAGCUAUGAAUUUAGAAUUACAGUAUAAGAUGCAGUCAGUGCAGAAGUUAUUUACAAGUAGGACAGUAAAUUAAUACUACCUAUAGUAUAUACUAUAUAGAAUAUAAUAUAGUAUAUACUCCUGCCAACCUAGCAGUUCGAAAGCAUGCCCCCCAAAAGGUACAAGUAGAUAAAUAGGUACUGCUCCGACGGGAAGGUAAACGGCGUUUCCGUGCGCUGCUCUGGUUUCGGCGUUCGGUUGUGCCAGAAGCAGCUUAGUCAUGCUGGCCACAUGACCCAGAAAAACUGUCUGCGGACAAACGCCGACUCCCUUGGCCUGUAAAGCGAAAUGAGUGCCACAACCCCAGAGUUGUCUGCGACUGGACUUAAGUGUCAGGGGUCCUUUACCUUUUUUUUAUAGUUCUCAUACUAUAAAUACUACCCUAAUGGAGUUGUUAUGCCAGUCCUCAAAUCUGGAAGAUGGAAAUCCAAGGUUUAUAUUCUUACAUCUUGUCUGCGAUCUGUAUAUUCUGAUUUCCUCCCCUUACAUCAUUUCAAUCUUCUACAGGCAGGACACUGAAGGAUUUUAUGCUGCUGAACUGUGACAGUGGAGUAUACAUACAUUAUGCACUCUUGGUAGUUCCACUGCCCUCAAGUUCUGGGUGGUGCUGUUCCAGGAGAGAGCAUUCUCUUUGUCAGCCCUUAAGCUAUGGAAUCUCCUUCCCACUGAGGUGUGUCUGUUACCUUUAAUAAGUAGUUUUUGUCCUAUGUUGAAAUUACCCUGGUCUUUGACACCCGAGGUCUGUAUUUCAAGACCCGACCUAUUAGUUUAACAUUUGUUUUAAAUUAUUUCAAUAUUUUAUUUUUAAAUUGUUGUUACCCAUCUUGAGACUUCAUGGCAAAGGGCUGAUGAUGAUGAAUAAUAAUUAAUAAUACAUUUUGUAAGUCUGCAGUAUUCAAGGCAUCAAGAAAAUUUAAAGAGGCAAUCUUCUGCGUGACUCUCUUCUCUGCUGCUGUGUGUCUAAAAUUUUACCAGAUUUACCAGCUUUAUGUUUAGUUGCAUAAAAUCCAUAGAUUCUGCUAUAAUUAAGUGUAGCUGCUGCCUUAAAGCAGUCUCCGUGCCAUCAUUUUACUACACUUGCUGGUAAAAAAGUAUUGCUUCCAUAUUUUGAUUUAAUAAAACUUAAGGAAAUAAUACAAUUCCUUGGUGAUCACAGAGUCCAUUUUACAUGCAACUAAAAUUGUAGUUGUAAUUUCCUGAUCCUUUAAGAAAAAUGGGAACCUGCCCAUUUCAAGCCUUGGCACAGGUUGCAUGAUUUGCUCCAAUGUCUCCUGUCAUCCAUAUGUAUUGCUCUACUAUUCCCCCGCUCCUCACAAACUGGGUAGGCCUGGCAGUCUGUUCUGAUUGGCAAAAAUGAAGACGGAACAGCAGGAUAACGAGGGCAACCUGGCAGGACAUAAUGGACAUGCUUGUGCAUCAUCUGCCCAUGUUAUACUUGGCUCAGUCCCCUGACUUUUACAUACAUUUGAUAUUUGCAUUGUAAAGGCAAGCGCUUUGAAGUGGGAUGGGAAUUAGCAAAGCGCAGACGGGAUUGGCGCAUACCAAUUGGUGAAAUUACGUUCUGCAGUUCUUUUUAAAAUUUGAGCACUACAGACAUGCACACAUGAAUACUUCGAGCAAGGUAUGAGCUUCCUCUGCAAUGCAAGUAGGUCAGGUUUGUCCUGCCACACUGCAUGUCAUUUGUAAUUUACUAAAAGAGCUUACUACUGUAUCUGAAGUGUGUGUUAGCCAGUAGUACCAGCAUAGCUGAUUGGCUGUGUGCAGACAUAGAAGAGGGGGCAGCUUGAGUGGAAAUGUCUAUCCUUCCAUAGACUGGGAUCCACAAACUGAAUUGAAAGUGUAAAGAUGUAAUAAGUAGCGACAGCAGUAUAGAGGAUAGGAAUCAAGGAACCUGAAUAGAUGUGGUUGGCACGAAGUCCAAGUGCCUUAUUAGUUGAAUUUAAAAUGUGUUUUCUGCUGCUUUGCUCUGUUUAGUUAUGAUGUAGUAAAUCACAACGAGUGUCUGUCGAUGUGAGUGUGCAUGCACGUGUGCAUCUGGCAUUAUUCAAGGUUCCCCUUUAGCUGAUUGUUAAAUUGUGAUUUUAUUUAAUUAAUUGACUUUUUGGAAUAGGGUGCAUCUUGCACUUACCGAAGGUUGGCCUCUACUACAUUGUGUCACAACUCAUAAAAUCUGUAUUUCUUCAUGGCUUUUAAGUCUUUUCAUUCAGGAUCUGACCUGAAUAGAUGGCUUGUGACAUGCUGUAAGGUCAUGAAAUCCAUAGAUGAUGAGCUGAACUAUAUUUACUGUAUUUCUGUUCUGUUAUAUCAGAUAGCAUGCAGUUGUUUAGUGUCUUCGGUUGAAGUGAUUGCUAAAAGUUGCCCUCUAGCCAAGAGUCUUUUGUGUCAGACAAAUGAAACUGUCUGCUGGAAGGAAGCUGUUGAAAACCCUUUUGAGGAGAUUGUGGUUUGGUGUCGAGCUCUCAUAAUAUUAAUUACACUUCUCUUAAGGGUCAUUUUAAUUAAAUUAAAACUAGAGAAAAGUAGCCUUUUAGAAUCCUGAGCAACAUUUUCUGUGUGUCAGAACGUAUGACUUCCAGCUUGCCUCUCAAAACCUUACUUGCAAAGAAACUGUAUUUUGCAAUAUCUUCUGAGCCUUGAGCAAAGCUAGCCUGAGAAUAAACACAACAAAUAUACAAUGUAGUAACUGAAUGAUACCAGAUCUGAACAAGAGACUGUCAUUUGUUUGAAUGCAUUCAUGUGCAACUUCAGUGAUAAAUUACAUCAUUAGAUUACUGUAGAACAAAUUGCUACAGGUUUUGAUGUUUCCUAAUUUUACAUCUGUGGAUAUUAUCUUUAAAAUACAGUUUGUUGUUGAACUCUGUCGUAAUGACUUUGAAUAAAUAUACUUUUUUUUUGGCAGGCACAGAAUAUUCUUCGUCGGGAUGGUUACCUGGUACUGAUCCACUGUGGCAAGCCACAACUGGUUCAUCAAGUGGUCGGAGUACCCACCUGAGAAGACACAGCAUAGCUUCUGACAGUGGGGACACUGGCAUCGGAACCUCCUGUUCUGAUAGUGUGGAAGGUGAGUAGAGAUGCUUAAUAUAAGGCAUUGGUGCUUUCAUGGAAUGCAGAGGCAAGAGAUGGUCUUGAAACACUGAGACGGAGUUUAUAUAAAAUACAGAGAAGCAUGUAACUUGUUCAGAGAACAAGUUAACUCCCCCCCCCCCCCGUUGACGUGAGAGAUUUAUGUUUUUUCAGAAGUAAUUCCCACCAUAUUCAGUGGGGCUUAUUCACAAAUAAGUGCUCAUAAAAUUGCACCUUAUUUUUUAUUUGGUCAAAGGUAACUUAUGUUAAAUAUAGUUACAGGUAGGUAGGCAUGUUGGUCUGCUGUAGUCGAAACGAAAUAAAAAAUUUCCUUCCAGUAGCACCUUAGAGACCAACUAAGUUUGUUAUUGGUAUGAGCUUUCGUGUGUAUCUGAAGAAGUGUGCAUGCAUACGAAAGCUCAUACCAAUAACAAACUUAGUUGGCCUCUAAGGUGCAACUGGAAGGAAUUUUUUUUAUUAUGUUAAAUAUGUAAGACCUCCUGAGUAUACCCUUCAUGAGAUGCUGAUGAUCAAGAGUGUUGCUUUGUUUUCCUCUUCCACCAUACCUAAACAAGUAAAAAUCAAUAAAAAAUUUAAUUUGGAAGAACACUUAUAGCAACAGAAAUACUUACAUUUGCAUAGGGGAGUAGUGCCUGUGUCCAGCUCUGCCUGGUUCCCCAGUUAUGGCUCUUCCUAGAUUUGGCCUGCAAUUUGUUUACUUAUUCCAUGAACUGGUGGUUGAACAAUCCCUCCUUUGCCAGCCUGCUCAUGUGCCUACAUCAAAUUCUUGGUUGCCCUUGCCUUGGCCAUCAGGCGGGUUGCUAAAAACAAGGCUGGGCUACAUAGCUCUAGCUGAUAACAUUGUUGUACCUACUUUUAUUUGUUAGCACUCCCUUUGUUCUGUUUUUACUUGCCCUGUGUUUAUUGGAAAUAAAAGACAUGUUAUUGGAUCUGCUGAUGUCACUUAUCUACAUUGUUUUCACACUGCUGUUCUAAAUCAUCUUGCUGUUUUCCUGUCUGAAAUUCAUGCACGAGGCUGUUUUUCAAGGGAAGAGGAAAAUUUUUACAAAGCAAAACAGGAACCUCACUCUGAACUCAUUGGAUUGCAUUUUUGUCAGUACUGGCUAGACUUUAGGCAAGACUUUAAAAAAAAAAAAUAGUGGAAUGCAGUAUAAUUCAUGACGAAAUCUAGAUAGGCUGCCAAUAAGAACUUUAUUUUCAAGCUGGUCCUUAGCCUGUUCUCAGUUGCAAUGCUGAGAAGGCAGGUCUUACAUAACUGAUGGUAUAAAAUGCUGUUGAACAACCUGGCAACUUUGACCAUUGCAAAGAUUCAGGGAAAGGAAAUUGCAUUUUUCAAGCUUAAUAAAUAUAAUGAAGUUCCUGUCAGCUUCAUUACUGAACUAGUCUGAUUUUUAUUGUACUUUCCCAUUCUUAAUUAUCAAUGUUUAAAACUAAGCCUUUGCUUUGUAAUAUAUCUUCACAUAGAAUUGCUUUAAUGUUCUUCCCUCUACAAAUGGGUAUGUAGAUUUGAUAAAUGUUUACAUACAGGGUACAUGCCCAGAUUAUUUGAAUAGAUUGGCAGAAACCAGCAAAAUCAGGGUUGUGAACUGUUCUAAACCAUCAAGGUGUCUGUGCUACAGAAAAAUGCUUUUCUUUACGUCGUCUUUUUAUGACUAGUCCAAAGACUGUUGCCAAUUACUGUAGAAUUUGAGAUAUUGUAUAAUCACAUAGUUAUCUAUCUGACUCCACAGUCCAGUGCAUCAUUAUUUGAAAUCAAGUACCACUAUUUUUCUUCAGAGUUAUUUCCAUGUAAGUGUGCAGAGGAUUGCAAUCUGACUCUGAUACUCUUCUUACUUGAUCUAUAAAGCUCUUUGUAGUUUGAUGCCUUUCCUACAUUUCUUAAUAUUUACCAACAUUGUUGGAGUGAAUUUCCUCUCCUUUCUCAUUAAGAUGAAAGUACAGAUUUUGCUUUAAGUGAAGUUACAUGUGCAGUAACUAAGAGCAUUGCCUCUUGUUGCGUAGUAAGUAUCCAAAAAGUUUUUGCCUAUUCAAAAUUCCACGAAUGCUUAUGGGAGUGUUCGCUGCCUUGUCAAUUCGAAAUAAUUUAUUACAACUGAAAAAUCCAACUCACUAGGGUGGGAGAGGAUAGAUGAAACAAAAACAAGUAACAAUUAUAACAGCUGAGAGAGACUCUUUCCCCAUAUCUCUGGCCAGGAAUACAACUAAAUGUUUAGCCUGAAAGCAUAUACUAUAAAAUUGCAAUUGUUCAACAUUGUAGUCAUAAAAAAAAAAAAUUUCUCUCUCCCCCCCCCCCAAAUUGGCAGUCUCCCAAUACAGGAACUACAGCAUCUUCACCACAAUUGGACUCAUAUGUGCACUUAGUGACUUUUCUGUUUUUAGUUUGGUUUCCAGUCUGCAGAAAUAAACUGUUCUUGUUUCAAGCAUCUUUGAAUGUCUUCUGGUAAAUAAUGAAUGCAAGUAGAUCGAUAAUAUAAAUAAAUACUCCCUAGGCAACCAUAGAAAAGGUAUCUUGUUCCCUCAUAUCCAAAAGGAAAAUUAUUGGCCAGGUGGGCUGAUUCCAAGUUCAGUUUAGAUGAGGUAUGUCUAAGUUUGUUUCACUUGAGCUUGCUCCGUUGAUACUUAACAGAAGUGUUGCUCUUCCUAAAUGAGAUUCUAGCACUUCGUGUUAUCAAUAAAACAAUAGUGGCACAUAUGGUGGGGCAGAGCUGUCCUCCUGUUGCUGCUGCUUACCCAGGCUGGGGCAGGGUGACCAUGCAGCUCCAACUUUGCCUUGGUUCAACAGCAGAAACACCAGUCUUGGGACAGUGGCUACACCCCAUCCCACACCCCACUGCUGCUGUAAAAGGAGCACAAUACACUUGCCUUUCCUAACUUGAGAUGUUUUGGACUACAACUCCCAUUAUCCCUGAUCAUUGGCCAUGCUGGCUCAGGCUGUUGGGAGUUGUAGUCCGAAGUGUCUGGAUGGCCUCAGGUUGGGGAAUGCUAUUAUAGUCCUACUCACCUAUGAGGAAGCUUGCUAGUCACUCAAAACUGAGAGAUGGCCAUUGAAGGAGGAAACUGUUGUUUGCCUGUGCAAGUGGUUCACAUGUAGUCGCCGUCCCUUCCUGCUUCCAUCUCAAAGCUUACUUGUAACUCAUAUUUAAAGGUCAGCAGCAGAUAAGCUGUGGAAAUAGGGUUCUGCUGUGUGAACAUGUUUGUGUUGGGUUUUUUUUUUAAAGUUUCAGAUAAAAUGCUUUACAUGUACAAAUUAAUGUGUGAAGCAGCCCUAAUUGUGAGUGAUCUAGAAGGUUCUCUGUUAAUAUUAAGCCAGGAAGCGACACUCAGAAUUGUGUCUUCAUGUGAAUCACUCUCAAAUAACAGCUACCAAUAAAUAUAACUGUUUUAUGGGACCUAACAGAAGAUAGGAAUUUUAAUGUGAGUGCUGCAGUUCACUUGUACGUGGUAGGAAAUGUAUUAUCCCCUUCUGAAUGGUGUUUUACUGAGUCAAAUGAUAAACUAUAUUUGCAACAAACAGAAUAAAAAUAAUGCUGUGAUUUACAGAGCAGACUGGGAAAAUGUUGCUACUGUGCUUUUUUCAUGCAUGUCAGUUGCAUAAAUAUGUGCUCUGCAGUCAGCCAGACAGACACAGAUUUACUUUGCCAACAUGAAAGGAAUAAAAUAGUCUGUCACAGUAAACUGCUUUUAAAUAAGUGAAUGGUCAUUGCAACCAAUGAAAACUGCAAUAAAGCAAUGGAUGUUGAAGAGCUGUCUCUUGCUUUCGUCCAUGUCUGAUUUCAGAGGAAAUAACUAUUCUCUUUUAAUGAAAAAAAUUGUAUUAAUUUUUAACUCAUGUACUAAUUUGUCUCUUUCCAAACACCUGAGAGAAAUCUGUCUGCAACUAGAAAUGUAUCUUUGGGUGAGAUAUCUUAGGAAGAAGCAGAAGGACAUUGCCAUUUAUUUUAAGUCAUGAAAUGGGCUCCUGUUAGUAAUACCGUUAGUGUUGUUGGUGGACCAAUAUGUUGUCAGGUGUGGUUCUGUGUUUCCUUCACCCAGGAAAUCAAGCAACCCCCCCCCCGUGUUUCUGAAAUGCAUUGACAAUAUUCAGGAGGAAGAGAGCAAAAGGAAUGAGCUGUCUUGCUCACACACCCCUGUGACUCUUUCCUUUCCACUCCCACAGGACAGUUCAGGCAGCAUGGGGGUAUAUUGCCACAUCUACCAAGAUUGGCUCAAGUGUGAAGAGCAGCUAAGUGAGAGGAGAAUUCUUCCUCUUCACUGCUGCCCUUCUCACCCCGCCCCCCCCCGCACCAUCCUGUUCUUCCUCUUGCUUGGCAGUUUCAGAAUAUGCCAGGAAGGAAUGAAGUAGCUCCUUUCAUAAAAGCAGACUUGUCCCAGGAUGCCACCAGUUCCAGUGUCUAUUGUGUUUUCUUUCAUUUAUGCAAGAAGAAUGCUAUGAAAUGAUACUUUCUAAUAGGGCAAACAGUUCUGAAAGGAAGAAAUCAGUGAAACUGGAAUCAGUCAUAAAUUAUGAGUCUUUAUUUAUGAUGUUUGCUGUAUCAUUAUAGUUACUGCCAGUUCAUUAUGAUACUGGUGCCCCUGGACUUUUAAUGUUCCACAAUUCCUUUGUAAGCAUUCCUGUAUUUAGUGGCAUAAGGAACAUUUUACCUGUGUUUAUAUGUACCCAUAUGGCCUUGCACAGAGGACAGUGUCAAAAUGUGGAAGUAGAAUCUGGAAAUCAUGAGCUGGAGACAAGGGAGAGUUGUUUCUGUCCAACCUACACUCAUUCACAAAUGCUUGGUUGCUCUUGACAGUGUAUGUAGUAUCUUUAAUGUGCAAAUGUGCAAUCUACCUGACCCUCACAAGAAUUGAAUGGAGAGGAUCAUGAGGAUUAUUAUUAAUUGAAUUUAUUUACCUCCCUAUACCCAGAGGUCUCAUGGCAGUUCACAGAUUACCACAUUAUGAUUACUGGGCCAUGUUGGCUUGAGUUUAGUCCAUGAGCCCUUUCUACGCAAUGACCUCAAACCUCUCUGUAUACCUAACAUGACCCCUUUCUCUGUGGGGCAUGAUUUAUUAAAUAUUCAUGAAUGAAAAGGCAAGGCUAUAAAACGUUCUGCAUUAGAGCUGUUUAUAAAUGAUUGAUAAGCCCAUUUGCUGCUGCAGUCUCAAGGAUUAAACACCAGUGUUCACAGCCUUGAUAUUUCUUGUAUGCUUACAUCUCUUUGAACUAGCAUAGAGCCUGUGAGGAGACAGAACCCAUUGAAUAAAAGACGGUAAGCUUUCAGCUGAAUCCUCUGUCUCCUCACAGGUUCUGUGGCAGCCCAAGUUGAGAAAUGAGUCACUAUUGUAUGGGAGCUAUUGCUGUUGCCUCCCGGCCCUUGUGCCAUUGCAAUAAUGCCUUUCAGGAGACAGUGGGCAGAGUGCAGUGCUUUUUUCCCUUCUUCCUUCCCUAUACCUCUUGUCUAACAACCUCUGAUAUUCAGUUUUGAUGUUUGCACAGCUCAGAAGGCAGCCCUUGGUGAUGAGUGCAUGGGUGCAACUUAAAGACUACUGCUCCUAACUUGGCACAGUAUGUAAGGGAAGCAUGCUUAUGCGAUGUGUUUUGUGUUUCCUCACUGUGCUUGCAUAGCAAGGGUUUGGAGAUCUAGUAGUUCUGUUCUCGUGAAUACUACAGUUUGCCCAGUUGUUCUUGCUUAUAUUUUUAAAAAAAUGCCAGUGUACACUAUAUGAUCUGCAGUUGAUGGCCAGAUGUGGGAAAGGUUUCACUUAAAUUUGUUGCUUGAGAUUUGUUUUCUUACUUGCUUUUUUUAAUGUACUAAUUCCUGCUCUUACAUGGGGCAUCCAGUAGUCUGGUCCCCCCCAUCCAAAGUUCUGAUCAAAUCCACACCUGCUUAGGUUCAACAGUGUACUUCAGCCGCAAGUACUCCCAGACCAUGAAUUGGGUCUUGCUUGAGAUCUGUUUUCCCAUGGAAACCAUAAAACAAUGUAAGCAGUGUUUAAACUGCCAGGAGAGGAAGUGAAGCUUAAGUCGCUCCCUUCCCUUGUGAAAGCAAAAGUUACAGAGAGGCGUGCCAACAGUUACUCUGCUAAUGGAAAAAAGUUUGUUUCUGUCAAGUAUCUUGUCAGUAUUUCAAGUGCUUAAAAAUUACAAGAAACCUUUAUUUUUAUAUAAUGGUACGGAUACUCUUAAAAUACAAGCAAUGUCCUUUGCUGGCUGAUUGGGUCCUCACAUUUUGCCAUUAGGUGUAAAUAGCAUGAUAAAAGAUCAUUUAUCUGAGUUGAGAAUUUUUCCAACAAAGAUUUUGCAUGGAUGUUGUGUUGCCUGUGGUAAUCUGAGGUGCUAAACGAAGAGGAAUCCUGCAAAAGAAGCAACAUAUGUCUUAAGAUGCAUCUCCAAAACAAAAAUAUUUUCUUUAUGCUGAUCUUAACUCCCAGCAACCCUGUCUCCAAUUCAAAAAGCAAGCAUGUGAAUGAAGAAUGGAAUCCUGGUUUCAAAUCCUGCCUGCUUUAGCCAAGAACUAAGCUUUGGACAAGUCACUGUCCCUUAGUCGCAGUUUCACAACUAAAUAUAUUGUAAACUAUUGAACUACUUUUGGAAGAGUUUGAUCAAGACUAAACAUGAUCAUUACUGUGGAUCCCCGUGAAAGAUAAAAAUUAUAGAACUGCUGAUUAAGCAGCCCUGAUCAAGAUGGCUCUGGUUUUUGGAGUUCAGAGGAUGAUUUGAGGGAGCUGGUAGGAAGUUUCCCUAAUAAAAGUUUCUCUGAUCUGUUCAAAGGGUAUAUUGAUUAUCUACUAGUGGUUACAUAAUAUGUUAGUUAUCUAGUGGCAUUAAAGUGCUCAAACUGUAAUUGGCCUGUAUAGUUUGAAUGAUAGUAGCAAGGUAAGAUGGUAAGAAGGCAGAUGAAUGAUGUGAGAGCAGGAAAGUAGAGUAUCCUGAUGUCGGGUGGAAUUCCAUGGAGAAAAGCAAAAAGCUUGUAGCCAGAUUUCUUCCUUCCAGCUAAUGCACUUGGUUCAGGAGACGAUUCUCCUGGCAGCAUAUUGUAUUGAUUUUUAGGUUGGAGACCGCAAGUCUCUAGGAUUCUGUAACAGAAGACUGCAAUUAGUUGGAAAACGAGCUGGCUGUAAAUCAAAAAUGUCUUUGUAGACCAACCUGCUCAUUUUGGAUUAGAUUGAAUUUAUAGAUGCCUCCCAUUUCUUGCAUUGCUUUUAAGUGUUGCUAAGUAACGGAGCAUUAAAGAGAAUUAUACAAAUGUAUGUCUGUGUGUCAUAUUUAAGGCUACCAAGGCAUUUUUUUUAAGGAAUAGAAGAGAAAUAGAAAAUAAUUUGACUUGCUAUAAACCUAAUCAAAUAUUGAUAGUUUAGUGGGAAAUUUUGAAAACAUAGAGAUUGAUCAGGUUGGGUUGGACAUCCAGCAUUCAUUUGUGCCUCUUGGAAAAUCUUCCUUUUCUGUGUCUAAAUGUAAAAUAGAAAUAAAAAGAAAUACAUAGAUUUGUUCUUCUCCAUAUACUUGAUGUGAAGCAUGGACAAUAAAGGGCCUCUAAUUUGGGGCAUGACUCAGCCGAAGUUAAGUACUUUGAAGUCCCACUGAGUUAAGUAAAAACAAUAGAGUUGUGACACCUUAAAGACUAACAAAUUCCUUAUGUCACAAUAAAUUUCAGUGAAGGAUAUUUAACAUGUGCUUAAGGCCCCCUUGAAAAUUGGGUUUAUGCUUUUGUCAUUGAAAACAUCCCAAAAAACUCUCAUGUCAAACUUGCCCUUCUGAUAAAUGCUCUCUUUGAGUGGAAGUAGGUGAGCACAAAAGUCUCGGCCACUCAUUUGGCUUAAUGUCUCAUGCAGGGCUCUUCAACGGUCAGUAUAUGCCCACCCCCCAAUACUCAGUGCAUGUGAAUUGUGAUGUCAAUGAUCCUUUGGUUUUCCAUUAAUAAAUUUUGCAGCCAGCAAUGUCUGGGAGAGUUAUAAUAGAUAAUAUAUUCAUUCAGAAGGCCCACUAAAAUAGUUGCUAUGGUUGAGCAAGCCUAGUUGAGCAGGAACAUUUAAUACCCAUGCCCAGUUCGCAGCUUGGAUGUGAAGCUGUAGAAUAAGGUAAGCUCCACUUUACUUUACACUCAAGGUUUGCCACAUAGUACCAGAAUAUUAAGCAGGCAGUCCUAUUAAAUGUCCUAAUUUUGUUUCCCAAGUCUAGAUCAUGUAGGACUGCCCACACUUUGUUUAGUGUUUACAAAGCCAUGUCACUGGUAUUGACUAAAUAUUUAUUUGUCACUACAGUUGUCUCUACAACAGACUAGUUAGGUGGCGUCUCACUGGAAGAGUAGUUGAUGUAAUUGAAGGUUUACGGUUACAACAACUCCAGGCACCUUAAUGCAGCGAGAUUAAUUUCACAGUUUUCUGAAGUUGGAACACCCAUCAAGUGAAAAAGCCUCUAAUCCUUAGGGUAAUCCAUUGGCUUUCUGCACUUACAGCUAAUGAACUUGCGGUUUUUGUGAUCUUAACUUGACAGUAAAUUCAUUAGGAGAUCAGGGUUAUAUUGGGUCAUUACAGUUUCGUUGGAGGGGGGGAAAGAAUUUCCAGUCUUAAAACCAGUGCCCAGUUUUUAGAGUACACACGUCAGAGCAAAUAGGAAUGCUUUUAACACAUGAUCACACCUUGUCAACGAGAACCAUAUUAGGGAUUUGUAUUAUUUAAAUUUUUCUACAAGAAGUGGAAACUUCUGUGGACAGAUCAGAACAGAGGGCAGGUGUUUGGCAAAUGUGAAUUUUAUUAUGUAUUUUGAGCAAUUUUGAUUAUACAUAAUAAUAGCAAAUGUACUUGAGGGUGGUUCCUGCAAUAUUUCAUACAUUGAACCAAAGUGUUAAAGUGACUGCCUUUAUUUCAAGGGUCAGAUGAGGGAAGGGGAACUGAUCUCUUCUUACUAAGCAAAGGUUAAGUUCUUCAUCAGGAGACUAACAAUUUUUUGCUUUGGUUUCCAUGUUCCUUGGGCUCUGGCUAUUAAAUAAAGACUAGCAUCCCACUGAAAGCAAUUUGGAACAUAGAUUAGAGAAGGUCAGCAGAAACACAGUUUUACAAGAGCACAGAAAUAACUCAAUUUUAAAAAAAGUAUAACCUAUUGCAUGGUAGCUGCCUGCCUGUUUUGUGUGGUCUGCAGGUGUAUUUACUCUGCAGACUGGGGGAAAGCUCUCAUGAAUGAAAUACAGAGCAGCAUGUUAAACCCAUUUUAAUGUAUAAAGGUUUGUUUCUCUCAGUAUUCUGUUGUUGCCUCUAGAUAUUAAAUCCACAGUUGUGUGUACCAGUGGAUAGUUCAGGGUAAUACUUGAUAACUUUAACGUAUAUGGCAGAUAUCAUGUUAUCUCUUCUCUGUACAGUGGUACCUCGGGUUAAGAACUUAAUUCGUUCCGGAGGUCCGUUCUUAACCUGAAACUGUUCUUAACCUGAAGCACCACUUUAGCUAAUGGGGCCUCGUGCCGCCACUGCACGAUUUCUGUUCUCAUCCUGAAGCAAACUUCUUAACCCAAGGUAAUAUUUCUGGGUUAGCGGAGUCUGUAACCUGAAGCAUAUGUAUCCUGAAACGUAUGUAACCCAAGGUACCACUGUACUUUAUGUAAGGAGCUGCGUUAAGAGAACUGAAAACCACACAGCAAUGUGAUUAUUAGCACCCUCCCUUUGAUUGGAGACCUACAGGAAAAGAUUUUUAAAAAAAAUAAUACUUGAAAUUCAUUGCUUCUUUCCUUUCUGCACCUCUUCUCAUUAACAGCCUCUUCUGACUUUAUGCUCUGUAUGCUUUUUUAUCAUUUCCUCUUAAUUGUGUUUUUAACUCUGUGGAAUUCAAAAGUGACUGCAAUCUAGUAACGAAAUAUGUUGCUGCUUUUGUUUCAUAUCAAGGCCUUUGGGUUGUUUGGCAUAUGUGCCUCUAGUGCUAUAUCAGAAUUUUAGCAGUGGGAAGAACCAUUAAUUAAGUACCGUAUUUUUCGCUCUAGAACACGCACCAGACCAUAACACGCACGUAGUUUUUAGAGGAGGAAAACAAGAAAAAAAAUAUUCUAAACGAAAUAGUGGAUAUAUGAUUUUUGUGGUUCAUGCUUUGGCCACACACAUGUGAUCUGACAGUGAGUUUGGAGUAGCCCAAUGCAAAAAUCCUGAGGAUCCAUGUGGAUCCAUGCUUUGUAACCAUGGAGGAGGGAAGGAAGGGGAACCAUGGAUCCUCUGCUCACGACUGCAGCAGAUCCCCCCUACCACCCGGAGGCAUUCGCUCCAUAACACGCACAGACAUUUCCCCUUACUUUCUAGGAGGAAAAAAGUGAGCGUUAUGGUGCAAAAAAUACGGUAUAUAAUUAAUUAAGCUUCCAUUGGAAGGAUGAAUGCUAAUGAUGUUACCUCGUUGGAAGCCAUUCAACUCAAUAGAAGGAGGGGAAAUGAGCAUAACUAAAUGCAGAGCUAGUGUCCAGGCUCCCAUCCCAGUGAGCUUCAUGACUGGGGAUUUGAACCCUGUUCUCCCAGGUCCUAGUCCAACCACACUACCACACUGGCUUCCUAGAGUACUUCUGCUAUGGAGCAGCUAUAUAAAUUAAGUAGGUAAAUAAAUAUGGGGAAAGCAAGAUGUCAGAGAAGGAUCUGAAAUACUUUCUUAGCAGCUUGAAUUUGUUUUAGUCUGGAUUUUUUUUUAUUUGAUUUUUUUAAUGUGUUGUAAACCGCUUUGAGAUUUUUUACUUAUGAAGUGGUAUAGAGAAGAUGAUGAUAUACUCCCGCAAUAAGGUUCCUAGACGUUCCGUUGAUUCCAGCAUUGCAGGGGGUUGGACUAGAUGACCCUUAGGGGUACCUGUCAGCUCUACAGUUCUUUGAUUCUAUGACCGUAACCUAGGUUUAAGGUGGCAUUUGGUGAUUAACUUAUAUAUCUGAGUUUCUAACCCUGCAUGGCAUACUCACCCACAGUAUUCACUCUGCAGGAAUGUUGGCAUUGCAAACACGUGCUCCUUCAGGGUUGGUGGUUCUGCGCCCGUCUGUGAAGGUGGCACCUGGUUCUAGGCAACAAGACUGCACCCUCCUGUUCAGUUGCUGUUGCCUUGUGUUUCAUCUCUCGCCUUGGCUGCUCAAAGCCUCCCUAUCCCCCGCCCCCAGUCCUACAUUCUGCAGGAAGGGGAAGUGGCAUCCCUGCUCCUCCUUCUGAAGUAGCUGAAGUUGGUGCAGAAAGGGGAGGUCUCCCCACUCCUCCAGCCCAAUUUUUAACUAUUUAACCUUUCCUCCUGCCUCUCUCUCCCUCCUGUGUCAGAGUUUACCCAUUCAAACCUGAUCCCUAUGACACUGCGAGACUCAUGACAGCUGGAUAUUUCAUUUGAAGGCAUUUCAAUAAGAUAAGGUGUCGGUUUUGACAUGGUCAUAGUACAGUACUUGAUGUGUGGAGCACUUUAUAGUCGUCACCCUUACAACUGCAGAGGGUCAUUAUCCACUAGUCAUCACUGGGUUAAAAUUCUUACACUGUCCAAGUCCAGACACUAGGCUAUAUAAAGCAGUGGAAUUCUUGAUGCCAGCUAAUGUUCUCCUAAUAAAAUUUGAGUUGAAAUUGGAUUUACAUAGUUUUAUAACAAGAUUGGCAAAACCAGCUAUGACUUGUUUUCUUGUCCUCUGCAGCAAAGCUUAUAAGUGGUCAGCACUUUCAGUGCUUAUGCACUUUGUAUGUUUUAUUAUGUUAAUAGCUUAAAAAUAAAUAAAUUAAGGUUUCAGCAUUUUAAGGAGAUGCUUGAUGCUCUGUGAAUGUUUCAUCAGUGUGUGGAGGCAAAUUAUUACUAGUUCCAGCAAUUCAUUAGUGUAAGUGGGGACAGAAACAAGUCCCAGAUUAGAGCUGAAUAUUCUUGAUCUGGAUUACUUUAUUUACUGUUUUCAAAUAUCAAAUGAAAAUUGUUCCCUUAUUUUGAGGAAUUCUACCUCAGUACUAGCCCAGUGUCAGUGCAGUACAGAUGGUACAGUCACGCUACAUUUAGGUGAAAGGCUUGCAAAUUUCAGGCUUGUUGAGUCUGCUUUGUUUUUUAGUAGAAUCCUGAGGUCUACGACUCAGAAUCAGCUGCACAGUAGUGGGUCAGGGGGACGGAUAUGUCCUCAGAAUUAAGAAACAGUUUGUCUCUGAGCAGGAAAUUAAUUCUAUGCUCAGCUGAGGAAUUAGUUUUCAGUACUGGAACUGGACUCACAUUCCAGUCAUACAGACAUCUGACCCUAGUUUCUUGACAGCCUUCCCCGUGUCAGAAAUCGAGUUUGAGGGAGGAAGGAGCCUUUUUGCUAUUGCCAUUCUUAAAUUAUUGGGAGUAAUACACACUUGCUAUUCGACGCGUGGAUGGCAAUCUGCUUUCUGCCUGCCCCUGUAUAUAGAGCUGCAGUCAGCUGCUCUGAAACUAAGCAGGUCUUGGUCUAAUCAGUGUCUGGAUGGAAGGCUGAGAACUUAGAUAUGCUGCCUUGAAUCCACCAAGGAAGAAAAAUGUAAUGUGUGCACUCUCUCUCUCUCUCACGCAGUAUAUAUAAGCAUGCUUUGUGGUACUUCAUGGAGACAAUAAUUAAUGUAUUUCACCUGAAACACACUGGCAUCGGAAGUGUUAAAGGCUCUCUCUGUUUAUGACCAUAACAGUCUUAUACCAGCUUAUUUUAUUUCUAAUGGAAGUGUGCGCUCAAACUGAAGGAAAAUGUGUGUAUGUGCACACGUGUAUUGCUAACAGCAUAAACACCAGAAUAGUUUUUUAAAAAAACUUUACAUAUUUACCUAAUAGAAUAGUUAAUUCUCUUAAAUAUAUAACAUAAAUAUAUUUACAUUUCUACCAACAAUUUGGUACUUUAAAAUCUCAGUCCUUCUUUCUGUAAGCUUCUUAGUUUGGUUUAUCAACCCACUUUCAUACUCUUUUGUUGCCAUAACAAAACUUUGAGACUCAGUACCCACAUACCUCUCUUCCUGAUUGAUGAUAUAAAAUACUGUCUAUGAGGCUUCUAAAAAUCACUAGGGUGUGGGCAUGUUUGUGUAUCUGUGUGUGUUGAUGUGUAUUAGUGUGUACGUGCUAGGUUUCACAUUUCAUCCCAGUAGCAUUGCUCUGGUCAGAUACCAUUGCAAAUGGGAUUUGCUGUUACUAUUAGGUGACACAUAAAAACACAUAAGAAGCUGCAGUGCGCAAAAUAGCUCCCUGUAUGUUUUCUAUCUUGUCCUUCCCCUUCCCCUAGGGCUCCAGAACACUUUAAAUCAUUAAUGUCAGUAAACCAGCCUGAAAUAGCUUAUUUUAGUGAACUUGGUGCAGGAGGCUGAAUACAUUUAAGUACCUCUGGAUAGGUUAUCUGAGUAGGUGGUUCUGUAUUUGUAUUUGAUAUUUUCUCUCCUUUGUUCUGUAGCUGCUUAUGUAUUUAUAGCUUACCUAGUUGAUUUCUGUUAAGACGCGCCGAACUCAUUUUUAGUUUUGGGGAUGGCUGUCCUAAGGAAAUACGUAAUUACUAGGAAGCAAGCCCUGUUGAGCUCUGUGAGACUUACCUCUGAGUAAAUAUGUUUAGUAUUGCACUGCAUAAGAACUUCACCACUCUCACUUUCCUUAAAAAAUAAUGGCUUGAAAUUUAAUUUUAUUAUUAGUUAUAACAUUUGAACUUAGUACAGUCGUACCUCGGGUUACACACGCUUCAGGUUACAAGUGCUUCAGGUUACAGAUUCCGCUAACCCAGAAAUAGUACCUCGGGUUAAGAACUUUGCUUCAGGAUGAGAACAGAAAUCGUGCAGCGGCGGCGCAGCAGCAGGAGGAAGCCCCAUUAGCUAAAGUGGUGCUUCAGGUUAAGAACAGUUUCAGGUUAAGAACGGACCUCCAGAACGAAUUAAGUUCUUAACCCGAGGUACCACUGUAUUCUCUUGUUAGCUUAUAGUAUAGAAGAAUAAAAGAAUAAAAAUAAAGCAUAAGCAAUAUAAAUAAAGCUAAUAUAGAUACAAAGUAAACAAUCAUAAAAACUUUCCACAGCUCCAAAGUUAAAUAAAGAUAUAAAAACUGAGACCAGACUUCAUGAGUUAUCUAAAAAUAGCAACCUGAGUGAACAGAAAAAUCUUCACUUGGAGCUGAUAAGACCCCAAGGAUGACAUUAGACAUACCUUUUUGGGAAUAAUGUUGCAUUACUAGUUGUGUACUACUACUGAAAAGGCUUUCUGCCUGGUUUGUUACCUGCCUCACUUCUUUCAAUAGAGGCACUUUAAACAUGGUCAGCAGCUUCUCAGACCAAAUGGGAUAAAAGGUUUGAAUUAUCUCACAUUCUGAGCAUUCAGAACCAGCAUGUCAAGGAAAGGCUAGCAUAGGCUAGAACCCUGGUGUGCUAGUUUGAAUAUGCAAGAGAGUUUUAGUUUCUAUUUUUUAAGAUGUGGGGAGCAUUCAAACAUUUAAACCAGGCAUCCCCAAACUUGGCCCUCCAGAUGUUUGGGACUACAAUUCCCAACAUCUCUGACCACUGGUCCUGUUAGCUAGGGAUGAUGGGAGUUGUAGUCCCAAAACAUCUGGAAGGCCGAGUUUGGAGAUACCUGAUUUAAACCCAUAAAGUGGUCAUCCAGCAACAGAGCUAUCACGUGAGGCUGGCGAAUUGUGUUCCGUGUGUAUCUGAGAUGUAGGAUACAUCUCAGAUACUAUUGAGGCUAUUGGUGAACUUAACAGUAGAGGGUAGGAAAAACACAGGAUAAUAAUAAUAAUAAUAAUAAUAAUAAUAAUUUGUAACAAGCUUUUAAAAAAUCUGAUUGCUGUAAAUGGAUUUAAAAACAAGCAAGUCCAGACUUGCAGUCAAAUAGACACAAUACAAAGGAGAAAAAGAAUGGUGAAGGAAGAGAAAACCAAACCAAUUCUUAAAGUUACAUACUAGAUCUUAUCUAGCUGGAAUGGCCAUAGCAGAUACAGUUAUGAGACAGGAGGAGGCAAAAUGGCAGUUAGUCCCAGCUGAUCUGAUGGAGUGUGAUUUACUGUGUCCUUUUCCUCUGAUGCAGCCAUAUUGAAAAUUGUGCUGGCUUAUAUCUAUGUCUCAUUCCUGACUCAGAGGAAAACAUCAGGAGGGUAGGUGAACACAUAUAAUUCACUUCUGCUGAAUGUGACGAAGAUUAAGAGUGCUAUUGCAGGCGCCAUCCUACAAAGACCAUUGAGGGGGCCCAACGCGAUGUCCUGUGUGAUGGCACACAAUGUCCCUAUAUUUUUCUGCGCUAGGCCUUUGCCCCCUGGAGCCAGCGCCUAUGGCUAAUAUAUAUGUUUCCCCCCUAAAACAGAGGAGUAUUAGGUCAAGCACUAAUGUAAGUCAAGAAAGCUUUCAUUAGUAACCUCCUUUUGUCUUAGACAGGUUUUUUUCUGGAAUUGCUAACAAAUAGUACACUUUCCAUUAAAUUUGUGAACUGUAGAAUUACCAAAAAAGAGGUAACAGUUUCCGUUUAAAGUGCUGUGUAUAUGUACAGUUAUAUUUUAUACAUUGCUUUUAGUAAAAUCUGAUGCUUAACUUUGUCCAGGCUGCUGCCUCUGUUCCUAGCCUUUCUUAGGAACUGAUGUUUUAGCGAAACAUUGGGCAUUCUGUAAGGGUUUAUUUGGCAGAGAUGAUUGUUCCUGGCCUUCAUUGUAUCUUGUAUAGUGUUAAGCAAUGCUUGGGUGGUGAAGAACAAUAUUGCUGUUUCAUAGCAACUUUUAAUAAGAAUGUAAGUCUCUACAUCGCUGGAGAGGAAAAAUAAAAAGAACCCCUGAGAAGUUAUAUCAUCAGCAGUUUGAAAAUGUAUGGGUAUAUGAUGGAUAAAACAGUCCCAUUAAAUUUCAUUAUCUAGGGGAAAAUAGACAGGCAAUGUGUUGUAGAAACUUAUAGAAGAUUAGACUCUUGUGUAGCCUAUGAAGCUUUCAGCCUUGAAUUUAGGUUUUAUUGCCAGUAUUUUAAUCAAAUGAAAAUGUCAGGUUAUACUGCCGCCCAUAAUAAAGGUGUAUAAAUAAUAUUGGGAUUUCAGUUUACCACCUAGCUUUAUAGGCAAUUGCUUUUUAUCCUGUGCCCUAAAAUGUAUGGUUUCACAUCAGGAAACAUACAACAGUAAGCACACUGCCUAAGAAUUUUGGAAUUUCCAUCUUGGCUUUGAGUUGGCUCGUUUCAAACAAGCCAUAGUUGACAUCAGUCGCAAUGAUACCUAGGUGUUAACGGUUGAUUUGGAUGACACAAUAAACUGUAGUUAAACAAAAACAAGUGAAAGUUUUCAGCUAUGUCAGAAGAAGAGGGGGGUGCAAUAACUUGUGGUUUAUCUAGGCAUCGUGUUAAAUUCAAGUAUAAUGUGUCUGCCUUAGUUCAAAUAAUCCUACACUUUUUUUGGUACUAGGGGUGCUUCCACAUGGGGACUUGAUACUGCAUAUGGAUUAUUCAUAUCUGGUUUGGAUGUGUGCACAAAUAUGCUUCUACACAUUCCAUUUCUUCAUUUGUGCAUAUUCAUUAUUAUUCAUCCUUUUGCCAUUCACACCAGUGGGCGGAGCUUGGUUGAAUAGAUCAAUAUCAGCCAUGCAUCCCCUCCCCAAAGCCACAACAAGCCUUUUGCUGUUGCUGUUGUUAUCCAAACCCUGCUGUAUGUAUUGUUAUUACAAUCUGUGUGAUAAUUAUCCUCGUGUAUUUUGUGGACAUCUUCAGAGAACAACAACUCCUAACUGGGUCAUUAAUAAUAUUGCAUGUGGCAACUGGUGGAAAUGGGCUUGCUUGUAAUGUUUAGGUUGCCAGAAACAAAAUGACUAGGUUGUGCUGAGGUGAAGAGAAAAUAGAAGGGGUGUGAGAGACCACGCACCAAAGUGACACGUGGCAAACCACCCACAAACCAAAUAAAUGUUUCAACAAGCUUCUACACCAGUUUUGACUGAAUAAAUAACAGGCCAUUUUACUUACUGGGUUUUCUGUCGUAAAUAGAAAUAUGGAUUAAAUGUAAAAUAAGUACGGUUAGGCAUUUGGAUAAUGACAACACUUUGUCAACAUGGCAAAAAACUUGUGCAUUAGCAACACUGAUGCCACAAUAAACUCAUUUCUGGAAGAAUCCAGUCUGCCUUGAAUCUUUGUUUUCAAAAAUUCAUUGUAACAGUCAUGAGAUCAGACUUGUGCAGAGUUUGUCUGAGCCCCAGGGCAGGAGUCUUGUUAGAAUAAAAUUAUAAGCUCAAACAAAAAAACAGUCGGUCCCUGGCAGGCCCCCCUGAACAUCUUAGCCCUCUGAGGGCCCUCUGCUCUGCAUGGACGUGCACGAGAUGCUUUAUUUAGAAUACUAGGAUCUUGUUUCCCCUCCUUGAUCUCCAAGCCCAGGUCAUUUUGUAUGGGUAUGUGAGGUAAAUGGAAAGUUCUAGAAUAAUCGGCAUUAUACUUCAGAAGUUGUCCUAAAUGCAAUUCAUCUGGACUAGGUAGCUGCAUUUUUCCUCCAAAUGAGUUGGAGAGAAAAAAAUACAACACAUAUCCUGCAGUAAUUCACAUGGUGAAUAGUUUGUGGUUUGAACUGUCCCCCAAUGAUAGAUUGGGGGUGCAGUAGAGUAACAGCAUCACAAAUGAAAUGUAGUGUGAGAAUAAUCCCAAAGUUAAAUAAUGGUCCCACAUAGUACGGGAGUUGGAUGGCGGAUGUGGGGGAAAGUAGGCAAGGUUAAAAGUAGUUAAAAACUGAUUUAAUGUGGGCUUUUUCCACCAAUGUAAGAGGUGAUGCUCUCAGUAUAAAUCUGAAUAAACAUGUCACCCACACAGUCACCUCACUUACUAGUUUCCUGACACCUCCUUAUAUUGCUCUCAAAUGACAUUCUGUCUUGCUGCAGAGCACAAUUCAUCCAUGGCUGUGGAUCCUUUUGCUGGCUCAUCAGCUAUGUGGUGCGCUUACUGGCAAACUGCCCAAAUACAUUGUUUUACCCUUCAUUCUCCCCUCACUUAAUUUAAGUAACUCUUAAAAAAAUUAAACAUACUGAAGGGGUUUGAACAACCUGAGCUGAAAGUUGAAGCUAAUUUCACAUGGAGAGCUUUGUUAUUCUCAUAUUCCUAGAACACAAAAGCUUUAUAAAUUCAGAAUAAAAACUGCUUCUUUGGCUUCAUGAGUGUAUUGUCAGCUGUUCUCAUGCUACUUCUGGAUGUUCCUUUUGCGUUGUUACUCUAGCUCUUGAAGUUGUCAACACAACAUUAUUAUGUCAUUGCAUCUUGGAAUUUAAUGGAAUUGCUACCAAAGCAAUGGUGAAAAUUUUGAAUUCACAUUUCUAAAUAAGAUUGACAGCCCAUGUGGCUCUAGGGGUGUGGGGAGAUUAUUCCAGUGUAUUCUAAUUUUCAAAAAGAAAAAAGGCAAUAGGCACCUUAAAAAACCCCAUAAGCAUAUGGAAUGGAUUGUUGGGGAAUUUGCAGCUGGACUGUUGUGGACUUCAUACCCAAUAAAGCUCUGUUCUGCUGAUUUUGGCCCCAGUAUUUUCUGAUCGGUCUUGCUGUGUGACCUGACUGUAUCCAUAGGCAGUAGGAAUUUCAGUGAAAAUAAAAGCGGAUAUAGUAAAAUACCAUAUUUUUCCAUCUAUAAGACGCCCCCAUGUAUAAAAGGUAAAGGGACCCAUGACCAUUAGGUCCAGUCAUGAACGACUCUGGGGUUGUGGCGCUCCUCUCACUUUACUGGCCUAGGGAGCUCGCGUACAGCUUCUGGGUCAUGUGGCCAGCAUGACUAAGCCGCUUCUGGUGAACCAGAGCAGCGCACGGAAAUGCCGUUUACCUUCCCGCCAGAGCAGUACCUAUUUAUCUAUUUGCACUUUGACAUGCUUUCGAAUCGCUAGGUUGGCAGGAGCUAGGACCGAGCAACGGAAGCUCACCCCGUCGCGGGGAUUCAAACCGCCGACCUUCUGAUUGGCAAGCCCUAGGCUCUGUGGUUUAGACCACAGCGCCACCCAUGUCUGUCCCCCAUGUAUAAGACGCCCCCUAUUUUGGGGGACUCAGAUUGUUGCCAGUCCACUCUCGGCACUAUCCAUGUAUAAGACCCCUCCCCCUAAUUUUUGACAUUAUUUUUAGGGGAAAAACCUAGUCUUAUACACGGAAAAAUAUGGUACUUUCAAUUGCAUCAUACCAGCAAAACAAUGGGUUGCAUUUUUUCUAGUAAUUUAUUAGGCUUGUCUUCAUUCUGCUCUUGAAGUCUUAACUGUUUCUUGAUAAUGCAAAAUUAGAACUGCAAUGAACUAUAACCCCAGACAAAUUCCCUCAACCUUUGCAAGAGUUAUCAGCUGUUUCAGAGAAUAUAGUUGUCUUGAUCUAGCAAGGAAGCACUGUAUAUGGAAGCUGGUUUCUAGUUCUGAAUCAUUCUUUUACAUCUUUUAUAUAUCAGGUUCUACAUGUGCAGAAGUAUACAUCGCACAGGAUGAAGUAGCUCGCAUUCCCAACUAUGGUUCUAUGUGGCAUUUGUCACAGUGCUGUAGAAUGGGGUUCUGAGCACCUCCUUUUGAUUCUAGGUACCCCACACGUGAUCACUACCAAAACUGUGACCAUGCGUGUGGUAGUGAUGUGCAAAGAUAUCUCCUUAGAGGAGAAGAUGAAAAGGGGCCAGAAGAACUGGCAUUAAAUCCUGGCUGAGACACAUAGAAUUGUAAAUCACAUUGUAGACAAACAAUGCAAAUCGUAAAAUUGGGGAAUUUCAGGACCACAGCCACAAGGGUUUGUAGAAAGCGUACAGCUAGGAUAAUUUCAAUAUUAUAUUUCUUGCUCUUGUAAAUUUCUCCCAUGUUUUGAAAGAGUCAGUUCACCGCUGCUUUUGUUGCAAGGUUCACGCAGAAGUUAAAAGGAGUCAAAAAUAGAAGAUAAUUGGACUUACAUGUUCAGAGGCAAUAUGCCUCUGAAAUCCUAAUUGCUGGGGGACAGACAACAGAGGAGGGCUGAUUGUGAACUCCCUGCAGGCAUUCAUCUGAUCCAGCAGAGCAGUGCUUAUGCUAUGCAAGUUGUCAUUUUAGCCAAGCAAGUAGGUUAGGGUUCAUUCAGACUGUCCGUGUUUCACGGGAGGGAUUCAGGCACAUUGGAAAACGAGACUUGCAUCCUGAUGCAACAUAUCCACUUUAAGCAACAACAACAACAACACCCAGAGUUUUUGCAGUUUGGAAAGUGAUAGGAAAAUGUGUUGAAAAGUGUGGGAUGAACUAAUGAAUUAUGGGAAAGGGUAUAAACUCCCCACAAGCAAAUCAGGAUGAAUGCAGGGUCAAUGUUCAUUGUCAUAUAACCAAAUUGGAACAUAUGCUCAGUAAAGGCUGGAUAUAAUCUAGCCUCUGCAUAAGCUUUGUGCAAGCAGAUCAAGAUGAGUGCUCAACAAAUCGGUUGUCUACAGGGGCUACCAGGAACAGGUCCUACCAUGGUGCUGUGUUGUUUCCUAGGCUGAAGCAGUGCAGCACAGUACCAUGGCAGCUGCUUUGGCGUCUGUCUUUAAAAGUUGCCAUGUGGAAACACAAGACAGCUUGUACUGUUUAAAAUGGACCCAACUUAGGGCUUAUCCACACUUUCUCUUGUCCUGCUGCUUUCCCCUGGGGAAAACCACUCUCUAGCACUCAGUCACUGCAAACGGCAUUUUAGGUUUUCUGUGGAUUGUCGUUUGUUCCAAUUUAGAGCAAAAGAGUGGAUUUUCCCAGGAAAGGAGCAGAAAGCGUGGGCCAAGUGGAAAGCUGCUCACAUCCAUUCUUUCUAGUGGCUGUGUGGAUGAGCCCUUGGUUAUGCUGCUUAAUUUUUGUGCAUCUUCUCCAAGUAAAACGUGGUCGAAUGUCACCCACUGAAAAGCAAUGGCACAAGCUAAAAAGAAACCCACACCCAAUCUCAGGGUUUGUGACAAGACUGUUUUGCAACGGAAGAAAAAUAAAAUCUGCAAGCAAAUAUUUAUUUCAAAUAGAAAAAAAUAACUUGUAGACAGUUAUAAGUUGGCAGACAACUCCUUGAGUAAAAAUGGUUUCACUGUCUUGCUGUGUGUACAGUUCAGUUAGAAUGAAACCAGCCAAGUGUGCAUUUAUGUACUCAUUCUUUUCCCAGGGGCAUUUGUGUAAUUAUGGCUGAAUAGAUGGCAAUAACCCGGUAACAGAACUUCUGAACAAUGCACGUGGCAAACCGCCUUUUAUUAUUUGUUUGAACAGACAAGAUUUGACUGCUGGUGUCCCUAUGCUAUAAACUAGGAGCACAAGAUACUAGCUUUAAUUGACUAAUCACUGUGGUUAAUCAACUAAAACUUUAAUUAAAUAUUAACAUUCCAUGUUUCACCCUGCUUAAUUGGUGGAAAUGAUGAUCAUCAGUAAAGAUUUCAGGACCUUGGACUCUGAAAGAGCCCAGUACCAUGUAGGAGACACAGAAGCACAACCCUUCCUUUCCCAGAGUCUUGAUUUAAGAAGAAACUUGAAAGAUGACCUUUUCUUUCAGUUUGCAUGCAAAGCUACCAGAAUAGUUUGGCAUUCAGAGUGAAACUGCUAUGGUUACUCCUCUUACAGGAAUAGCCACAGGAAGCUGAAGGUGUCAGUGUUAAGCUGAAGUCAGUGUCAGUACAUUUUCUGCCAUGCAAUCCUUUGUGCAUUUUGCUCAGAUGUAAGUCCUAUUGAAUUCAGUGGGGUUUACUCCCAAGUAAGUGUGCGCAGCAUUACAGAUGCUGGCAUAGGAUUACAGCCUUUUGUGUAGAUUAAUAUAGCAUUGCACAGUUAAACAUUUACCUUCCAUAACACAAUUGUGUACAGUAUGGCUUCAGAAUUUACUCCAAUUUAGAAUGUUCUAUAGGCUCAGAUCCAGUGAAAAAGAAUAUACAGUGGUACCUCGGUUUUCGAACGUAAUCGGUUCUGGAAGACAGUUUGACUUCCGAAACAUUGGAAAACCGAAACUCAAUAGCCGACAGCUAGGCUUCAGGGUCUUGCACUCAGCGGAAGCCGCGUUUCCUGUUCGACUUCCAAGGCGCAUUCAGAAACUGAAGCAGUUACUUCCGGGUUUUCGGCAUUCGAAAACCAAGGUACCACUGUUUUAAAUAUCGUCAUUCUUUCCUUCACUGUGUUAUGUAGCUUUAUUUAUUAAUUUGCAAGUUGUUAUAAAUAUAAAAGGAAUUGCCCACUUGUUUCAAAGUCCUCCAAAAGGAUCUGUCAACAUUUUGGAGUAUGUACAUUUAUUUGUAUACGAUUCAGUACGCUAGAUACUUCAACAAUUUUAACUUUUUAAUGACAUCUUUGGACUAUGGCCAUCGUAGUUAAGAGAGAAGGCAAUGAAAUGUCAUGUGAGAAGUAACAUACUUUUGCAAGUCAAGUACAGUCUGUUCUCUGGAACACUGUACCUUCCAUAACACAAUUGUGUACAAUAUGGCUUUUUAAUGACAUCUUUAAUGACACCUUCCCCGCUCCUUCCUGAGAUCUGUGUGUCUGAUCCUCUGUGCCACCAUUAGCAGAGAGCUGCUGAACAGGAUUAAAUUGCCUUUAAGAUGAUUUACCUGAAUUCUGCUAAGCAUUACUCUCCUUGAAAACCAUAAUGGCACGGAGCACUCAGAAGUCUUGGAAUUGUUUUGCUCUUUCCCCCAAAGCCAUACAUUGUAACUGUAGCAGAUCACGAUGAUUAAGAACAAAUAGAAAGACUUUUUAAAAAGCCUCCCGUGUAACAGCAACGUGAACAGCUUGGGGGAAGGUUGAGCCACGUGACGUUGUAAAGGCUAAGAUUCUAACGCCAGGAUUAGCUGCUUAUUUUUGGUAGUCUGCAGGCUUUGAUGCAAAGCAGCAGUUGCUAGGCAUAGGAGAGCUGCUACUCAGAUUCCAGUAACCUCUGCCUCACCUUUGUUAAUUUUAACUUGCUUGUCUGUCUAGAAACAUUGGCACAUUGGCAUUUUCUAUACGCCUACUGAUAUUUCAGAUGGUGAAGGGAGCCAGAAUGGAAGAGGCGAGGCACUAGCUAUAUACCAUUGCUAUAUACUGCGUUGUUUUUCAGUAUACAAAGGCUUGAAUCUUAACUUCUUGUUCCAUCAGCCAGAUUUUCUACCUCCCACAUCUCUCUGCACGAACCCCCCCCCAAGCCUAUUCUGGGAGUUAUGGGGUUCUUUUGAGCAUCAUGGCAUAUGUUGCAGGGGGCCACAACACCAAAGGAAAACUGUCCAAAAUUGGGGAUCCCACCUCCUUGCAUUAAUAAAGGUGCCAUUCUUUUGUGCAAUUGCACAUUUGGUUCCAGUAUAUUAUCUGCCUAUAUGUUUGAAGGUGUACAGUGAUUUUAUUAGCAAAACCAUGUGAUUUACUAGUGGAUAUUCUAAAUAGGAAACUAAUAAGCCUUUAUUUCUUCAUUUGUGUUUAGUGUAACUUCCUUAUUAUCCCAGAAUUGUUUUGGGAAAAUGGCUACAUAUUAAGGUCAUUAAAACAUACAUAUAGGGUGCUUCCAGGCAGGUGUUUGUUGGGGGUCUGUGUUGGUCAUGCGUGUGAGGUUUUUUUCCCUUACAAGUCCUCUACGUUAGAAUGCUUUAAGCAUGAGGAGCGGAAGAAAAAAACAAAACAUUUGAUGCAGCUUUCCAGCCUCUUCCUGAAAAUUUCAGAGAUCAGUUCAGUCCUGUGUAGUUUUAGUGUAUAUAGUGAACUAUAGUUUUUCCAUCUUCCACAAAUUCUGUUAGUAUACUACACGGAUGAGAAAACCUGUGACCCUGCAGAUGUUGUUUGACUGAUUCCCAUCAGCUCUAGCCAGCAAAUGGUAGGGGAUUGAGGAGAGCUGCUGUCUAUCAAAUCUGAAGGGCCACAGAUUGUCUUGUGCCUGGUGUACUGCAAUAUAGACAGGCCUCUCACGAAUUAAAAACCAUGUAUGUUUCAAAUAAUGUCAUCUGUGUCAACACAUUAUGUUUAAUUUCUUUGUGGUGCUUAAUCUUGACCUGUUCUUAUUUGCGCUGUGUUCACUCACAUGAUGAAAAUCUUUUCCUCCAGAUCAUUCCACCUCAAGUGGUACUUCGUCAUUUAAGCCCAGCCGUUCACUGGUUUCGAUUCCCACUGCCCAUGUGAUGCCGUCUAAUACCAGCUCUUCACUAUCCCAGCAUAGGGAACCUCUGAAGCCUGACUGUUCAAAAUGGAGUACAAGCUUUUUGAGGUCCGCCGCAAGCAGGCAUCAGGGCAUCCUGGACAGUUCUCUCGACAUGAAGGACUUGAGGCCUGUAAGGAAAUGGUCAUCUUUGUCUAAACUCAGCGCACCCAUUACCUGUAGCCAGGAUGGGAGUGUUUAUUCAGCAGAGUGCAGGACAAGCAUGGAUAAAUUGGGAAGAGACAGCACUGUGUCACCACAAUUAAGAAUAAAUGGGACGAGCUGUUUGCACAACAGCAUGGAAUUACUCAAGAUGGAGGACAGAGAAACUGGGAAAAAAAGAAAUUCUACCUUGGACUGCAAAUACAAAUUUGAAAGUUGCAGCAAGGAAGACUUGGGUGUUCUUGAUCCCUCAAACAGGAGACAUGCCUUAGAUAUGACCUAUAGUGCCUUACCUGAAAGCAAGCCUGUCACAUCCAAUUGCGAAGUGUUUCAUCAAGGAUAUAUAACUUUGGGACCGCAGGCUGUGAGCGGGGUUCCCAUUCAACCCUCAGAGAGGACUCAAAGAUGGCUUACAGAACAAUUUCAUACAAACCCUCCAGAGUCCAGGCCUUCUGAAGAGCCAUACAGUUUAUCUCCUUGGCAGUUACAGCAGCUUGAAGAACUUAGAACAGGAAGUGAACAUCCUGUGCAGGUAAGAGCAGAAAUUCAGUUUUUGCUGCCACCAAGUGGAUUGAAAGAGAAAUGACAUCAAAUAACAUAUUAAAUGCAGUGGUCCUCUACAGUCAUAUAGUGUAGCAUGCGUCUGAUGUCUUUGAUAGUAAAGAUUUUAAUUGAAAUGAACUGGGAAUUUAUGGGAGGGCAAGUCAAUUAAGUAUUAAUAUCACUCUAUCUAGCUCUGUACAUCGACCACAAUCACCUUUACAUUUAUGCUUACUUAGUUCAUUAAAGUUAAAGAAAUUGAUCCAUCCCUAACUCUGUGUUGAAUUAGGGACCAUUGUCUUCAGGCUUUUUAUGUCAUUAGCAUAUUUAAGGUAAAUAACUCAGUUUCUUGGGGUGAUGUGUAUUAUCCCUGAGUUACCACAACUUGCUAUCUUCAAAAACAUAUUUUGCUAAAAUAAACUUGGAGAGAAUACAAUUAGGGUUUUUUUGUCUGUUUCACCUGUUUGAGUAUGUUAUGAAUACAUUUUGAGUGACAGAGUAGUUUGCACUUAAAAAUGGUACGUUUCGUAUAAAAAUAUUUUCUCUUUUGAUCGAUGCUGCAUCUCAUAGAAUAUUGAAUGUCUGGAAUACCUGAGUCAGUGAUUUAUAUAAUGUAAGUUUUUGUUGAUGCUGCGGAUCCAAGGCUUCUUUCCCUUUUCUUUUUGCCUAGAUGGUAGCAAUUCAUUAGAGUCAAAUUUUGCUCUGAAUUAGUUAUAGAUUUUCCGUUGUUGCAGAAUUAAGCCCUACACAUUUUUUUAGGUGACUGAGACACUUGCCCAGACCGUUCCAUGUUCCAUGUCCGCUCAGUCUGGAAGUUGUAUGUCCUUCCCAGCUCUGUAGCCAGGUGUCACUUGUGUAAUCAACUCAUUCAUUAUUACAGCUGAGCCCUGACCACAGCACAUGGAAGAUGGUACACUGAUGCCAACUACUUCACAGUGCCUGCAACUUCAAAAGUGAGAACCAUGUGUUUUGGUGGGAGUUCUGAAUUGCCCUCCAAAAGUAAAAGGUGGUGGGGGUUUUUUUUGUUUUGUUUUUGCAACUUAAAACUAUUUUUUCAGGUAUUUGUAUAUUGAGUUGCUCUGUUUUAGUUUCCUGGUUUUCUUAACUGCUGUUAUCCAAAAUAAUCAUAAACCAGUUCUAUGGUUUGCUGUGAUAGCAAAUACCAACCUCAAGGUCAAUGCAAAAUAGAGCACUUCUAUGACACAGUAAUAGUAGAGCAUUCAUUAUUCACUGAGUGCCGAUGCAGAGAAAAACUGGGAACUGGUCUUCAUACUCUGUAUGAGAGUAGCAUAAUGGGAAAAGAAAACAUUGGCAUCAUUUCAACCCUGUAAUGUGGUAAAUAAAGCGCUGUGGAAGUGGUUCUGUUCACCAUAGAACAGAGUUGGGAAUGGUUUAUGUAGCAGUUCAGUUCAGAGCACUUCACUUAACGUUAUAUUCCCAAUUCUUAGAAUGACUGUAAAAUAGUCCAUACUACUUCUUCAUAUAAUUGUAAAUGGACGGUUGAGGAUGAGAGAACGAUAACUUGCUAAGGCUACCUACUGCAUUUAUGAUUGAUGUGGCAUUUGAACCACGGACUUUUUGACUUAAACUCUUAGCCCCAAGGCUACACUUGGAGAUUUAUUGGGUAUGUCUCAAUUAGGUACAAAGGAAACAAAAACAACAAAGUACAAUCUUUUUUCAUUCUUUAGCAAAAUUAAACUUUUGAUACAUAUAUCUGUAUAUUUAAAUUAGUGAAAUUCUUAACACUGGUAAGAUACAAUACUGUCAGUACAUUCUGAUAUCUGUUGUAUAUACUACAUAUGUGAGUGUAGCUUUCCCACUAAAUAUGAACUUUUUAUCAAUCUCAGAGGACCUCAACAGUAUGCAGAAAGUUGGAAAGACCUGUCCAGACUGCAUAUAAACUUUAAUAACUGACUGAUAAAGCAAAAGAGAGACAUAAAAUUGAGCAGUUAAAUAUUUUGGCUUGUGCCUUUGUAGGUAACAGUUAUAUUGCAAGCCAGAUCUUGGGAACCAAAGUGGUAGAAUUCUAAGAAUGCUGAGGGUAAAUUGAAUUCUCAGGAAGGUGACAAUAGAAGUUCAGUGUGUGUGUUUUUUAAAAAAAGAAUUAAACACAUAAAUAAAAUGCUUUCAAGAUUAAGGGCAGGAGAACAUUCGGGCUUUCAGUGUAUAUAUGCAGAAGUUCUAUUCUACUGUUACAGGAUUGAAUGGUCUUUCUGUUGGAAAUAUUCCCAUGUUUGAAAACUUAUGAGAAUCUAAAUAAAAUGGUAUUUCAACAGACUGUUCAAUCUCUUUUGUUGUGAUUGCCAAUGUCUGAUUUCUGAAAUUUAUACAGAAGUCUAUAGUUGUUUUCCAAUAUAUAUGUGGUAUCACAGACAUUUGAAUACUGUAAUCUCUGCAAUUGCUGAGCUUCCAUUGGCUAUUCCAUUUAAUGUAGAAGUUCUUGCCAGCCAUUCUGCUUCUGAAGGUGACUGUUUCCCUUUGAUGGGCAUGCAGACAGACAGACAUAUCUCAAAAAGGUGCCCAAAGACAUCUAAAGUUCCUAUAGUAAAUUCACUGAGCUGUUCAUUCUGUGAAACAAAUCUGUAGGCAAAGCUAGUGUAGAAGAAAUGUAUGCAUUCUGAAUUUCAUAAAGGUCUCUUUGAAAAUUUGAUUCCACAUUACAGUAUUUUCACAGCAAUGAGCAUCACAAGUAAAAGAAUCAUAGACGCAUCUAAAAGUCAUGUGUCAUCUUAAAGACUCUUUGUUUUUUCUUGCUACGGAUUGACAUGGCUAUCCCUCUGGAACUCUAGCCAUAUUGAUCCACUGCUAUAGUGUGUCCUUUAGAAAUUCUGUGGCUUGAAAGACCAGUGGAGCUAGCUAGAGACUAAAUGGGAGUGUAUUGGUCUGCUAAAAAUGUUGUGACUAACACAUUAUAAUGGAAUAAUACAUUGGCCCAUUUUCAGUGUUCAGAAUAAUUAACAGUGUACAUCUAUGCAUGUUCACUAGUAAGUAAGUGCCACUGCAUUUCAUGGGUCUUAUUCCUUAGUAAGUUUGGGUAGAGUAAGGCCCAUCAAACACUGAAAUACUCACUUCUGAAUAAGCAUGCAAACAAUUCGGCUGUAUUUCUACCCCCGCCACCUUACCUCCUCUAAUUAUUGUUUGCCCUCAUCCCCAAAUAAAAGUCAUAGGAACUUCCAUGUUUGCUUCAAAUAAAUGUGCUUUCAUUAUUUUCUUCCUUUAAACAAUUAGCUACAUGUCAUUAUUAUUUUUUCUUUUCAGUAUUUCAGGUUGUUGCGAUGCACCUUUUGGGCCCUACUUGUAGAGUCUGUAAUCUCAGAAGUCCACAGUCUAACCAUUCUUUGGUAGAUACGUAAAUAUAUUAUAUUGAUGAUUUCUGCUGGUGACCAUGUUGCAGUUAUUCUAUACUGUAAGCAGGUAGUUUUUGUGAAGUACAGUCUUGCUCUUCAGUUUUUUAGGUUGUGGAUUUUUCUGGGUUUUGUUUGUUUCAGUGUUUCUGUUCACAAAGUUUGAAGCUUCAAGUAACCAUAGUGGAUUAAUAGUAAACGUUCAAACAAAAUGAAAAAUUCACAUGAGCUUUACAAGGAUGUACAUGAGAACAAGAACCAGGAAAAUAAGUAGAAAAUUGAGUAGGAGGUUGAGGCCUCUGUUUGCUGCAAGAUCCAUUGUAGGCAUCCCUUGCACUUUUUAUGUGUGCAACAGAAUUUGUGAUCACAGUUUUGAGUUUGUUCAGUUUCAGUGCCAGUGAAUGAAGGUUGACAGAUGUAUAUCACAUCUUCAGUUCUUGGCUUUUUCUGAGCUUUUUUUGUCCAGCACCUAAGAGAAAAUGGCUGAUGAGCAACAACUAUAGAAACCAGUCCCACAUACAUACCGCCCGCCCUCCAAAACACCCUUGAAAGGAGAACUUUUUAAUAAGUGGCAUGGUUUGCACAAAAUGACUUGACUAAGGGAGUUGUCUGUCUUAUCAUGCCAAGUAGAAAAAGUAUUUUUUUCAAACCGCAGAUGAAGUUGUACAAUAAAAUGCACGUUUACCUUUAUAACUAGUCACAUAGCACAACCCUGCCCUCCAAGUUGCUAAUCAUCUGGCUCUGUACUCAUUCUUAAAUCAUCUGUCCCCAAAGCACAUUUAGAAUUUAAUAUUAAUAAAUCAAUGAAUCCUUAUCUGCAGAAAGUCCUUAUACCAUGCACUGUGGGUGCGUCUAUUGUUUGUAAUACAUCUUAGUUACCAUAUUUUCCCGUGUAUAACACAAGGUAUUUUGCUAAAAAAAAUAGUAAAAAAUUGGGGGUCGUCUUGUACACGGAACAUGGGCAUCUGGGGGAAUUUAAAAAAUAUUUAAGCAUAUGUCCAGGAUUUUGGCUUGGGUGGGCUGAGGGGGUCCCUCCUGCUGCCACCCCCCUUCUCCCCCUCCAGGCUGCAUGCUAGUGACUGGCUUGCCUCCUGAGGCCCCUGCUGGCUCAACCACCAGAUCGAGAGCAGCUGCCGCUGCUGAGAGCUGCCUCAGCUACCUCUCCUUGCUCUUCUUUCCCUUUUUCCCUCUUCCCCUCUGCCCCCAGCCCACUCACCACCUUCCUCAGCUCAGUUUGCUUGACGGCAUGGCCCGUUGCAGAGUGGCCGCUGCCUUCCCCGGGUCUUCCUUGGCAUCCUGCUUGGGAGCCUGCUUCCCCACAGCAGCAGCUACCAUGGGGGUGGGGGAGCGUGUGGUGCCCCAGUCGCAGCCUUUGCUUCUGCACCACAGCGCACUGCAUGCUGGAAACUUUGAGGCCGAUCGCCUCAAAAAAGAUCAACAACUUGCCACCACCAAUCAUCCAGAUUUUCACUUCUAUUUUAUGGUUUCAUUUUCAUAAUUUUGGGGUCAAAAAAAUAGGGGGCAUCUCAUACAUGGAAAAAUAUGGUAUGUUAUAUGCAGCUUUCCACCUUGAUGAGUGGGUCAUUGGCAAGUGGGUAAUUAAACUUGGGAAAGGAUGACUGGAUACUCUGCCACCAUCUCUUAAGUUGGAGCUUUGAGGAGGCUUGGGUCAUCUUCACAUCUGCACUGAUCUGACUGUCUCCAUCGCCUACUCCAAGAUAGAGAAGUUGAGGUGGGUCAUGUGAAUGCAUAGUGAUUAGAGUCAUAGCCUCUCUUGGCUCCAGUAGGAAAGACUGGAGACAGUCUUGGUGGUGGUGUCCAUACAAGGCUCUAGCUCUGGAAAGGAUUGAGAGAGCUAUUUUUGCAGCAGAUAGCUGUAGUUCAAGGAACACCUUUCCUGCUCUCUGUCAAAAUGAUCCCAACCUUUCUCCCUGGCUGCAAGGGGGGGAAAUUGGGGCUAGACUUUUGCUACUUUCCACAGCAACAAAAGUUUGGAAUAGGAAAACACAGCAAUAGGAUUGUUCCCAACUUCCUGCAGAGGCUCAGUGGUAGAUCAGGAAUUAAUGCUAUAAUCCCACGUGGCUUCACCUGAACACGUUGGGCCAUUUUUUCUUAGUAAGCAUUCAUAGAAUUGGUCUGAAUGGGAGGGGCAAGGGCCCAGCCAUACAUUUUGACAGCUGCCAAAGCCAGCCAAAAUUUCUGGUUAUAUGGAUUUCUCAGCAAUUAUAGUCCCCUUUGGGGGAAAGCUAAGAUUGUUUAAAGUGGUGUGAUACUGUUUUAAAUGUAUAGUGCAGGUGGGCCUCACUUCGUUAAAUUUAUUCAAGUUGAUCAAAUUUAUUUACCAGUUUUAAAUUGAAAUAAACAGAAAUAAGCCAAAAAUGUCUUGCCAAUCCAUUAACCUUUAUUUUUUAUCUUAAGAAGGAACCAAACCUAAUGUGUGUGUUUUUCUCAACACGGGAAGAUCAGUUCAUGUGUAACAUAAUUAGAAGAGUACAUUCUCAAUGUAUGAAACAAUUAUAAUAAUUUAAUGAGUCAUUAGACAUGGUUGCUUCUUACCAGUUCAGCUAAAAUGAUCACAUGUACACUUCAUAGAAAUGAUAAGUUUGGUUUCAAAACAUUAUGAACUUAUUUUUAACCAUUGGUGGGGUCAGUGCCUAGAAAAGCUUUGACCAUGGUUAAGGUUCCUGGGGAGUAUUAAAUCCUGUAGUUCCUUCCGUUCACAAUUAUUAACCAAGGUAAGAAAUUGAAAGCAUAUAUGCCCAGUCCAUGAGUAAACUUGAUUCUAUACGUCUCUCCCCCCCCCCCCAUAUAUAAUAUAUAGACAGCCAUAGUAUGAUGUUUUGGCUUUUUUGUACAUUGAAGCAAAUAUUCAGAUCUCUGAAUGCCAUUUUAAGGAGUGAAAUUUUUUUUAAAAAAAACAACCAAAGGACAAACUGCUUAAAUCAAUACUUUUUUCUUUUCUUUUUCUUUUUUACAGUAUGGAAGCAUUUAUUCUGUUUUAAAUAUUACUGAGCACUGCCAAAAUACAAAGCAUUCACCUCGCACUUUCCCCAUACUUAGUGCUAGAUUCAACUGAUCUGGCACACUAGAGGAAACCAGUGCUAGCACAACAGGGCUCCCCGCCCCCAUCCCCACGACACCCCCUGUGCCUCCCCAUAAUCCACUCUGAAGAACCCUCAGAACAGUGUGCAGAGAAGGGGAGGGGAGAUCAUUCUGUCAGGCAAGAGGAAAUGCUUGCACUGAUGGAACAAUCUCCUUAGCGCUGCACUGAAUCCCAACUUUUACAUUUGAGAAAAGCAUUGAUAUCAGUUUUACUUCAUUACUUGGGUUUUUGUGCACCAAACUCUUACUUGUCAUACUCUAUCUACAUCCAGUGUCUUCCACCACUUUCAAAUUACCUUACUUGAACACACAAGCGAGGAUAUGCAGUAUUUGCAAAUAUAUCUAAUGCCUGAAGGUUUAUUUACAUUUGGCCACAGUUUGGGUCUCAGUGCUUCUUUCAGGCUGUUCUAGACAAAUGCCAUUGCUGAAAUGUUCAAUAUGCAUGUCAGGUAGAAAAUUAACUUCAUUUAACUAUGGGUUGAUUGAAUACGUUUAUUUUUCAGACCGGAAAGUCUGUGACCAUAUAAUGGUUUAACAUUAAUUUCAAGGUUUCAGUCAUAAACAUGCUAAAGCAAGCUUAAUAAUAGUUUGAGUAAACAAUCCAAGUACUCAAGAUUUGAAAGUAGGAUAUGCAGAAUAUUUUCUAAACUAUAUAAUGAUCUAAGUGUACUUGUUAACAGUUCAUUUAGCCUCGAUCUCUACCUACCCAUUCAAAUGUGAACCCAUUUCAGAGCCAUAGUUAAAACUUAUUGAUGGUCAUAUGUAAAACUUGCUAUUGGACAUUUUAUAGGGUUUUUUUACUAACACAUUGAUUCAGUAAAACAAGUCUGCAACAUACACUUAACAAUAUGUUUCAAAUCACUGUUCAGUACAGGAGCUUUUAACAUGGUUGCAGUGGCUAAUAAGUGAAUAGUGCAGCCGGUUAGAAAUUGCUUAGUCCGAAUGCUGGACUUUCUUGCAAGGAUUUCCUUGUGCUGGAAAUUUCCUCUUUGGUUCUUUUCUCUCUCUGGCUGCUUUCCCCAUUUGCACAGCGCAGUGAAGAUCAAUCAAAGAAGCCAGACUUCAAAGAAGCAUCACAAUGAUGCAGAUAAGCAAGAGGCAUAUUAAGAUAAGACAAAAAUUCACAAAGAGCUCUUGAAGCCUUUGGCGUGUUUGUGGGUUCACCUCAAUAGUUGAGGCUCUCCUCAUAGCAGACCGGGUUAUGUACUGGACCUUCUCCAUGGCAACAGGAAAGCGCAAAUUUUAAGGAAGUGGGUGCAGAUUUUUAAGAAGCAGUGGUUUUCAAAGGCAGUGCAAAGUGCUUAAUAUCUUCUUAAGAAUCUUUGUGGAGCUGGGGAAAGCAGGAAAGUGAAGUGUUAGAAAUACAACAAACAGUGCAUUGACCAGGGCAAGUGCAGAUUAUUUCCAAGUAAACAAAAUGUUUGAAACAAGCAUGUGAGAUUGCUUUACUGUGUGAGACAUUUAUACAUAGAAAACAAAUCUUAACAAUAAGACCAGACCUGCCUUUCAAUAAUACCACACACACACACCAAACUUGUUCUCAAGACCACUGUGUAUGAUAUGAAAAAGAGCUGUUUGCAGCAGGUUUACCAUAUACUUGUAUGUUAAAACCAUAACAAAUUUGAAGGAGACAGUCAUGUGUUUAAUAUGUGGCUGGAAUACACCUCCUGGGUACACAUGUUUGCAAUUCAUCAUAGAGAGUAACAGUGGACAUGCUGCAAACACGUCCAUGUCUUGUAAAGCAAUCCUGAGAGAUGUGGUUCAUUUGCUGUACCAGGUGUCACUUGUGACCCAUUAAGCUGAAUGUAGCCCACCAGCCAUGUAUGGUGGUUCACAAAGGGCUUGUUAAGUGUUCUGUUUUUAAUGCCUGCCCAAGACUGCAAAAACAGUGAAGCUGUCAAGCUCUUGGCAGUCCAAAAUGCAUAGUUGGUGGGCUCUGUUCAGCUUAGAUCACAUUUGCAAAGGAAUGUUUUAUAUAAAUACACUCUACAACUCGGCUUGACUUUCCAUUACUUUUUAGCUCUCUUUGAUUCUGUAUAAAUGAAGGACAAUAGACCAUUAGCCAUUAAAAUAUUUGGCUGACACCAUGUUCAUUUUUUUUUCCUUUUUCUUUUUCCGGUUUACAUUUGACAAGGGUAGAUACUCUAAAACAAACACACACACACACACACACACACACACAAAAGGCGGGCACAAGACAACUCAAGGGACCUUGUAAAAACGGUGUUCCUUCUUCUAGCCAAAUAUGGACUCAGUUAUGCUAAAGUGUUUAUUCUACUCUAAGCAAGCCGUAGUGAAUUAAAUGCUAACAGAUUUGUAUUAAACACCUUUGUUAAAUAUGGCUUGACACUUCACAGACAUGUCACAUAGCUAGCUGAUGGAAAUAGCUAUCACUCGCUUGUUACUGAAUAAAAAGCACAGAUGCCCUCUUCCUGCAUGUAAUAUUAUAAGAUGAAAUUAUUUGAUGGAAAAACUCCACUCUCUGGGAGGGUCAGCAACAUACUUCUUGAUAGAACAGUAUUUUUGGCAAGCUAGGCUGUGGCUUUUUCUGUAGUUAAGAACUUGCAUUUGUCAACAUGAGGCUUUUCAAAGAGUUAAGACUUGAUGAUUAAUCAUAACAUAUAAGCAAACAGCUGUGAUCUCAUUUCACUGCAAUACAUAUAGCUAGAUGAAUACUGUUGCCUGUCAUUAUUGCUCUGAAAUUGGAGAAGACAUUGGAAGGACAUCAGUGUUCCGUUUAUUGUUUUUGUUUUUGUUUUGUAUCUCUGAACUAGACAGGUCUCUGUACUAGACCUUAAAAGACAUUUGAAGGAAACAAGAAUCACAUCCCAAGCCUAUGUUCAUUUAAAUCCCACUUUGUUCAUUGGGGUAGUCUGGUCUAUUUUCUCCUGUCUUGUUCGGAAAACUGAGAGUUCUUAAAAUUGAAUCCCUCAAUUCCAUUUAACUUAAAGUUUUGCUGACGUCAAUUCAGACAUCAAGUAGCUAGUACACAAAAAGUGGAGGAUUCAGAAUAAAAAUGGGUUCUUUGAUUACAGAUGAGCGUCCACUAGAUAGAAAAGAGGAAGAGGAGCAGUAGCAGUUGUUCUUUCAUUGUUUUCUAAAUAGUAUAUUUUUAAAGAAAAUGGUGAGUGCUGCUUCAUUAUUCCACUAGAGGUCAUCAGUUUACUGCUAAUUUCUCCUUCUUGAAAGUUCAUUCAGGAGAGACAACUUAUAAAUGAGGGGGAGACCAUUAAUAUCACAACAUUUUUGAGGAAUAAGUCUGUUCUGCUGGGAGUCUGUUUCUAUUGUCCCUCUCCUAAAAUUGUUUUGAUACGGUUAGUGGCAGCAGUUAAUCAGUUAUUUCUGUGCAAGUGAAGAGAUUUACUUUAUCCCACUUAAAUCAGUCUUGGGAUUCAUUUAAGAGGCUGGGGACAGAUCUGCAUCAUAUAAUCUUAUAAUGAGCAGUGUCAGCCAUCAGGUAUAACAAGAAAAGAAUGAGAAAUAGAAGUGGUAUAUAUGUAUUUGGGGGGGGGGGAGAGAGACUGGGGGUUGGCGAGAAAGAGCAGGAAACAACAGCAUGGAAAAAGGAGGAACAGUGGUGCCCAAGAAGCUAUGUGAAAGAAGCGAUGAGCACAUAUAUAUUGGCUAAUUAAGCAAUCUGUGGCCUUUUAAACUGUUUGGGGGUUAUUAUUUUUGUUUGUUACUAUGGUAUGCAUUUUUGUGUUUUUAUAUUGUAAACCACCAGGUUUCCAAUAUAAACAAGCAGGCCGGUAUUGAAAUGUAAUAAAGUAUAAUAAUAAUAGAAUUGACUCAGGAUUCUAGGGAAAAGGUGAGAUGAGGCAAUAAGAGAAACAGAAACGGGACUAUAGAAUGUUAAGAAAAAAGGUUAGGAGAAAGUGCAUAUUUUCAAUCACAGAGAAAAGGCUCACUUUCAUAACAGUGACAAAAGCUGUUUCAAAGAGAAAAACAUAAGAGUGAACUGAUCUCUCCUGACAUAUUAAAAGUAAUAAAUAAAUGUUUAGCUAGCCUGCAAGGAAAAUGAAGCAGAAAAGAACUUUCAGGGUGUCUAAAGCAUGUUUUGAGAUUUUCCUCCUUCCAGUGUAAGUUCCUUUUUAAAAAAAAAUUAAUAAAUGAAAAAUCACAAAGCAAAUAUCCCCCCCAUUUUUUUAAAAAAAUAAUAACAAUAAAAACAAAACUUUUCUUAGCUUUAUUAUGCCCCUUUCCCCACUUGAGAACAUACAGUGAAAUGGACCAAGUUUUGCUGUUUAAGUCGGUGAAGGAAGUUAUUCUAACAUGCUGUAGAAUUGCUCUGAGAUUCUUCCGAAAGCUAGUGUUUGUGUCUGUAACAGAAUUGGCUGUUAUUCUGUGUUGCUGGGGUGUGUGUGUGUGUGUGUGUGUGUGUGUGUGUGUGUGUGUAAAAAGGCCUCUUGUGGACAAAAAUAAAAAUGCAACUGAUUGCUUUGAGAAAUAUCUAUAAUAGAAAUUAGGUAGUAUUAAAAAAACUACAAAAUCAGGUACUUUGAAAAUGGGAGUUCUGUUUCUAUUGGUGUAUAAAAUUCAGUGGUUGAAAACAUGACAUGUUACUUGUAAAUUAACACUGUAGGUACGCUGCUUGAAAAAAACACCUAGUUAAUGACAGUGGCUACAACCAUGCACAAGAUUAGGCUUCUUAAAUCCCAGUGUUUUUAAGUGACCUUAACUGUGUAGGAUUGUAGCCACUGGCUAGGAUCCAAGAAAUAAGGCUACUAAAUCUGUGCCCAACAUGUCACUGGGCUUUUGGUGGGGUUUUUAAAUAGCAACACCUCUCCAUGCCACAUUACAAACCAUUUUAAAACACCAAGGACUUUAAAAAUCAGUUUGUGAUAUGGCAUGGGGUGUCAUGUAAUUCUCACUGGCUAUGCAGAAACCCUUAGGCUUUCUUAAAUAAAUACUCUGGUCGCAGGGAAUAUUAGUAUUAGAUGUGGCUUGCUGGGCUGUAGUAAAAAAAAAAACAUGUACAAGUAUACCUGUUCGUACUAAAACUGCUUAACUGCUAAUCUGCAAUGUAAACACUACAAAAAUAAGAUGUUUUUACAAAAAUAAUAAUAAGAAGAAUAAGAAUAUGGUAACAUUUUCAAUAGAAAAUUGAAAGUCUAGAAGGGAGGGGGGGAAUAACAAAAUUUCUGACACUGUGACAGCAGGAUCCUUUGCUGUCCACAAAGCACUGAAAUAUAGCUUGAUUCUGUCUGAAUUCUUUUACAAUGUUUCUUCCCAAAUCAUACGCCCUGCCCCCUCUGUGUACAAAUGCUUUUGCUUUACCUGCAUUUAUUAUCAAACAACCCUAAAAAGAUGCAGAAGGUAACCAGUGUUGGAGUUCUGCAUCAAGCUAAUGGUUCUCAACAAAGGCUGCAGACCUCUCUCUUCAAGUAGGAUAGCUAAUUUAGAAACCCACAAUCCCUUAUACAUUUUUUUUUAAAAAAAACAUAUUUUCUUACCUCAAUAGCCAGUGAUUUCUGAAAUAUGUGAUGGUAUGCUCUGGGAAACUACAAGGCUUCUCCGUCACCGAGUUUGUGGGAACAACUGAAGUUGGUGGAGGGAAAAAAUAACAAAAGUUUCAUAGGCAGGGCUCAUGAUGUCAUCCAGGAAUUUAACUCUAGUGAUUGGUUAUAGAAGAGGCUUUAUAAGAACAGGGACAUUGCACAGCUUACAUCAUUUAAAGCAGUGAUAUUUCGUUCUUGAGCUAUAGGGAAGAGGAGUGAGUUAGACAUAUGUCUACAAAUGUUAUUGAGAUGUGAAUUCAGUCAAUAACAAGUGUACAGUGAGGACACAUCACUUUCCAAUGACAAAAUCUCUCGCUGUUUCCCAACUGGACUUACUGUUUUCGGUAACUUUCCUGUAAAGCUGUAUACAAAAAUGAAAAACUGAAACACAUGAUUUUGAUUUUGCACUUACUAAUGAAUAUUAAGGACCAAUUUUUCCAGUGAUCAGGACUCUAAUAAUGCUUACUGUGGGUUUGAUCUAAACAUACCUCUCUCAUGCCACACACUGCUUUUGAAAUUAUGAGUUUCAAAACAGUUCGCAGUAUUAAGUGGCAUCUGCCGUUCGGGGAAUGGAAGGAAUCAAAAUUAUCUCUUGUGGUGUUCCUGGAGUAGGUCUUCGGAUUGUGCUGGAAAGUAAAUAUGGUAGCCUAUUGGUUCUGUACAUGACUUUGAAAGAGCUCAAGAAACUUCACAAUAUUAUGGUAAAUUUAUCACACUUGGCAAAUAGUUUCCAUAUUUUUUUCAUAACAAAAUAUGAAAUCACUUCCUAAUGCAAGUGACUUCCCCCCCCUUACAUAUCAUGAUGUUUGUACUGUAUCAAAUUAGCAAUUUUAGGAGUGAUGCAAGUAGCACUCCUUUUAUCAUCAGUGUAGAGCUUCAUUAUUGUUGGAGUGAUAGAUCUCAGAGGCUUUCAAGAAAAAUACAUUUUUAGUUAAAAAAAAAAGAACUUUUGUCAGUUGGAAAGAAGGUACCAUCUUGUUUUACCACAUGCAAUUACAAACGGGAUCACUUACAUAUGGAUAGAAUACAGGCUAUUGAAAGUUGCAUCUUGAGUUUCAUUUAACACACUUGUCAAAUGUGAAAUUUUGAUGAUUAAACAUACAUAGUUUAUAGCGUAGAAAUGAGUUUAGAAAACAUGCUUUAUGACUGUUGUAUUAUGAUGGUUCUAAUAUUUUUGGACCAUUCUUCCACAAUUACUCGAAGAAAUUGUAUUUUAAAAAAUCAUUUCAGUGCAGAAAAGAAUAUUGUGAACCUAGGAAAUCCCUUCUCAAAUAUCAGCAGUGUUCGAAACCCCCAUUGUUCUAGUCGCACUUUGCGAGAGGGAAUUUCAUUAGUGCAAUCAGUUUCUGACUUCUGGGUGUAGUACUGCGCCUAAGAUUUCAGAUUAAAACUGCAGAGUAGAAGGAAAGGAGGGCCCUUUUUCUGCCUCCCUACUUCCAGCUACUCUCUGAAGACUGGAGAAAAGACCUUAAGAAUAUUAGGGGGGUGGGCAGAGGAAGGACUAGACCAUGUAAAAAAUGAACAUAACAUUUUAGCUGCAGUUCAUUCAUUUUCAGCUUUGUAUUCUUGUUAUUUAAAAAGCGUGCCUAGACAUUCCUUUGUUGCACCCAUAACCUAGGUUUAAUGUGCCAUUUAGCUCCUAGCUUUCAUAUCCUUUCACAGCCCUUUUCAUGUUCCUCUUUUCUCUGUCUCUUCGAUGUCCCCUUUCCUCAGACCCUUGUUUUAUCACCUACUGUUGCCGUGUUUCUUUGAUUAUGAGCUAACUCGCCCUCCUUCCUUACUGUUUCCUGUGGCUUCUUUGCCCUCUGCUUCCUUAUCUCCUGGGCUUGAAAAAAAUGUUUUGUUUCCUGUAGAAUUGCAAUGUUUGUGAACAUUCCUUGACAGCACACCUGCAUAUCCAAUCUUUGUCAGAAGCUUUGUCACCAGCUUAUCUAAUUUUAUAGUUUAUCUAGACACAGUUUCUUAAGUGCCAUGCAAAUAAAAGUGAUCCAUCCAUCCAUCCCUGUAUUUGAUACUUGUAAGUUUUACAUAUCUUUGUGAAUAUGCUCACAUGUCCUCUGAAGAGAGGGGAAACAGUUUGAAGCACCUUCUGGACAUAUGUCAGUCAUGCACAGAUAAAAUAAUAUACCUUAUUUAAUUUCUAGGUUACAUGAGAGGGACCUGAAAAUAAUUGAUGUCUUGGAAUACUGGCACAUAUAAAAAGCAAAACAUGUAUUUAAGCUUUGGGCUGACUUUCAUUUUCUUCAGGGGACAAAAAUGUGCAGCUGCUGCUUACAUGGCCUUAAAUGGAAAUGAUCUGGGUUUUCUCCAGAGGGAUUAGGAACCUACGACCAGAACAUGUUUCUCUUUACUUGUUUAUAGAGAUGUGGUAAAAAAAUAUAUAUAUUUGGGGGUCACAUCUAAAGAGAGAAACAUUUUAUACUUUGUUGUAGCAACAUAUUUGCUUUUUAAAAAAUGUAUACCUUGGAAAUAAUUCUGACAUCUUAUAUACUUAUUUCUAAGUAUAUCUUUAUUUGUACUGUAAAAAGAUAUGACUAUGAGUUGAAAGGUCAUGAGCAACCAUGGCUAUGACAGUGCACUAGCAUGGUGGAGUUGCUUUGCCACUGCAUGCCUAAGAGCUGCCUUUCUAACCAGGCUGCCAAAAACAUUUUAAGCCAUGGUUGAGGCAUAAUGCUGCUGCAAACCUAUGUGCUUGUGGGAGGGGUCAUAUAUCAUUUGUCCCGGUUUAAAUUGCUGGCAUCUCCAGUUAAAGAAUCUCUAGUAAUGUGUCUUGAAAAGGUCUUCUUUCUGAGAGACUGCGGACAGUGCUGAGAUACAAGGACCAAUGGACUGAACCCAGUCUUGUAUUUAAUCACUAGCCUGGUAGCCUUGGGCAAGAAAGGAUUGCUAGCAGGCAUGCCAAUGGAAUUCCCCACAGGAAGUGGGUGGACAAGCAUUCCUCUUCUGCCAGUCCCCAGCAGGCUUGUGUUAUGUUACGUUAUGUUGUGUUGUACUGUAAACUUUUGUGGACUUACAAGGCUGGGCUGAACCAACAUGAGACAGUUUAAUAUAUUCAUAAAUGCAUUUUUUGUGGGAUUACAUCUCAUAAACAGCACAGUAAGGAGGACAUGGCCUACAUGCCUGUAAUGAAGAAAACAUUCAAGUCAUACCAUGGAAACGACUAAUGUCAUGUAUGCACACAAACUAAAUAUCGGACCCAAAGCUCUAUAUUGUUGUGAUAUUCUGUAGAACCAUUCUUCAGAAGAGAUAAGCAAUUAUAAAGCCAGUUUGCUUUUUGGGAGGGAUGGUUUUAUUUUGUUUGAUUAUUUUGUUUGAUUUUGAAGCAUUUUUUUUAGACUUGCCCUCUUGUUGGGACCCAUGUCUUAUUUGAAGUUGUUUUUCUUAUUAAAAACAAUUUAUUGCUUUAGAAAAAGGAAACUAUUCACUGGGAACAAAACCAGAAAGUUUGCUUAACUAAUAACAAAUAAGACCAAAUUUAGAAUGUUAACAUAGAGCAUGAGAAUGCUAUUAAUUCAGUUCUGAGAGUUCCUUCUCUUCUGCACCCUGGAUUGGUCUCAAGGGAGUUGAACGAUGAUGUAGUGGACACCACAUUUCUUACCUCUGCACAAAACAAAAAAAGAUUUGCAGAGUUGGGAAUACACAUUAAAGACUGGUUGCAAUGGCAGUACUUUUUUCAACCAUAAUGAUAUUGGGAAUUGCUGCUGAUUGUACCCUGUUCUUUGUCCGCAUGAAUGAACUUGAGGGUGUUCAGAGCUGAAAUGUAUUCUGGAAGUGGUCCUAAGAAUUUGUAAACACUAGUACUUGCAUUUAAUAAGUCAAAAUGAAAACAAGUAUUUGUAUUGUUCUUAUGAAUGAAAAUUAGUUUUAAUAUCAUAUAGAAAACCCUAAAAUAUUUUAAGCCCUCAGAAUCACCAUCAAUAUCUCUAUCCCUCCCCCCAGCCUUCCUCUUGGAAUAAGUAGAACCUUUACAACAGCAGAGAAUAUCUGGAUUGUCAUUAACAUUAAUGGUCAGCGUUUAUAUUUCCCCCCUUGGUCAUGCACUGUUAACGCCUAUAGUCAUGAACAUGUCAAUCAGGCAUGUUAAGGGCAAGAAACCACUUCUUUGGCAUUUUGACCUGUUUGGAAGGUUUAUAGAAACAAAGCUAAAAACUAGGUUGUUAGGUUGGACCAUACAGUGUGAAUUCAUAAUACUUUUCCCCACCAUGUAACAUGUUACUUUAGAAAACAUUACUUAUUUGGCAUAAACAGCAGCAGCAGCUCUUGUGUUAAGAGUCUUGUAACUUCGGAGCUGUACUGAGUGUUUUUCUGAUAAACUGUUCCAAGAAGCACCAAGAUUAGCUGUGUUCUUUGACAUGUUAUGAGUGCUGGAUGAACGCAGAGGCAAAGGCAUAUGAAGGAGAGAUAAAAGGCUGAAAUGCCAGUUGAGGUACUGUUCCAGUAAGCAAGAAUUCUGGUACUGGAUUAUCUCUACUUUAGCAGCAAUUACAGACUAGAGGCCAAAGAUUACAUUUGUCACUCAAGCUGUUAAGAUUUUCAGCGGUGGUUUACAUUUUUACAAGAAGAGCAUUCUGGCUCUGUACAAAGUAUAAUGAAGUAGAAUUUACUGUAACUAUCUAGAAUAGUGCCUUUCAAGGUUUAAACAGCAAUGGUCUGGAUCUCCCCAUUAAAGACUAUUCAGUAUGUACAGUUCACUCUUUCAAACUGGUCUGCCUAGUUUUGGGGCAGAGAAAGAGGGAAAUUAAUGAAAGCCUAUGACCCCCAAAAUAGCUUGUGAGGGUAUUGUAGUGCUCAGCUGCUGCUGAGUGGGAGGGCAAGCAACUAGAAAACAGACUUCAUUUCCUUACAGAUGUUGUGAGGGAGUGGAGGUAAGAAGCAGCUAGAAGCUCCCAACAUGAGCAUAAGCUGAUGAUGUCAUCACUGCAUAUUGUGUACUGCUAACCAGUGAAAAGAAGCAUACCUCAGGGACACAGGCCCAUCUACCUCUACUUAAGUUACCUCUUGGUACAUUCAUGGAGUCGCUCUCCCUCUCAUUUAUUGUUUAGUGUUGGUGAAUGAGUACUGUACUAUAGCUAUAUGAGUACUAUAAGCCAAACUACCAAUGAGCAUAAAUCCAUGUGACCCCAAUGGAAAUAAUUCUGGAGAAACAACAACAUGCAUAAUGAUGGAUUGGUUCAAUUGUGUUCUUAUAUUAUCAGCCAAUUAACACAAACAGACAGGUUGUUUUUAAAACUUAAAAUGUGUGUUUUAAUUUGACUGUGGUAAAAGAAGAGACGGGUGCCCACCAAUUUGCCUCUUGGUUAAUUCAAAGUAUAGAUCUCAAUCUCUCACCUCCCUUUUUCUCUUGAAAAGAAAGAUUCAUGGCUAUGUUGGUAGUUUGACUCUUAGAACAUAAGAAGAGCCUGCUGGUUCUGGACAAUGGCUUAUCUGGUCCAGCAUCCUGUUCUCACAGUAGCCAACCAGUUAACUGUGGGAAGCCCAUAAGCAUGAAUUGAGCACAGGAGCACUCUCCCCUCCUUUAAUUUCCAGCAACUAGUAUUGAGUAUCCUCCAAUUCUGGAGGCAGAGCAUGGCCAUCAUAGCUAGUAGCCAUUGGUAUCACUCUUCUUCAUGAAAUUUUGCUAGAAAAGACCUCCUUCACAAAGGAUUUCCUUGGUUUAGGAGAUUAGGGAAUGAGUUUGAAUGUUUUGCUUAGAGCCAAGGCCAUCACAAUGUGGGCGUACGUCAUACUUUAUUGUGGAUUUGGACAGGGUUUUGUUUUUUUAAAAUGGCAGUUGUAUAUUAAUUUCUAGUGCCUCAUUUAAUGCAUAUAAAUAAAUGUGUAGACCUCAUAAAAGGGCUGUUCAGUAUCCGCAACCAAGAGGAACAAAGUCCACCAAUCAUGCAUGGUAUUCUACUUCAGUCUUGGCAAACUUACUUUUGUUGAUGCCACAAAAAGGAUGUUUAGCUUUGUGGAUCAUGUUGUAUUGGUCUGCCCCAUGUGGUGAGGUAUGUUUAGUUUGAGACAGCUAUGGAAUCCCAAACUGGCUCUGAAGGAAUCUUAUGAUAGAUCCAUUAAUUUUUUUGGUUAAUGACCAUGAAUAGUUCAUAGGCCACCAUCAGAGAGAGUUUUACACAGAGAAGCAGUAUGUCCACGAUACUAGCUACAGAGAUGGAAAUAACAGUUAAGAAGUUAAGAGUCAUGAAAUGCUUGUUUACCAAGCAGGUGGUCCUGUUCAUUACAGUUAAAUAAACCCCAUGGUAAUUUUCCCAUCUCCUUUAAAAUGCUGGGUAGAAUCCAGGCCAAAGUACACAAACUAUAAGCUUCACUUAUUUUAGUAAAAGAUCUACAUGCUUAAGUUUCUUCCAUUGAAAGCAAUGAAAUUUCAUAACUCAGUUAGAGUUUGGUUUUGGCUGGAUUAUGCAAAUAAUAGUCCCACAAUCUUUUGUGGGAAUUACAUCCUGAUUGUUUACAUGGGUAUACUAAUGCUUGCUACCAAAAAAGUAUGCAUUAAGAUUGCAUUCUUUAUCAAACAUACCUUUUUGCCAUUCAGUAACCAGCAAAAUGCUAAAUAAAAUAAAAAUCUGACAAUGCAAUCCUAUUGCAUGUUUACUCAGAAGUAAGUCCCGUUGUGUUUAAUGAGAUUUAACUGUCAGGUUAAUGUGCAUAGAAUUGCACUGUGAGUGUUUAUUUUAGGUUCCCAGUUUUGUGGAGAAUCUUCCUAAUUUCUCUCUAAAAUAACAUAGAUUCCUUCUUCUCUUAUGACUUGGAGUAAAUAAGUGAUGCAUAUUCCAGUAAAUUGUGUUUUGAGUGAAAGCUAUGUUGAGUAAAGUACAUACAGUGGUACCUCGGGUUACAUACGCUUCAGGUUACAGACUCUGCUAACCCAGAAAUAGUACCUCGGGUUAAGAACUUUGCUUCAGGAUGAGAACAGAAAUCACGCAGCGGCAGGCCCCAUUAGCUAAAGUGGUGCUUCAGGUUAAGAACGGGCCCCCGGAACAAAUUAAGUUCUUAACCUGAUGUAUCACUGUAAUAUAUUCCUUCACAUUUACUAUAAAUACCCAUGCAAAGGAAUUCUGGUGUUUGUGUCUUACGCAGAAUUCCUUCAUGUUGGCACAUCCCAGAUGUCUCAGAUAUAAAUAGUAAUAAAUAAAUGCACACUGGAGAAUCAACUCUAAUUUUUGGAAACAUCAGAAUGAACUGCUGAUGCAGUUGUUAUAAAUGGAUCCGGACAAGAUUCUGGGAGGCAGUAUGGUAAGACAGGUUUAGCAAUGUCUGUUAAUUUGCUUCCCAUGUCAUCUUUUGGGCUUCUUUGUGGCCACAAGUAGACAGAUUAAUGAUGUUGUUCUUCUGUCAGUGAACAAAAUAUAUUCUUUUCCUCCUCCUCUCAUUUUUGUUGCAUGUUAAAAGCCUUUAGUAUGCAUGAUUAUAAGAAACAUCUAUAUAAACCAGGGAUGGCCCUCCAACAAAUCACAUCAUACUUAACACAGGCCUGCUGGGGCUGGUGGAGUUGGAAUCUAGCAACACCUGGAAGUCACAGUUCACCACCACUAAUCUAGACCAUAACUGCUUCUCACACAUUUAAAUGAGGAGUGCACUUUAAUGAGUUCCCAUCCAUGUCUACAAACAUGCACACAUGUAAAAUGAGAGACUCUACAGGCAUCCCAUUUUAGAAAACCUGUGGAUGACACAGCCACUUUGGCCAUUUAAGGGUCUUUGAACUAGUUACAUGUUUUCUCAUGCUCACUGUUAUAUUUUCAUGGAUUUUCAUUCACGAGCACAACUUCUACUCACGCAAGGCAGCUUUCGAAUUCCUGUAAAGAUGGUAGACACAGGUUUGCCUCAGAUGGCCUUUAUCAAGCUGCUGACUUUUAAAAGUCAAGUGUCCUAUCAAGCACCCUUCAUGGUGUCAAGUGGUAGAGGUUAGUUUUUUUGGAACAGAGCCAAAUCGUUAAGCCCUUUCACUUAUUCUCCACAAUAAAUUACUUGACAAUUUUUCCGUUUUCUUCAUGGCCUUCUUGCAAUUACAACGGUUACAGAGCCUAAGAAGUUGAUUGCUUUUCCGGAUGGUAAUAGUCACAUUGGUAGCAGGUGGGUCCUCCUUCCUCUUGUGCAUUUGCUCCUUACCAGUCCUGCUGCGUUCCUGAAGGAACACUUCAUCUGAUUGUCAUAGUGCUCCACAUGCCUAAUCUGUAAUCAAGACUGCAUUAUGUUUUCCUGUCUAUCCAAGAAAAUGCUGCAUUUUAUUUGAUUCUUUGUUGUUGUUGAAUUUAUGGCAGACAUGGGGUUUUUUUGUUUUUUGGGGGGGAUCCUUUUCAUACUUUGGCUAGAUAAUAGAAUCCUGCUCUCUAAGUAACUGCAUUUGACAGCAUCUAGGCUUUCCCCUUCUCUUGGAAGUGCUGGAUAUCCCUCCCUCCAUUAAUGAGCUGAAGAAUGCAAUCAACUCUCAGGCAUGUGGUGAAGCCCCAGGACAGGACAGAAUCCCAACAAAAGGGCUGAAAGCCAGCUUCAGUUCCUUCCUCAUGACACAACUCCAUGGCCACAUCUUGCAUUGUUGGGAACAAGGAUCUGCACCACAAGACACGUAUGACUCCAGCAUUGCAAACCUCUACAAGAAUAAUUGUGACCACCAUUAUUGUAUCAGCUAUCAUGAAAUCUCCCUGCUGAGUACUGUGGGGCAAGCUUUCGCCUGUGUAAAUCUCAACAGAUUACAGCUAUUCACUAAUAGGGUGUAUUGUCACAAUGUGGGUUUAGAGCUCAGAGGUCAACAGUUGAUCUGAUUUUCUCACUGCACUGGCUGCAGGAGAAAUGCUAAGAGCAGAGACACUCCUUGGGCACCACCUUCAUAGAUCUGAUGAAGGCCUUUGACCUCAUCAGCACUGGUGACCACAUGCUACCCAGAGUGGCUGGGGGAACCCAGUCAGAUGGGUGGGGUACAAAUAAUAACAUUAUUAUUAUUUUGCUUGAGGUGGUAGACAAUUUUAUCAAACUGGACUCCACCAAUACCAGCAACCUUUUCAUCAAUGCCAAGCUGGACAAGGGUAUUGGCAAGGCAGCUAUUGCAAUGACUUGCCUCUCCAUAAAGGUAUGGAAGAGUGUGAUGCUAACAUCCAAUACCAAUAUCUGGUCUACCAGGCUUGUGUGUUGAGCACUCUGCUUUAUGAAAGUGAGUCCUGGGCAAUUUACAACCUCCAGGAGCGACUCCUCAAUGCCUUCCAUAUGUGCUGUGUUAGGAAGAUUUUGGGCAUCACAUGGCAGGACAGAGUCUCAGACAAAGAUGUCUUCUCCCAAGCCCAUAUUCCCAGCAUGUUCGCCCUUAUGCCUUAGCGACAUUUACAUUGGCUUGGUCAUAUCCACAGAAUGGAAGCUGGCAAGAUCUCCAAGGACAUGUUCUACAGAGGGAUGGCUUCAGGCACUAGGCCUGUUGCCAGACCCAAGUCUGUAUCACAAAGAUAACUGCAAAUGUGACAUGAAUGCUGCUGACAUCAACCCUGCCUUAUAGGAAUCCUCUGCAGACUAUCGCAGUGCCUGAUGACAGUCAGGUUGUGCAUCCACAGCAGUGACCAGAGGAAUGAUUACUGGGAAGAAUCACCAUGGUGCAUCUGCUGCAGCAAAAUUGGAUGCCUUCACCCACCCCACCUGCAAUAAAACAUGUUUCUCCCAUAUCUCUACAGCCACAGCUGGUGCUGUAAAACUCCAGUGCUUUGACUUUACCCUCGAAAGGUGCACUCUUCCAUUGUCUCCUAAGACAGAUGCCAACAAGUAACUUCUAAAUCUGAAGGAGUCUGAAUCUUUAUUAAGGUCAUUUUUUAAAAUUUGUGCAUGCAACACUUGGAAAGCCCUCCAUUGUACUUUGGCACUGCGUUACACAUGAGCACAUAUUAAAAUGUUGCUGGCAUAUACGUUCACAUUACUUCUUAUAGAAGAUUGACAGAAGAGCUGUCGUUAAAGUGUAUUUGUAUGUUGUAUGUAUGUAGGCCACAGGCAACCCAAAGAUUUCUUUUGUUUUCAGUCAACCAAAACAGUUGACAUUUCUUGAUCUUUGAUUUAACAGUAGCGCUAACACCAGAUGAUUAUUAUAUCACUACUAAUAUUAGUAUUAGUAUACAUUCUUGUUUACUAUCCCUUGAUCGUGGUGUUUUCCUGUAUAACAUGCUAAACACAUUUCAAAGAAGGUGAUAGUUUGUAAAGAUCACUAGAGAAUUCGAAUGUAAUGGGAAGAUAAUAUGAACACUUAUUAAAACAAGUGCUUCUAUACUUAGGACAGACCUUCUGUUAUCUCUGGAAAAUUCCAGACACACUUGCUCUGAACGUCAUCUGAAGUGCCACCUAGAAGUGUUGUCCAGAAUAUUGGCCAGAAUAUAAGUGGAAGGCUUUCUGGCAAAUGUGUUACUGACUUUGGUGCAGGGCUUAAAGGAAUUGUUUUCUUUUUUCAAUUUGUUUUAACAUUAUGUGUUAGGUUUUUCAGCUGGUCCAUAGGUAUGUAGUAUGAGUCACCCCGCUGGAGACACUUCUGUCACUGAAGUGUACUAGCUCCAGGAGGUGUUAUAAAAGAAGAUGAAUUAGAUAAAUCACAAAUGAGAUAAAAAUAGUAUUUUUUCCCUCUCGUAGUUUAGCUAGGAUUACAGUGACUCUUCCUCUGAAGGGCGGGGGGCAUUUCUUGGAAAACUGCUUAACCUGGAAAGUAGAAGCAGAAUGGGUAACUAUGUAACACUGAACAAAAAUGAAGGUGCAAGUGCCUCUAUUAGCUAUUUAGUGUUCCAUCAGUUUGUGGAAUCAGUGGACAAAUUUACACUAAAAUUGUGUCAUUUAGAAGCCCAUGAUGGAAACACUCCGCUAGUGUUUAAUUUAGCUUUCUGCAUUUCUCUUAAAAUAGCCAGUUGUGUUUGUCAAAUUCUCUAUCAUUAUAUAGAGGCAAAGACUGGUCUUUCAUUCUGCAUGAGUGAUAUUGGCUGCUAGUUGGGUAUUUGUAACAUGGAAUGGUAGCUUCCAGCAUUCCAGUAGUGUUCCAGGGUGUGGUCAUAACAGCUGUAAUUUCCUUGUAUUUUGGAACUUGCAUGAACAUGGGAAGCCCUUAACACAGCAUGUUGAACUAAAAGGUUUUUUGCUAAUUGAAUACACAUAUGUUUAGUAUUGAGAAAUCAGUUCCCAAGUGCAAAAUCUAAUACACAAAAUGGGCAGCAUGGAACUUAGUGAUUUUCCAGAAGGUUGCUUCUUUUAUCAGCUGGAGUGCUUUAGUGAGAGGCAUGUGAACAUAAUCUGUUCAUGUGCCCUUGGAAAGUCAAAGGUAGGCUCAUAGAUCCAUGUAGAUGGCACAAUGAUGAUACUACAAAACAUAGCACUGUUGCUUCAAAGCCCUCACUAGGAUGCUGGUGGUGAAAGAGCUGCUGUCUGGAAGUGGCCUUAGGGGGAAAAGCGUGUGUGUGUGUGUGUGUGUGUGUGUGUGUGUGUGUAAUAGCACACAGGCUUCACCACUGAGCAAAAGCACAAUCUGUGGAACCUAAAAGAAAGGUGUAUGCAUCCAGUAUGCACUAUUUCAUUGAUCUCUAAUAUAAAGGGGCAAUAGGAUCAGAAACUGAAAUAAUUUUGUGUCACCUAUUUCAGUCCCCAGCAGUGGAAGGCUUCAUUUAAAUUCACCAUUCUUUUAGGGACCUUGCACUGUUUGCCAACCUAAAUCUGUGUUGAUGUAAUAUGAGACCACUGCUUGCUAUUUUAAAGCUAUUCUUUCAAUAAUUGGAAUGCCUUUAUAUCAAGGGUGGGGAACAUCUUGCCUGCAGGCCAGACUUGGACCACCAGGCCAUUUCCUCUAAAGAUGCUCACCCGCCCCAUAGCUGAUGUUAUAGGUGCUGUCCAGUGUGGGGCAGGUAUCAACAUUGCCACAAGAGGAUAAUUGGGAGCUGAAAGUGAGCUCCUGGUUGUUCCUUUGCUGGAGCAAGACACACUCCCUCCCCUCGCUUCCCCUCCUCCACAGGAGAGGGCAACUUCUUCAAUAGCUUCAGGCAGCUUCCAUUGAAACCACUGCUAAAACAGCUUUCCAUCUCCAUUUUAGUGGUUUCAGUGGAAACAGCUUGUUGCUAUCAGAGCAAGGCAAUACUUGAAAAUGGUUCUCAUGAUCUCUUUCACUUUUCUUUCCCUAGGGCAAUUGCUCUGUCCUUCACCCAUUUACUAUGCAUACUGUAUGUUCCAAAUACUUCGCUAUCUUUGUUAUAUUCUGGAUUGUCUAUGGUGCGCUUUCAUGGUUAAAAUGUGGAAACCAAAGCUGAAGACACAGGUGGAUAUCAAAGCCUCACCUGUGUAUAGAGUAAUACUUGAAAUUUCAUAUAUUUACAGAUUUAGAUUAGACUGGCCUAGUGUUCUGAUUUGAGUAAUUUUAUGUUAUGUUUUUAAAAACCUUCUAUUGUGCUUUUUUGUGUCAUACUAAACUCAAAAAGCAGUUCAGCUAUAAUCCUCAAAGAGCUUACUUUUAGAAUUGAACAGUUGUCUUUUUAGGGAUUCUUCACAAUUAAAAAUAAAUAAAGAGUUGAUUGGAUCCUUUAGAAUUCUAACAUCAAUAUUUAAGAAUACCAGUUACUUUUGUCUUUCAGUAACAUAGAAUUUAAUCUGCUUAGGAACCUGUUGUGUGUAUUCAACACCAUGUGUUCUAUAUGAAUCAAGAGUGCCUUUGUUGUUCUGGGCUGUAUCAAGGGAAGUAUAUUUAUAGCACUAGGGGUGGAAGAGUUGGAUGUAAGUAGUGGAAAAAUCAAGUGUGUGCUUUGGAACAAGGAGCAAAAACAAUUACGUCUGAACACUAAAGUUUCUUUAAAAACAGCACAAGUACAGGUGGUGAAUUCAGUGUUGCAUUAGUAUGAAUGUUCUGUCUGGACAAGCAUUUCAGCUUGCCCGAUGGAACAAUCCCCUCUCUCCUCCCCCUUUCUAUGCUGUUCUGGGGAUUCUCCCAACUCUGCUAGAUCCAAUUGAGGGGAGAGGGAGGAAAGCCCCACUGGCAAGCAGAAGUCAAGCAGGGCUUCCACUGAUGGGGCUCCUUAGAUGAAUCCCACCCAGAAUGUGGAACUAGAUGGCCCAUUGGUCUGAUCCAGCUGCUUUCUUCUUGGGUUCUUGUCUCUCCCUGCAAACUUCUACAUGUUUACAUAUUCGUAAUAGUAUUUUAUCUUGGGUUUUUUGAACUCUUGCAGUCCACCAGUUGAUUUUAUGAGAAGCAAUAGAUACCCAUUUAUAUGCUAAAAGAAAACCAUAUUGUUUUAUUCACCCUAGGACAGAAACUAAUCUAAAACUCACUGAAUCCCUUAAUAUCCUAAAGCCAUUCCUUUUGUUCCUGGGUGGUAUUUCUUCCAAGCAUACGUACCUAUUGGAUUGAAAGCAAAAAUUCCCACUAAUAUGUUUUAUAAGGGUUUGGAAUUGACUUUUAACAUGUGGCGGCUUGUCCAGUUACUGAUAAGGAAGUGAUACUUGUAUAUAGUUAAACCUGUAUGAAUAAGGAUUGUGGUGUAAUUCCAAUUUACAGGCCACUUUUUUGCAUAACCGUAUUCUUUUGAAAUAGAUAGCAACUAAAAAUAGCAACUUCAUGUCCUCACCAAGUAUCAAGAUUUACUUUUUUAAUCACUCUCACCAUAAAAGUAAAGUUGAAGAAUGAGGCCAUUAGUUUAAUGGUGUCUAUAAUGCAGCAGCUGAUCGUAGGGUGGAGUGGAGGUGCUUACCUGACCACCUGGCAGCUGGGUUGCGGCUGCUUACGAGGAGGGAUGCACAGUCAUUCCAGCAGACCUGUUGGUGCAUUUACACUAUAUACCUCACCACAGCAUUAUACUACAAGAUCUGCUUUCACUGACUCCUACUAAGCAGCACAGACUGUCAAUGGCAUAGCUGAUAUGAGGCAAGAUGCUUUAUUUGUGCCCUCAGAUAAUAAACCAGUGAAAAAUCACACAAAAAGAAGCCAAUGUGAGACUUCAGUUAGCUUUCACUUACAUCAGAGAACAAAGCAAGGAAAUGUUGCAGAUGAAGACUUUAUAAACGGCAAAACUACUGUUUGCCAGGUUUCUGUUUCAUCUAGGAAGACCAAAGGAGGGACCGCUUUCCAAUAGGCUUUCUAAACAUAGAUUUCUCUCAACUAAGCACUUUUAAAUGUAUAAAUGGGUGAGUAAGUGUUGUUUUUCUGCUCUUUGACAAUAUUCUUUUGCGCAUUUCUUCCCAGGUUCUGAGUGGAUCAUCUCAUCAGAGUUACCCAGCUGCAAGCUUUCAGGAUUUCAACAAUUGGGAAUCCCUGAUGAAAAUCAAAGAAGGAUUGCUAAGGCAAAAAGAGAUUGUGAUUGAUCGGUGAGUAAACUCUAUCUUACCUCCAGUUGCUUGGAGGUUGCCUUGUAAAUUGGUUGAGUGUCCCAGAGACUGAUUUCCAAAAAUGAUUAUGCCCCCCCCCCCAAACAAACAUGAAAGAUGAGUACAAGGGUUUCACAUCCAAUGUCAUAAAUAGCUGAACAGUAGAAAUGACCAGGAGAAGGAUUGAAAAAAACAUCAGGUAUCAUCAUGUUAAUCAGUGGUACCAGGUAUAGUUCUGGAAUUAUAAAGCUGCCUUUUAUUGUGAGACGGUUGGUUCGUCUUGCCUCUGACUGUUCUCCAAGGUUGCUUUUCCCAAGCACUGCUGCCAGUCUUGUUUGACUGAGAUACCAGGGAUUGGCUCUGGGAUCUUUCAUAUACAAAGCAUUAAGAUAUAGAACUUCUGGGUAUCACACUUCAAAAAAGAUAUCAUAGAGCUAGACAUGGUAGAGAAAGGGACAGGGAAAGCAUAUGAGGGAAAGCUGAAAUGUUUGUGGACUUUUAAUUAUAACAAAAGAACAAUUUGGGAAGGAAACUUGAUGGAAGUUCAUAAAUAAUGAAUAGUGUUGAGAAAGAGAAACACUAUUCCCUCUUGGUAAAAGAAAAUUCAGCACACAAUUGAUUCAUGGCAUUCUUGAGUCACGGAGAAUUGAUGAAACCGUUGUAUUUGUCUCAGGAGUAUUGCUUAAUUGGGAAUCUAACAGACAAAACAGAGUUAACAGGUGCACCCAUGCUAGAGUUUACAGAUUUCAGUGUGAGCAGGAUGCAAAAUUAGGAAUGAGUCUCAAAUCUUUUACAUUAUGAAUCAGUUACAUAGUAUGUAUUGCAUUCAGGUGCAUGGAACCCCAUAUAGUAACUGUGAAUACCAUACAGUACCAUACAAGAGCCUCUAAUUUUCUAAGUAAUCAAAUCUUGAUAUAUUGACAGCAUUUCCUGUUUAAUAUUCUUCUCCAGCUCUAUGGCUCUCAGCAGAGUUGAUGUAUCUAGAGCAGAGAUUUUCAACCUUUUUGAGUCCACAGCUCCCUUGACCAACUACAUUCUUUCUGCGGCACCCCUGGGGGCUCAGGGGCCCAGUUAUGUUACCCCUUGCCUGCAGAGCUGGCAGCCUCUCAACCUCUUUCGAAUGCUCAGCCUCCUCUCCACUCUCCUUGGGAGUCCUCCAGGAAGCUGCUGCUGCCGCCUCUGAUCUCUGAGCUGCCCCCGCUCCACCACCCUCGCCCCAAAGAGAGCUUAUAGCCAGGGCUGCUGCAGUAAACAGCUGUGCAAGCCUUGGGGAGGUAGAGACGUGAGAGGAGGGAGGGAAGGAAGGAGGGACAGAGGCCAGUAUUGCCUGCUGCACCCCUAACCAUCAUUCAAGGUACCCCAUGAUGCAACGGCACACUGAUUGAAAACCACUGAUCUAGAGGAUUGAUCUAGCAUAUUUGACAUGAAUAUGGUAUCCUUGCAAUUUGUGCUUUCAAAAUUAAUGGCAGUCCCAUCUUUAACAGAUCCUAACCUCAUCAAGGUUUUCACAGAUGUCAUGAGAGCCCUUUCUAGGUAACAGAAACAAAUUCAAACUUUUUUUCAUUUGGUAGUUCCCAUUUUUGUGUGUACUUCUAUUGCUAAAGUCAUAGGAUGAGGCCUAUUGCACAGCGUUGUUUACAAAGGCUCACUAACCUCCUUGUGGACUUUUAACUUAAUUUGUGUAAGAAAUGUUUGAUACUGAUGCCAAACAAGUUGCAAAUUAUACUUGGAUGUUAUAGUGGAAUGGGUCCCUUUUCCUUUGUAACCCCUCAUGGUCCCUUGGGAGGGGGUGGUGGCCCUGUAUAGCACUCAUUGUAAUGUGACAAGCUACAAUAAGUGUGAUCAGAAGUGCUAUGAGCUUGCAUAGGGGUCCCCAGCCCCUUCUCAUUUGCCUCAACAAAAAUGCAAAAAAAAGAAGCACACGUUAAUACUGCUGGAUUAGCAUGCUGAGAAUAUGGAAACUAUAAGGAGUUAGUCGCAUAGUAAAGGAAUAUGAUUACCCCAGAAACUGCCAAAAUGGGUAGGAUUGAGUGGCAAUUGAGCAUAUGCAUUACUCAGAGAAUUAACAAUUAGUGGGUGGUAUAAGAAUUCUGUCAGUAAAAUAAAAUAAAAUUCUUAACACUCUGGUCUGGUCAUGUGUUUUGGUCCAGUGAAAGAGAGAGAGGUUAAUGACUCUUUGAUGGACGAGUGAGCUCCUUUAAGAAUAUGGAGCUCACAUUAAUACUACGUUUUAUUUUAGGAGUAAUCUAGUUAGAGUUUUUAUAAUGCAUCAAGAAAGAAAGAAAGAAAACAAAACAAAACAAAACAGAAUUUAAGACAUGUGUAAGCAUUUUACUCCCUUCUGUCUAAGCUAAAGAAGGGUUAUUUCUUGUUUUGUUUCAUUUUGCUGUACAUGACUUCUUUUGAUUAGUUAAAAAAUAUUGAAUACCACAUGACUUCAUUUUUAACACUAGAGGGAGCAAUGGAUUCUUGUAUGGUUUUAAGUAGUAUAUUUGCUGCUUCACUCUAUUGAAAGCAUACACACAUUACAACUAUUGUCUUGCAACACUUGGGAUUGUUCUGACCUUGAUUGGCCAUUGCAUGCUAUGCAUUUCCAACGCUCGUGCUGGCUGGCAGUGUCGGUUUGGCAAGGAUUGCCUAGAAUGGUAGUGUGAAUAAAUGCCAAAUGCUAAACGUAUGACAUAACUCUCUGAAAAUAAUAGCACACUCAUCAACAAUUGCUACGUUCUUUUCUAAACAGCUUAGGGACACUCAAAGGGCUUUUAAGGGAAGGUAAAUACAAAGCUUAGGAUUUGAGGGAAGAGAUCUCAUUCCACAGGGCAUAAUGAUGUUUGAAAUCCUGAAACAGCUGCUGAAUCUUUGGCUUAGUGCCACUAUUAGAACUGUGGUUAACUAAUAACUAAUUUCCUGACCGUUGAAAUGGAUACUUUUGGGGUUUGGGGUCUCAUGAACAAAAUACUGUUUCAUUACAAGGAUUAGAACCUUGUGCUGGGUAUAACUUAAUUCUGUACAUGCCUACCCAGAAGUAAGUCUGAUUUAAAUUGCAGGUCAGAUAGCAGCAAAAUUGUUCAGAACCAGGUAUCUUUUAUAUAUAUAUAUAUAUAUAUAUAUAUAUAUAUAUAUAUAUAUGCGCGCGAACACACACACACACACACACACAGAUGCAUUUUGCAAAUGAAAUAAAACACACAUUGCUUAUUUUUGUUUGUUUUUUUCAGCCGUCUCAGGCUCAAGUAGCACAUGCAAAGCAGGUAUGCACUGCAACAUUUUGUUGUGGUGUCCCAACUGUAUCCUUAAAAGCCAUGUAAGGUCAUGGCCGUCACCAUAUUUAGGAUUGUUAUACGCUAUGUGAAGAAAUACUUUUGACAAUCUAAUUGAAAUACCUGAAAUGAACUAAAAUUAUGUUUUCUGUUCUUGCUGUGCUAGUUGAUGUACAAAGACUAUGUGGGGGCUAAAAUUAAUUCUUAUCAUACAGCUGUCAAAUAUGACUUGCUGAGUUCUUGAAGAUAGUGCAUUAGUGCAUGCAAACUGCAUGUAUAAACAUGCUUGCUUUUAUCAUGCAUUUAUUUUUCAGGAGUUACACUGCAGUUGUAAAAGUACUACAUUAAUAAGUCUAUAUAAAAUGUUUCUGAACUGACUCAAAAUUAGAUUCAAAACGGUUGAACUUUUACUGAACCAUUUUUUAAAAAAAUGUUUGUGUCUGAGCUGAAACUAAACUGGAAAGUCUAAAAAUGGUAAUGAAGCUAAACAGGAACUGAACAUAUGUUUAAUUGUUUAGUUUUUGGGUUUAUGAAUACGGAGGGAAUGUUAGUUCUUACACUAACAUUUGAACAGUGUUAUCUAAAGCAUAUCUAAAGCAAAUUAAAAAAUGGGGAUCUUUUCUGAGUGACUGCUUUGUCUCACAAAAUCUGAGUCCCUUUGAAGCUUAUUGUACUGUGUUUUAUUUAUUUAGCAGAAUUUGUAUACCACUUAAUUUUACAUAAAACUGAUAAGUGUUUACAAAGAAUAUGUAAAAGUUAAAGUAAAUCCCAUGCUGUGGGUUACUAAAACAGGAAUAGGUAAAAGAGGGCAAUGUGACAAAUGGUUUUACAAUUUAAAUAUUUUUAAAUGUUUAAUUUUUCAGUGUCAAUUUUCAUACAGAUAAGAAAAAUAAAGAUAGUUUUUCAAGAGGACAGAAUACACACCACAAUGACAAUACAUAUUGUCAGCUCACUCGUUCAGUAAAAGUAAAAGUUCAGAAAAGUCUUGAAACAACUUACAAUUUAAAAAUUUUAAUAUAGAGUACAAUAUUAAACAUGGAUUCAAUACAGAACUAUAUAUUUAUCUAUCAUUACUAAUUUUCUAAAAGGGCAAUUCUUCCUCUCAGUUUGGCUUGUUAUUUACACUAUAAAAAUGUUUCUUGACUUAAAAGUGUAAUCCUUUGCAUUUGGAUGCAAAGGACUGCAUCUAAGUCAUACUCAGAACAGAUCCAUUGCAAUUCAUGGUCUUAAGGCUCAUUGAAGGGACGCAGGUGGUGCUGUGGAUUAAACCACAGAGCCUAGGGCUUGCCGAUCAGAAGGUUGGCGGUUCAAAUCCCUGCGACGGGGUGAGCUCCCAUUGCUCGGUCCCUGCUCCUGCCAACCUAGCAGUUCGAAAGCACGUCAAAGUGCAAGUAAAUAAAUAGGUACCGCUCCGGCGGGAAGGUUAACGGCGUUUCCGUGCGCUGCUGUGGUUUGCCAGAAGCUGCUUAGUCAUGCUGGCCACAUGACCCGGAAGCUGUACGCCGGCUCCCUCGGCCAAUAAAGCGAGAUGAACUCCGCAACCCCAGAGUCGGCCACGACUGGACCUAAUGGUCAGGGGUCCCUUUACCUUUAUCUUUUAAGGCUCAUUGGUUUCAUUAAGUCUGCAACUUCGUCAGAUACAAAUAUUACUCAAAGUGUGGAUACUAUUGGCAGGAGUCAAGUAUAACUUUUGGUGAUGAGACUAUAUUAUGGGGCACAAAAGCUAACUGUUUUUAGUUUAAUAGUUACAGAGAUUGGUUGUUGCCACCUUACACACAUGUCUGAAGGAAAGAGAAUCAAAUGACCCAGUAAACAUUCAGACCAGCGAUACCCAACCAAGCAUUUCGAAAGUUCAUUAUUGCACCCAUGCUGUUGUUAACAACUAUUUAGAGAAGACUUCCCAUCUAUGGAGCAUAUGAGUUCAAUAUAGCAUAUAAUUCAAAAAAGAUGGUUUGUGUAAGAAGUAGCUUCUACUCUAUAAGGGGUAUGGAGGGUUAAAUGGGAGAAUGAUCAAAUGAAGAGGUGGAAAACUGGAGGUACCAUUAGGAUGGAAGAAUAGAGGCUGAUAAUUGGAAGAAUGUAAGACAAAAAGAGAGGGGAAAUACCGCAAAUGUUGGAGAGAGAAAAAUAAUUGUUUUGAAUGUUGCAGAAUAAGGAUUCCACUCUUGUAUGUAGACUCAGAUCACUACAUAGCAGAGACUUGAGGUCUUACUAUCUGGAAUGUAUUGGAAAAUGUUAGAAUUACCUGCAGACUGGCAGACAGCCGAGUAUAUAGUUUCCAUUUCUGCACUCUGACUAGGCUUGUGAGAUCACCAUGCUAUCUUUUUUAAAAGCAGAGCCCUAUCAUUGUGUGGUUAUACAGUGGAUUAAUAGCAACAGCUGUUGGAGUAACAAAGGAUUAAAGCAACCAUACAACAUUAUCAGCAACGAAAUGUACGUGGCACAAGGCCUUUUAUUGUCAGAUAACUCCAGAGAUUUAUAGGAUUAUAUGUAUGGUAGGGAAUGUUUUUGCAGUUCAUUUUGGCAUCCUUUCUGAAUACUUUGACAACUUUUUAAAGCUCAUGUUAGAUUUACUGUGAGAAUUAAUACUGUGAAAUAUAAUUGCAUAAGAAAUAAAUGAAACAUUUUUGUUCUAUUUUUUUGCAAGCAACUUUUAGUAUAGUUAAGUUAACAUGUGCAAGUAACAGCUGGUUAUGCAAAUAUUGCAUUGAAUUCACCUAUAACAAAAUGGAAUAGUCAGGUAUAUUGAGCCAUUGCAUAUUACAGGGGAUGGUUGAAGCCUUCACUGAAUCAAACAGUUUUCUAUUGGCAUAUGGACACCGAUUGUAUACAGCCCAUCAUAUUUUAACAAAAGUGACAUAUAGUCCCAAGUCUUCAAUUUAGAGUUCUGAUAGUACUGUGAAGGCAUAGCAGGCCUCCAUUCACCUUAGGAGGAGCAGCAAGUGAUCUGCUUCAGUUCACAAAGAGCUGCCAAAUGCACUGAAGGGAAUCAGGAGGUCCCCACAGGCAGGAAUCUUCUAUAGCCACACUAGAGCUAAUGUACUCAUACCAGAAUGUUGAUCUGCUCAUGGCAGUUUCACUUCCAUAGUUAAUACAAAGUUGUGGAAGAACUUUGAGAUGAAUCGACAAGAGGGUGAAAAUGGAAAUACUGGGAAGCAUGAUUCAAGUUUCAUGCGUUCUUUCUUUGUUUCUGUUCUUUCUCUUAUGAAUUACAGGCAGAACCAGCAAAUUAACCUUUUAUAUCAGAAAAUAAGGGAGAAUGAACUCCGAGCUCAGCAAGCAAGGCUCGGGCAUAUUGUGAAUUGUGAAGACCCUUACAUGAGUAGUUUCCAGGUAUGAAUUAUUAUUAUUUUUAAAUCAUCAGGAUAGUCUGCACACAUCUGUUAUUAAGAAAGGCAAGCCCAGACUCAUCUCAUAGUAACUUGUAUUACAUUUGGAGAAAUGCAAAAAAAGUUUUGCCUUCCAGACAAAUCAAAUUAUGGUUAAAUACAUAACCGUAUUGCAUUUCAAAACUAGUAUCUCGUUACAAUUUGUAAGCUUGGAAUUUAAAACACCUCAGAUACAAAAGUGAAGAGAUACAUAUUAAUGAAAUAAUUAUUUGUGUUGCAUCAUGAAAGAAUCUGAGCAACUGUACUAUUUCAGAAUGUAGGUUAGAGGUUUUAUUCUUGAUGAACAAUUUUGCCAUUGGAUAACCUUUUUGUCUAGAUUAGGCCUGAGCACUACAGUCUAUAAAAUGUUGAGAGCAGAUAUAUGGUUUGAGAAAGCGACUAUGACAAUUUCCCCCAUAAGGUUAAGUUUUGUGAAACGUCUUUCACUGUGUUUGGAGGGGAGGACUAAAGGUGGGAGGGAGUUGACCUGACAUGGUUUGUUGUACAUGUUGAAUUCCAUAAAAAUGAAUUGCCAAACUCAUUUUUGUUUUUGUUUCAUGCUCAGAUGCAUAUUUUUUUAUUUAUAAAACUACUUAUAGACCCUGUCCCCUACAUAAAAUAUCAGUGCACGGUACAACAAAAUAUGCAAGUACAACAAAACAUAAAAUACCACAAAAUACAAAUAAUAUGCUGGGAUAUCAGCUGGAAACUGGAUGUGUGCUAUAGCUCAAUAUUACAAACAAUAGGUUCUUUGUUGUCCACUUCUGUAUGUUCAUUACUUAAAACAAUAUAGCAUUCAAUAUGUUGUACUCUUGCUGAGUUGGCCACUCUGAUCCAGGUGAAAGGUUUAGAACAGCAUCUUCUCAUCUGUUCCCUUUCCCUCCUUUCCUUCUUCAAAGCAGCCUCAGUAUGAGAGCACAGCGAUGCAGUCUCAAUUUGCAGAGAGAUCUGUGGCCCAUUGUGAAAGGGACGAGCUGGAACGAAAGCUUGCAGCAGUGCAGAGUAAGGAGCUACAACUCAGUGAGUUUCUCAAACAAAUGGCAAACAAAGCCAAUGAAGAUAAAAAGAAGAUGGAAGAAAAGGUGGGUCUUGCACUUUCCCAAAUGGUUUUAUUGCUGAGACAAGAACAUAUAUUUCUCAGACAAGUUGGCUGUACUUAAGGCUUAUGAAUGAUCCAUAGCAUCUUUUCCCCCCUAUAUGACUCACAGGGCUGAUACUACCAUUUUAUACAGCUUUAUUCCUCUGGAGGGGAAACUUUUUUUUUACUGGAGCUGCACUGCAUUAUCUUGGAGGAUGGGACAGGGUGAAUGUGUGUAUUUAAUUUACUUGCACCUUAAUCCCUACAGUGUUACAAUUGCUCUUAGUUUUUUAAUCGUUAGAGCACAGAAAUCAUAGAGACUGAGGAAAAGUACAAUUUGAGAGAUUUUAGAGCAGUGCCAAUUGUAGUACAUUUCACCUUAUCUAUUGGAGCCUCUUUCAUGACCACACUACUACUGAAAAAGCCAAAAUGGCAGCUAAUGCAACAGCCUUUGGAACCAAGACUAGAUCAGUUCUGCACAUUAUGAAAAUGAAGCAAAUAAUUGCUAAUUUUGUUCUCCCAAGCUGUGGAAGAAAAGGGGUUAUGUAAGGCACAAUCCCUCCCCCCAAAAAACCAACUUAAAAAAACAAAAACUUUUAAAAAAACCAGCUAUUAUGAAAUCUUCUGAUGGAUGUUAGUUUUGGAUCAUGUGCUGUUUGGAUUAGGAGUAUAGAUUUGAAACUUUUCUUAUAUCUAUGGCAGUCAUACAUCCAAGAAAUAGGCCCAUAGGACAUAUUUUGGAGAAGUUGUUUGUGAGCCUCAUUAGUGGCCAUUAUAAUUCCUUAGUUCCUCCUUAUUUAUCCUCUCACUUCUAUUCCUGGCUGAACCCCACUCCUGGAAAGGUAUUUGUGUAUACAUUCAAAGGCCAUGCCUAGCAUGGAUAUUUCACAUGUGGCCUUGCUUAUAUAAUAUGAUGCAAGCUACAGAAUAUGGAAGGAAGUUUCAAAUUCUCAUAGUGACUAGUAACCAAAAGUCUACAAGAUUUUUGCAGUAGCAAAUGAGCAGGGCUUCCUUAUCCUGUAGACAUUUUUUCACAGAGGCUCUUGCUCACAUUUCCACAUAUGGGGGGUGGGCACAAAAAAAAUGUAUGUACAAGAUACUGAUAGGGAUUAUGUGUGAAACUGCCCACGGGUCUAAAGCUCAAAUCCAUACAAUCACAGAAGCAAAAUUUUUAAUUGCUCUAUUUUGGAAGAAAGAAAAAAGCAAACCAAUCAUUUGUGUUUAUAUAUAUGUUUUGUGGUUUCUGAACUGCUGGUUUAAAUAAAGGAAAAGCAUCUUUUGAUAAACACACAUCUAACUACUUUUAAACAGUAAAGAAAUGUUUAGCUAUGGAAAUAGUCAGCCAGAGCUCUUAGCUUUUAAAAAGAUAAAUGACCUAUAACAAUCCAUUUUUUAUUUAUAAAAACAGUUCUACUCCCUGCUGAGAAAAUAACUUUCAGAAUAUACUGAGUUUUAAGUAUCAAAGAAAUAUUUCAGAUUACCUUGUGCAUAUUUGAUUCCAACCUCAAAGAAUGAGAUGCAAUAUUACUCUCUUUCUAGCUCAAAACUAGAGACAGGUACAUAAGCAGCCUGAAAAAGAAAUGCCAAAAAGAAUCGGAGCAAAACAAAGAGAAACAGAGAAGAAUUGAAACUCUUGAAAAGUACCUGGCUGACCUGCCAACACUGGAUGAUGUUGAAAGUCAAAGUAAACAGGUAAUCUGUGUUUCACCUAGAGCUUUUGCUAAAUGCAUAUUAUGAAUUGCAGAACAUAAUACUUGCUCAUAAUGUCCUUGGGUAAACAUUAAAAGGUCAUGACCGCCUGUAACAUCUCUGCAUAAGCCCUGUAGAAGUGAUUGAGUGCUGCCCCAAAGCUCCUAAACAGAUCUCAUAAUGUUCUAGUGAAUUGUGCUCAAUGAUUUAAUAAUAAGAAAUUUGCAGUUGCCAAAACUCAAAGGUUAAAUUUGUUGCUCUUCAUCUAUAUUCUGUUCCUUUUCUGUUAAGGGAACAAAUAAUUACGAAAAACAGUAUCUGGUUUCUUUUGUUCUUGUCUGGCAUAGUAAUACAUUGCUGCAAUGUUUACAUUAAGAUUUUUUUAUAAUCAUCAUCAUCAUACACAUAUCUAAGAAAAGUCAGCAGAAGUGAGGGCCUUUGUUAUGCAUAAAAAAAUAUAUCAAAAUGCAAUGUAAUUAAUAAAUUCAAGGAGACUGUUGGUUUGACCCAUGAUUGCAGAUGUUUUAUAAAACGAGAGCCCAAAAAAGGAACACCCUGGAAACAAAAAAAGGGAGAUGAAGCUUCAGAAACAUGCUUAAAGUGGAACCAUUUAUUGAAAGUUCAGUGUGCCUGCUGCAUUUUGAUCUAUUCCCUCCUAUUUUGAUGAAACCUGUUUUGAACAAAUGACUACAAUAUGUGGAAUACAAUUUUUAAAUGGUUUUGCUCCUGAAUAAAGUUAUAUUCCGAAACACAUUGACAGUGUUCCAUUUUCUAAUAAAUUUUAAACUGUUUCAUUUCUAACAUCAUGUUGAAGCUUUGACUCCCUUUUUGUUUGUUUCUGCUUCUCGAAGCAAACCUCUUGAGAAUAGUAAAGUGUGAUUGAUCCAUGACCUUCAGAGGUCCUGGAAACAUUGCUUGCCUCGGUCUCUCCCCCCACCCUACCCUUUGUGAAAUCUCCAAUUUGCAAACAAUAUGAUUCUUGAAGCAUGUUAAAGAAUACCAUAUGACAAGAAAUAGGAAAAGAAAUAGUUCAUGAUCAUUUAGCACUGAGACACAAUAAAAAAGUCAGACACAUCAAACGAACUGCAAAUAUAACUCAAUGUAUCAUAGUACACGGAUCAUUUUAAAAUAAUAAUAAAAAAAACCAGUCUUGAAUGACAGGUAGGAGGAAAUACAACUAAGCAACCUGAUAUGGACAAACAACACUUUGAGUUGCCAAUAAAUAUUGUAAAGCUGGAUUCAGAUUAUGUAGUAUUUAAGUCUUGUUUAUAUCAGGGCUUAUGCAUAUGAUUUAAAAAAAUUAAAUCCUCCAAUCAUCAGUGGGUCUGGAUGAAAAAUACUCUGAUAAAGGUGUCCAAGCUUCUACUGUACUUUGAAUCAUACAUCAGUGGAAUAUCCAUCCACAUAGAAACAAAAUGCACCCUAUUGCCUAUUAUAAUACUUGCCACUGAAGAGCAACAUAUGGUUACAAAGAACCUGACAAUUCAGUGUCUUGUUAUACACAUCAGGAAGUUCAGUUAUAUUCUGUUCUAUUAAUCCAGUAUUGUAUUACUGUGUUCGAAAGCAUUGUAUGAAUAAAUUAACAACAACAACACCACUUUGUUGGUUAUUUGAUCUACAGUAAACAUGCUUCUAUAUAAAAAUAUUUAUAUUUGCUUCUAUAUAAAAAAAUAUUUUGGCUUCUCUCUAGCUUCAAGUUCUUGAAGAAAAGAACAAGCAGCUGAAAGCUACUUUGGCUGAGCUCGAAAAGGCUCUAGAAGAGUCCAAAACACAGUGUAAAGAACAAGAAUUGCAGCUAGUUUGUCAAAAGAAGAAAGAAAAAGAAUUGGUAACAGCAGUGCAGAGGUAUGAAUAAUUAACUUGAUCUGUCGUUUAUGACUCUCUAGGAUCUUUCUAUUCCCUUCUGCGUCAGUUCAGUUUUGGUGAAGAGAUUCACGUGAACUCUGUUGUAAUGUCAAACGCCAGACUGCACUACACAGAAGGCAAUGAUGCAGUAUGUUGCAAAGCACAAUUGAGAUGUGUCAGACUACAGCAAUAUCAUUUUUAAUACGUGGGCAAUGUUGAAUUGCUGCUUUUAGGGAAAGAGGGUUGAAAAUCAGAAAUAUGAGGUUGAGCUGAGAAGGAUGUAACAGAAAGCCUGUCUGGUUGCUGAGGAGUGAGGUCUACUAACUAAUGAUGUACUUGUCUAGAGUAGGGACCUUGAACUGUUCACUUGUGGACCAAAUCAAUCUCAUAGAAAGAUGCCAUCUGGUUGCAGAAGUCUUGUUGAAGGUAUUAGAAAUACUUCAGGUACUAUUCCAGCCACCACUUACAUCUUAAUUUCAGGCAUGUCAAAGCUGUCGUGUAAAUUCAAAGUCUAGUUUUGCAGUUUGAACUACAAACAAGAGGAAAUAAGGGGGACUUGUCUGCACAGUAGCUUAGGAGCACGCAGACAUCCCUUACUGUUUCCUGGUUAAAGGGAAUCACACCAAGCAACCACAUUUGCAGUUUGCCGAAUGAACAGUCCCUACAGCUGACAUAUUCUGGCUAGAAAUUUGCAGGGCAUCUGCCUAAAGUUUAUGGUACAAUGGAAACAUUCCUACUUACCAUAACAAGUUCCAGAGGAGCAUUCAGGUGUCAUUUGUGACAUACGUUUCCCCAGUUAGCAUCAGUAGGGCAGAGAUAUCAUGACAUGUAUUAACCCACUGACCACUUGGUUGGUGAAUGCGAAAUCAAAGGAAUGAACAUUCCAUUCUGGUUGACGGGUCGAAAGAGUGCGGUCUGGUUACUAUAAGUUAGUUUUGCCUUGGGGAUCAAAUUCUUACUUAGUUGUUAACUUGUUGAAUGGCUUUGGAUACGUUACUGUCUCUGAGCUGCCUUAAUAGCUGCAACUGUUCCGCAAUGGAUUUGUAGUUACAAAGAAACAGAAAGCAGGAUAACAAUCCCAGAUGGAUGUUAAAAUGAGAGAAUGUCAUUUAUUUAGAAUUUAGACUAAUUUAUUUAGAAUUGUUUUAUUGAGAAUCUAUUGUUUUAUAAAAGGCUUUUAAAAAGCAAAAGCUAAAGGAACACUCAUUUGAAAUUAUGCAAUAAAGGUAAUGGAAGCCAUUUUAGAAUUUAAUUUCCAGUAGUCUGAAACAUGUGACAUUUCAGUUCGUGACCCUGCGUUGCUUAAAAGUGCAUGCCACAAAAGCUUUGUUCAAAUGAUGAAAGGUUAGGUAUUUGGGACAGUUAGCCAGAUCACUGGGUGCAUUGUUUCCAUCUUACAUCUGGUACCUAUUGCAUUUGUGAGUGUGUAAUCCACCAGGGUGGCUUUGCAGUCUCCUGAAAGUCUAUAAAUAUUUGAAGCAGAGUCUUGUUUCUAAAUUUAAACAACAAUUGUCAUUGUCAUCAUUCGUGUUUUCAUUUUUGAAAGAUGAGGCGGAGGGAAGCAGAAGUGUGAUUCUUCUCCGUGCUGGGGCAUUUGAGUGUUGUUGACAGGGGUAGGUUACCAAGGACUCUGCGUAACCAGAGAUUGGGGGAAUUUCUGCUGACCCCAGGCAGCUAGUCAUCUGGAAGCCUGAUUUCAGAUAUCCACCAAGUCAUGCUGCAAUUCUAGUUAAUCUCUUGUAACACUGAGGCGGCCAAUGUGGUGCCCUCUAGAAGGUUUUGGACUCCAAUUCCCAUCAGCCUCAGCCAGCAUGGUAAGUAGUCAGGAAUGCUAGAAGUUUGCAGUGGCAACAGCAUCUGGAGGGUACCAUCCCUGCUAUAAAGGGCUGUAGGUUCUGAUGGCACUCUCAGAGGAAGAAUUGUCUGUCUACAGGAUCAUUUCCUAAAAUGAACCUGUCAACAUAAAUGUGCAAACCCACUCCAAUAGCAUGCAUUAACCAUAAAACAUCUCCAAGAAUGAAUCUGUGUACGGAAUCUUUCACUUUUGCAGAGCUUACUUAUUUCCUGCACAGGAUUUGACUCUAGAGUUUUGGUAUGCAAUUUCUGCUUUCUUUUUGCCUUUUCAAAUCCAAACUACAGCCUGCAACAGAAGGUAGAAAAAUGCCUGGAAGAUGGUGUCCGCCUUCCUAUGUUGGACACAAAACAGCUUCAGAGUGAAAACGAAAGCCUCAAAGAGAAAAAUGAGAAAGCUAGCAAGGUACAUUCAUUAAACUGAGAUGAUCUACCUGUGUCUGAAGAGCUCUUUUUGCUAUUGAUGUUUGCUGUUACUAUAUUGUCACCCUGUUGUUGUGUCUCCCUGCCCCAAUAUAUGUUUCCAGCAGCAGCCAGUGAAGCACUGGCAGGUGCCACUGGGUGGCAGUAAAGAUGGGAGGAUAAACUAUCCCCAGAAAGAGUAACGUACAGAGUCAGACCACUGGCCCAUCUAGCUCAGUAUUGUCCACACCCAGGGGGUGGGAGGUUGCAGUUGAGGUCAGGCACAUGUAAUUCUGCAGUUGCUGAUUGCCUACUUGCCCCCACUAAGCGGUUGUGCACUUAGGCAGGGCAGACCAAGACACCCUCUGUCUCCACCACUUUCCAACCAUUUCUGAGCAUGUUUUCCCCUACCCCAUAACUGCCCCCACAGCAUCAUAAGGCUUUUCUUGUUACUAAUUUCAUUCCUGAUCUUGCAGCAUCCUAAAUUGUUGUGUUUUUUAUAGCAGUGCAUGUCCUUUACAACAAAUUAGAUACAUCAGAGAUACAAAGAGCAUUUUUGUUUGUUCUUCUCCUAACAGGUCAUAGACAAUCAACAGAAUCAGAUUGCCGAGAUGACUUUAGAGAUUCAGGUAAUGAAUUGUGUUUUUCAGGCGUUUAACCUUAGCCUUACUAUUGAUGAAGAUGCAUCCUCUCCAUGAAAAGAAGGGUUGGCCUUAGGAGCUUCAUGAGACAGCAGUAAUCUACAAUAUUACACUGUUUAAUGGUAGUUGUGCUUUUAUUUGUAAUCUGCUUUGGGUUCCCAAGACAGAAUGGCUUCAUAUAAAUGCUCUGAAUACUUGAAUGAUGCCACAACCUUCACAUAAACAUAAUGCAGGGAAGAAGAAAUGCAUGACAAGAAUUAAAGCUGAAGUCUAGGGCUAGGCAAUGUUAGGUUUUCAACACUGCAGUCUGGUGGUACACUGUGAUGUUGAAAGUGUGGAAUAAGCUGCAUUGGCCCCAGUCCUGCCAGGCACCGGAGUGAAACUGUCACCACUGCUGCUGAGGUGGUUUCAUCCCGGGACCAGAGCUGAUGCAGCUAGAGGGAUGGGCUCCCACGGCCAGGAGAAAAGAUGCAGCCCACCCUCCUGGGCGAAGGCAGCUGAACAGCGGUGCUUGUCAGGCCCCAUUCUCAGGGUUCCCUCUGCUUUCGCACAUGUGGGCUACCUUUCUGUCCCGUGCGAAGGCAGCAGUGGAUGAGGCCACCACAGGAAUGCGCCAUCUGUCUGGCUUCAACCCCCUCCCUCCGCCUUGGCAGCUGCCUGUGAGGGGGGCGGGUUUGAUCAGCUGAGAAGCAGGCUGCCUUCAGUUGCCCACUUCUCAGCUAUUCAAGCCCCUGUGGGGCUUUGUUAAAUUGCUCAACUGAGUGGAGCAGUUUAAAGAAGCCGUCUGCUGGUGGUAUGAGAGCCAGAGGGCUGUUUCACCCAGCGGUAUAUUGCAGGUGAAACAGCAGUCGCUCCUGAAUCUCUCUGGAGGCAGGGGGACUCGGGAGCAGCUGCUGUUUCACCCGCGAUAUAUCGCUGAGUUAACAGUCAUUGCUGUCUGGCCCUCAUACCGCUCCUGGGUGAUACAUUGCCCAGGCCUGUCUGGCCCUUGCUUGUUUCAGGCACCUUUAAAACUCAGGCAGAAUCAUGUGCACAUAGGAAGCAUUUCUUCACCACUGGAGCCCAUGGGCCUGUUGCCCUCAUCCAGCUGUCAAAACAAGCUGAGGCAGCAGAAGCAAUACACCCCUUUCCUCCUUAUUCAUACCACAAGACCAUCAAGAGAGCUUCCAGCAAUUGUAACAUCAGCACAAAAAUUAUGUAUGAACACUACAAACUGAACAAAAUAUUAAGAGGGGUGUUAUUGGGUUGUUGAUCUUGUUCUGUGAACCGCCCUGAGACCUCCGGUUAUAGGGUGGCAUACAAAUUCUAUAAAUAAUAAAGGCAAAGUGUGGAUUAACCUUCAGACAAGGCAGGCAUGCAUGCAAAAUAUGUUAGUAUGAUUCGAUUCAAGUUUCGAUGAGACAAGUGAUUUUUUAAACCAAAUGAUAGCAUGUGUGAGCAGGUCUUUAAUUACCGUAUUUUUCGCCCUAUAGGACGCACCUAGGUUUUUUUGGGGGGGGGGAAUAAAAAAUUUUUAUUUCCCCCCCCGACACGGGGCUGGCGCGGGGGAAGCCCGAGUUUCCCCCGACCCCAGCCCCCAGAACAGCCUGCUAUCAGCAAGCUUAGGGAGCUGCGCCGGUCUCCCCAGGCUUGCGGAGAGCUGUGCGAAGCCCGGGCGCGCUCUUCAGCGCGCCCAAGACUUCGGAAUGCAGGCAGCUCUGCGCAACCCUCCGGAGCCCGGCGCGGCUUCCCGCCGGGCUCCCGAGGGUUCCACAGAGCUUCCUGAAGCCUGUAUUCGCCCCAUAGGAUGCGCACACAUUUCCCCUUCAUUUUUGGAGGGGAAAAAGUGUGUCCUAUAGGGCGAAAAAUACGGUAAUAAUCUACAACCUGUUUAAUGAAAGCAUUAUAAAAUGCAACAAGGAAUGUUAGAAAUAUUACUUUUAAAAUUAAUAAGAAAAAACCAACGUAGAGAAGCUGUCUGGUGAUUGACCAUGUCCCAAAACAGUAAAAGAUUUAUUCAGAAAUUACACAAACACUAAAGUUCCUUGAACAAUUGUUUGGGUGUGAUUUCUUUGGAUUAUUUCAGAGGUUCAUUUCAGAGGUUCAACUCAUCUGAAAAUAAUCUCAGGUUGAAUUUAUUGUGAAAAUGGUUCCUUUGCACAGCUGAAACAUGCACACUGAUAGGAGACGAGGCCUGGGUGACAUAUCACCCAGGACUGGUAUGAGGGGCAGAGCACGAUGGCAGCUUUAUCUGGCAGUAUAUCGCAGGUGAAACUGCCACUGCUCCUGAGUCCCUCUGCUGCCAGGGCCGCUGGUAGCAAAGGGACUUGUGAGUGGCAGUGGUUUCACCUGCAAUAUACCACCAUCACGCUCUACCCCUCAUACUGCAGAGGGAGGAGCAAGCUGCAUCAACAGCUGAUAAAACUUGUUCAUCUCUUGGCUUCUUUAAACUGCUCUGCUGAGGCAUGGGUAGCUGCACACUCCUUAGCAAAUCAGUUUAACAGAGCUGGAGUGGGGGCUCUGUUAAACUCCUCCUGCCCUCUCACCUCAGUUGAGGAAGCCCCAAUACCUCAUGUGUGAGCUGGGAACAAGCUGCACCAUCCCCCAGCCCCCCAAUGCACUGGGGUGAAACUGCCUUGUGGGGCUGGGGCCAAUGUAGCUUGUUGUUUCAACAUCACAGUGUAUCACCAGACUGCAAUUUUUGCCUUGUGAUACAUCGCCCACCCCUGUAUGAGACCAAUUUAAACAUUCAGCUGGUUCUAAAAAAAAAAAUGUACCUGUGUGACUCAGGUUGGAGUUGCUUCAUUAGUAGGAACAGUACUUCAACGGUCUUCUUGGAGUCAGUUGGAAAGAGUAAGAUGUCAUCAACGUACUGAUGAUACUGAAGUCCAAAUCCCCAAAUCAUGUCUCCCAGCGGUUUCAUAUGGAUGUUGAUCAGCAUAGUGGAAGAUGGAUCCCCUUGUGGACACCAUAGGCUAAUGUUCAAGAUGCAAAACAGAAGUCUAUUAGUACUGUUCUAAGAAAUUCUCCUGCCAAAAGGAUUAGAGCAUGGCAAAGCAAGACCCAUCUGAGCCAGGCAGCACAUACCAUGGUCAGUGGUACUGAAGGUGAUUGAAAUGUCCAGCAGAAGCAAAAGGAAUGCAUUCCUCCUGUCUGGUUUCCAACACAGGUUGUCCAGUAGAACAGCCAAGACACACUGUAUCCUGUAAUUAAGAUUGAAGCCAAAUGAAAAAAGGAUCCAUUUCAUCCAGGAAACCCUACAUAUCUCAUUUAUGUGAAGUUAUCCGUGCAUAACAUCGCAUAGAUAAGUUUUCUGUACACGUUCCACCUUACUUUUAGAUUGAACUAAUUCUAUGAUAUGAUUGUAGAUCUUUAUUAAAUGCCAGAUAAUUAGUUUGAUCUUGUAGUUAAUAAGGCAUGUCCCAUAAAGUAUAUUCCCAAAAUGCCACUGUAUGUUACAGUAACGUGUGAAAUCCCUCUCAGGCAUUGCCUUUUGCUAAUCUGAAACAUAAAACUGAACAUACUUUCCCAAGACAUGGUAUCCUGUAGCAGAGUAAUAUCAUAGCACAAAUCUAAACUCCAAUUUUAUUCAGAGGGAAUUUAUUGCAGUCAAUUGGAAAUGGAUGCUAGGCUUUGCUUAAGGAUGCAGUCAUCAGAGUAUAUGGGUAAACCUCAGCACACAAUAAUACAGCAUGCUUGGAUGGAGAAUAACAUAAAGUAGGGGAAAUCCCCUUUGAAAGCUUUACAAGAGGAGAAUGAGUUGGAACUUGUCAUCCUUUGCAGCUUAACUUUUAUUAAUGCCUAGAGUACAACAAUUUGAACACUCUAGAUUCCAGCCAAAUAAAACCAGCAAAGCACAAGCAUGGACAUAUGUGAUAUUGCAGUUGACUAACCUACACGUUGAGCAGAAGAAAAAAAUAACUUCUGUCAAUCUAUAAAAGUAGGAACGGUUAUAUUACAUGGAUGCAUUUCUCAAAACCUAGCAAUGGCAUACGGAACAUCAAGUCAGCACUUCAUGCAAAGUAGGAGUGAUGUUUAGCUGUUUUUAAAAGUUAUUUAUAUUAUUUGUGAGUUAUAUAAAUAUCAAGAAAUGGCCAGUUUGCCGAAUGAUGAGAAGAGGAGCAGGGUUGUGGGAAAGAACCUGAAUAGCUAAACUGACAGUGGUAGGCAAACAAGCACCAGAAGCCGGAAUUCAGAGCAAGCAGGAUGCGUUGAGAGGAAAUUGUGGGCAGGGAGGGAAAGAGGGACCUUGGUCUAGAAGCAAAUCAGUUCCUCUUUCCUUUUCCAAGGGCUGUUGAGAUCAGGGGAUCCGCAUUACUCCAGCCAUGGCUCAUGGCUCACGGCACUGCAGCAUGUAGGGAUGGGAAGUCCUAACCAUGGUUGAUUUGAGUCUCUUGGGACCCAAACUAAUUGCUGCUCAGCUGUCAGAGACUAUGAAGCAAUUACCGUAUUUUUCGCCCCACAGGACGCACUUUUUCCCCUCCAAAAAUGAAGGGGAAAUGUGUGUGCGUCCUAUGGGGCGAAUGCAGGCUUUCGCUGAAGCCUGGAGAGCGAGAGGGGUCGGGGCGCACCGACCCCUCUCGCUCUGCAGGCUUCGCACAGCUCUCCGCAAGGCGCGGGAGCCCUGUGCUGGGCUCCCGCAGCUUGUGGAGAGUUGCCUGUUCUGGGGGCUGGGGUCGGGGGAAGCUCGGGCUUCCCCCGGCCCAGCCCCGCGCCUGGGGGAAAAAAAAUAAUUCCCCCCCUUUAUUUCCCCCCCAAAAAACUAGGUGCGCCUUAUGGGACAGUGCGUCCUAUAGGGCGAAAAAUACGGUAAUUCACAGCCAGAAAAGAUUGUGUCCCCACCCCUCCCCAAUAUCUGAAAGUGUUAAAAGCCAGAAACUGAACUGUAGAAUUGGUAGCUGUAUUUCUCUCCCAUGGUGUGAAGCUUUGCUGUGUUUUAAAUAAUGGGAAACUAAACUUGAAAAGAAUUCCAUCCUGCUAGUCAUGGAUUAAAUUAGCAUAAAUUUGACACUUUGUGGUUAAGAUAUGUAAUAAAAAAAGGAAGAAAGUUUGGAACAGAUUGUGUUGAACAAUAAUUUGAGACACAGUGCAGAAUAAGUCUAUUUAAAAUUCAUUGGUGGUAUUUUUCCAGCUAAUUUGAACCUCUUAAAAAGUAUGAUUUGGACAGAUGAGUGGAUCUUUUGUCUUCUGAGAUUUUCAGUCCUGGAUUUCAAGAGAUGAUUGAUAGAUCUCUCUCUCUCUCUCUCUCUCUCUCUCACUCACUCACUCACACACACACACACACACACACACACAGCUGCUGCUGCUGCAAAUGUGAGGGAGAAGUGCUCUUCGUCAGACAAACCCUUUACCUGCCAGGUGUCCAGGGGGCUUUGCAAACUAAGCCCACUCUUGGACACCUUUGGGGAUUUCAGAGACUGCCCUGGUUCCUUUGAGCACUGCAGAAGUAAAAACUGAGGGUGGGAGUGGAAAGCUGACCCACCAUGAAGGACCAUCUCGCCCUAAAGGAUCCUCUAUGGGUUUUGGACCUCCAGUGCUUGACUGAGGGGACCUCUCACUCCCCAUAAUUCAGGUUAAGAACAGUUUCAGGUUAAGAACGGACCUCCGGAACGAAUUACAGUACACUGUACACUGUACUUCGUUCCGGAGGUCCGUUCUUAACCUGAAACGGUUCUUAACCUGAAGACCACUUUAGCUAAUGAGGCCUCCUGCUGCUGCCGCACCACCAGAGCACGAUUUCUGUUCUCAUCCUGAAGCAAAGUUCUUAACCUGAAGCACUAUUUCUGGGUUAGCGGCGUCUGUAACCUGAAGCGUAUGUAACCCGAGGUACCACUGUAACUACUUAACCUGAGGUACUACUGUAAAAGUUAGAUGCUAAUUGAGCCCAGUUCUUUUCUUUCCCUGUAUUUGUUUGAAGGCAUGUUUUGUGUAGCUAUUACAUUAGUAAAGCUAAAGAGGUUCCUUGAUAGGGUAGUAUUAAUGACAAAUCCCACAACUGUUACAGGAUAAACACUCCCAUCCAUAGAAGCCAAGCAGAUCCCAUUCUUAUUCUCCUAUGCUAAACACUGUAGAGGGCUAAGUGAAACUCCUGGGUAUCUAGCAGACCUUGGGGAUAUAGCUAGAUUGAAUCCUUGUUAAGGGAUGCGCAUUCUGAUGAAUCAGGUCUCCAAGCAGAAUAUGAUUCAGCUUAGGCACACCACUAUAGGCACACCACUAAAGUUCACUUGUUAGUGGUUAUUUAAGUACAUGCCUAGGUACAUCCAGUAAGUUUCUGGGAGGAAACUGGUUUUAAGAUACUGGGGUGUGUGUGUGUGUGAGUUUCUUUGGCUGUCGUUCACAAGAGAAGCAAAAGCCUCACUGCUGUACAUAGAACAUAGGAAUCUGCCUCACACCAUUGUGUGCAAGUCACAACAUUGGUCCAUCUAACUCAAUAUUAUCUACACUGACUGGCAGCAGUGCUCCAGCAUUCCUGACAUUCCCAGCACACCUAGAGAAGCUGGGGAUUAAACCUUUGGCCUUUUGCAUGCAAGACCACUGAGUUAUAGCCCUUCCUGAGCAGUCACUAAAGCCCUUACAUCCCCUGCCUCUCUAUCCCAUAGAAGUAAAGGCAAAGGGCUACUUUUGCAGCCACUGCUGGUUCUGCCCCAGCAUUAUUGAGCAUUGGCUGAAGCUGAAAUGCUGCCCCUCCAUCUUCCCCACACGAAAAGCUGUGGGGACUUUUUUUGCUGCUGAAUAGAUGCAUUAGCAUCUGCCUCCUUGAAGCCAGCAGAGGACAGGAAUCCAGUAGAUCAAUUUUUUAGACUUGGCAGGGAAGGCCCCAAAAUUGCACACCUUAGUCUAAAUGACCUCCCCAGCUCCAGAAACUGGUCAGCACAAUAGCCAGCAUAAAUUUUCCUAAAGUGCUCCUAGAAGACUGAAGUUACAAGCAGAAGCAAAUGCAACUGACAGUGUUUGAGCUAUCCGCUUAUUGGACUACAUGCUUUAAGGUGAUUUUCUCUUUUUUUGCCCCCUAGUCUAUGCAAGAUAAGCUUUUGCAAGGAAAAGUGACAAUUCAAAAACAGAAAAGUGAACUUGAAGAAAAGGAUAAGAGUGUACAGCAGUUACAAAAGACGCUACUCGAAGUAAGUUUUUGAGAUCGCAUCUAUUGAGCCAGUUGUCUACCAUGUCACCAUUUUGUUCUAUUCUAUUAAUACAUCACAAAAUUGCAUUCCUGAGAAGGAAUGAGGCGUAACAAUACGAGAAACAAUCAUUUCUCUUAAAGAUAAGAAACUCUGGACACUACAAGGUAAGUGGUGAUAUUCUCGGUUUAACAAUAGUUGUCACAACAGCUGAUCUGUCGCUUGAAGGAGAAAUACUGUGUCUGGAUAUGGUGUUCACAUUCCAGUCCUAACAGGUGAUUGGCACUGUCCUCACUGAUCACUAGUCUGGUGAUGGAGAAGGACCACCAGUUGCUUACCAUAAGAUGAAGGAUACAAGGACUCGCAGCUUAUGUAGCAGCAACAGCCUUUUUACACAUUUAGGCUAGGAACCAAAAGACUGGACAAAUAGUCCUGCUUGUUCACAGAGGAGUUGUGUUUCCCACACCACAGGACUAUAUGGCAACUCACUUUUAGACUGGGGGGCGCAAUUUAUGAUAUAGCAUUGUUGUGUUGCUGCUGGAGGGGAGAGGGAAUGUCAGAAAUUCUACUAAUAAGCCAAAUCUUUGGGUGUACCCAGUGUCACUCUUUGAAUCCCAGUGAGAGACUAUAUCCAGAAAUGGAAUCUACAUCUAAAAAUAUGACCCUGUGCACACUUUCUGGAUCAGGAUGAGUUGUUUAUAAAGUUUAACUAAUGAAGUCUUUUCUAUAUUUUAUAUCCUAUAGCAAGCAAGUAUUGUCAUCUUGAUCUUUUGGAAUGCAUACUUAAGGCUUUGAUAUUAAUUGAACCUAUACUAGAAACUUACAUUUCAAGAUGAAAUGCUAAGGCAACUUAUCAAUUUAAACAUGGGGAUUGUGAGACUUAUCCUGACCCCAUAAUGUUUUUGUUUUGUUUUUUGUGGUGGAGGGAAGAUGCAUCAUGUGCAGUUAAUUGUUUGUCAUUCCCUGUCUAGGGUAAUAAAACACAUUUUGUCAUUUAUUGAAUUGUGUGCAUGAUUGAGAAAUCUUCUGGGAAUAUUCCUUAAAAAGUAUAUUGUAAAUAUGCCUUGCUGGAUUAAAUUAAAGUCUUCCAAGUCCAGUCUUCUGUUUCCAACAGCCAUUUUCAAGAUACCUUUAGACAUCCACAAGCAGAAUUUAAUGGUGAUGAGCAUUCUUUAUUGCUUUCCCACACCAUUUCCUUUUCAGAGAUAGACUGGCUCUGAAGACAGAGUUCAUUUUCAUUAAAAUGGACAACAGCUUCCGAAAUAACUUAUGCCUGUUGUUUAUAUAUUUUUUCUAAUAAACAGAACCAGUGAAUAAAGUCUGCAUUUUUUAUUUUCUAUCUCCCUAUUUAAGAACCAAAGAUUUAUGGAAGAAAAUGCAUCUUUGAGGGAACAGAUUCAUCAGAUGGAGCUGUCCAGACAGCCGGUGGCUGAAAAACUACCUGUGGCUGAUCAGUUAUUCAAGGAAAUGUCUCACUGUUUAUUUGACUUGAAAGCACUUUGCAGUAUUCUUACCCACAGAGCUCAGGGCAAGGAGCCUAACCUGUCCUUACUGCUGGGAAUCAGAUGUAAGUGAUUUGAACAAUGAGAAGACAUAUCUAUACAAGUAAAAUCCAAGUAUUUGGCCAGGGAGAAAGAGCAAGUUUGCGGGGUGUGACUUGUACUUUAUAGUUAUAAUGUUGACAACCAAACAUUGACAACCAAACAGAAACCUUCCGGUUUGGCAUUUAGUAACCACAAGAUUUUAAAAAAAUUGCUUCUUACCUACUCAAGAUUAGAACUUACUGUAACAGUAAAAUAAAACAAGACAGGUUACAUUUAUGGAUGGUAAAAAGAAUGCAGGAAUUAUUAGACUUUUCUGUACUUCCAGAAUCUGUGGGAAGGCGUAUUACAAUGGUUGUCUCCUUAUAGCUCCCCUACAAGCUGCCUUCCCACUCUUAUUUUCUGCCUUAGUACUAGUCUUGCUUUGCUCACUUGUUGAUGGCCUUCUGCCAACAGGCAACCCCUUUUAACACACAUGUUUGGCCUACUGGUCUGGUUUUGUUUGCUCUGCUGCUCUGUAUUUCGACCAGCAUUCCUAAUUAGUUAUAUUUUAAACUUGCUGUUAUUUUUGUCUGCUCUUAUGUGAUUUUUAUAUUGCUUAUUUGUUUGUGAAUUAGUUGGGGGGGGUUGUUGUUUUUUGGCCACCUUGUACAUUUUUUAUGGAAGGGCGGGGUAUACAUUUAACACAUACAUAAAUAAUAAAAUGGAGGAAGGUUGGUGGUGACUAGCAAUGGAUACAGUGAACAGCUCUGCAAAAAUAAGGUAAAGUCCAGUUUCGUUUACACCAGCAAUUCAAUAAAUCAGAUUCAUACAUCAUGAUUAUUAUUCCAUUCGCUAUUAUACACUGCAACACAUGAGCUAAAAUCGGAAAUAUGCACGUGAGCCUUAACUCAUAGCCUCACCUACUAUUGCCAAUUAAAGCUUACGGCCCUUGUAAAAACUGUACAGCAGUGUAAUAAUAAUGAUGAUGUAUGCAAAGCAGCGCAUAUUGUAAGAGCAACUGUGUAGGCUAAAUGCUGGUGUUUUGCAUUGGUGCGCUAAAAACAGUGCAUGGAAAACAGCUUUUCAGAAGCUGAUCCUCCUAUUUGCUUGAGCUCCCUGAAGCUUUUCAACAGCAUACCCAAUGUGCAUAACACUCUCUGUGGCCUCUGAGCAGUCAGGUGUUGUGUCCCACCGGCACAACUGAUUUUUGCUUCUGCAAGUGGGACUUAUCCUUACUCGCACACAACCAAGAAUCUGCUAGAGGGUUGGGGGACCCUCUCAAGCAGAUUGGUUGGGUGGCUGUGAGGGGGGGGAUAUUAACCAAAAUCACUUUCUGAAUGUUUCCAUUCUUGUUGCAUUGUUGGCAAGAAACCAAUAUUUAAAAACCCCUUUUCUUCCACAUUUGUGGAAGGGAAAGUGCCACAUUUUCGUACUUUCUUUUCAAUGUACCAAAACAAACAUUGGCUGGAAUAUUUAAAUCAAAGUUAGGUGUGUUGAACUGUGUGUUUACCUAAGCUGUCUUGUCUUUUUAUUAUAAUUUCAGCAAUGAGCUGCUCAUCUGAAGAUGAGAAUUACCACAGCACAGAAACUCUCUCAAAGAAACUCUUAGAGGUGUGUCAGUUACGAAAAGAUAUUGAUGAAUUGAGGACUAUAAUAUCAGACUGCUAUGCUCAAGACAUGGGAGAAAAUUGCAUUACACAGUGAUAAAAGGUUUGGCUCACGGCAACAGUGACUUAAGUUAUUAAAUGCUGCUCUGGUUUUAGUUCCUUGUGUUUAUGUUAAGGAGCCAUACUGGAAGACACGCUCCGUGUGCCAGAUCAAAGGGUUUCAAGCGUUUGCAUAUAAGUUCAUGCCGGUGAAGCAGUCGUCACUUGAAGAGAACGGGACAUGCUGCACAAGAGAUCUGAUUUCUUCAAAACUACUGAAUGUAGGUCAAAGCUGUGAAGAAUGUGUUUCUGUUGGAAAUGUUGGAUUUUGUUUCCUCUGACAUGGUCUGUAAAAGCAUCCAUAUUGUCUUCUGGAGUCAAAAGAUUUAAGUGUCAGAAGAAGGCACUGCAGUUACUGCUGUAUAAUUUCCCCCCUUCAGCAAAGCUUUAGGGUACAAGAUCAGUAUUGAGAAUUUUACUAGGGGGAAAAAGUUUUAAGUGCCCUGCCGUGUGUAGGUAUUAAAACUGGAUGAUGACAUGGAGGCUCCUUAGAAGGACUGUUUGAGGGCAGGCACACACAAAGGUAGCCUGCCUACCUUGCAAUGUUUGCCAUCUCAGCUUGGUAAAGGUCAUUUUACUUAGCAAUUGAUGUCCAUUGAUCAUCAGUGUUCCUCUUAGACAAAGCAGCACAUAAGCUCCUAUAUUUUCAAUAAAGCAUAAGAAGUUCAGGCCUGAGAAUUUAACUGUCAUCCUGUGAGCCUCUUCUGCACUAUAUUAGUGUGGAAACUUUGCUGUCAAUUAAGUUCAUUUGUGACCUGGGUGCAUUAUACAUGGAUGGCUAACCUUUCUCUGCCCCAUUCUUGGGACCUGACCUGGACAUACACACCACAAGCAAUUUUUUCUGACCCUUCAGGACCCCAUUGAUUUUGGCACCUCGCUGGAGUGGGCUCCAACCAGCACCCUGAUGGGGAUGCAAAUUAGCCUCUCCUUGAUACCAAAUAGUUCAUCUUCGUGGAUCAUGUGAGGCGGGGAGGCUGCAUGUUUGCCUGUACAUCUGGGCUUCAUGUGUGAAUGCCCAAGAGUGUGAUGUGGUCACCCCCAGAGGGUUGGCCAAGGGUUAACACAGUCAUUCAACCCAAAAGGUUAGCCACGCCGGCGUAAAGGCUAGAAAGGGUUUUUUUAACCCACACAGAAAGAGCAGGAGAAUAUUGCAUCCUUAUAAUCAAUACCUAAUUACUUUAAAUUUCCCCAGGAGCUCACUCCAGCACCCAGGAAGCUUAAAACCUAAAAGAAACAUGUUUAAUUCAUGUGUUCUGAAAGUCAUUGUUCCUGGUAGAUAGUUACAAUAGGAGUGCUCUAGAUUUAGGAAGCAAUGUACCCAAAAUCACUUGGUAAUCAGAACUGCUCUAUUUUGCUGUGUUAAAGUAUACACAUCCUUUCUGCCAAGUCAAGCCUGCUGUCACUUUAUUCUGACAAUCAGUUAUAUAAAGCAACAAAGUGCUUCCUUUUGAAAGAGAAAGGAAAAGAGAGAAUAAGGUACGUUUUGCUUAUUUAUGACAAUUGGCCCUGAUGUGCAGAAAGCUAUAGACUGGUCUUGCCAACUGUCAUAGCUAAAAGUGAGCAAGAGGUUCUUUUGAAAAGGUUGCCAUUUUCAGUUUUACAUGUUAUGUCUCCAUUUUACAUUGUUGGUUUAUGUUGAAAUACCAUUUGCAUAUGAUAGUACUUAUUUAAAAAAAAAGGAAAAACCUAUUCUGGUCAUUUUUUCCCAGAGUUAUAUUUAUUUAAAUGGGUGUUUCUUGAUCAACACUGUCCUGACUUCUGUCUGUGGAAAUUUAUUUUAGUAUUUAUCUUAACUACUGUUCAGUGUUUUCAAAUGGAGAUUUGUAAGUAUUAUCUUGAAACAACUUUGUAAGCAUGAAAGUACUUAGUCCUCCGUCCUUACAACAUAAAACAAAUUGCUUGAAUUUAAAAUACUAACAACUGCAAAACCCACUACAGUUAUUAGAAAGUAGGUCUAAUUAGGCGGUAUUGUACUCAAGUUAAGAAUUACUUUGUUUGUUUCUAUGCAGAUGAGAGCAUGAAUGGUGAAAAAUAAUUCUAAUCAAUUUACUUUCACGCCAGGAAGCAACUGAAAGUGUGAUAAGACACUGACUCAACGUGCUAUGCUGUAGAGAUGUCUUAAAGAUGACUCGAUGGUUAAAGUAUUUUUUCCCUGUUGCAUCUUCUGUUUUAUAAACAGAACUUUGCCAUAAAUUUGACACUGCAGCAUCACCAUAGACCAAGAAAAAAUAUUUAAGAGAGUUAAAAUAGAACUAAUGUGCAGGAAUCAACUAAUCAAGUCUGUCAGCAAAAACCCUGCGCAAGGUCUUCUUCUGCCUGUGCAACAGGACUCCCCCUCAUUCCUCCCCCUGUGUGCCUCCCAAAACGGGCUCUAGGGGUUGGGAGAAACCCAGAGUGUGGUGGUAGGAGAGGCAAAUUGUUCUAUCUGAUGGAAACGCUUGCCCUGACAGAACAAUCACCUUACCACCACAUUGAAUUCCUCCCAUUGUCCGUAAACAGUAUAAUUUUGGGACAAAGAAACUGAAGAAGUUAUUUAAUUUUUACAUUGGUUGUAAAUUAGGCAAUAUAAACUUCAUAUAAAUUAAGUCCUUACCAUCGUCUACUCAUUACCUUCAUUACUUGUGGAAGAUAACCCAGUUGAGAAUAGAGACAGUGAAGCUUUGCAAAGCACUUAGGAACAAGACUCUGCCAAAUGUUUGGCCACAAAAAUUUAGGCAUUGAGGGACAGAAUGCUCACAGCUGUCCUGACUUCAUAUUAUUCUAUCUUUUGCAUACUAUUUACACUUUCUUAUUUCCUUGGACUGCAGCCUUGGUGUCCUUUAAACAAACAAAAAAAAAGACAUGGGGCUCUUUCUGAGAUAAUCACAGUCAGUCAGGGUUCACAUCAGCAGUAUGAUAAUACCAAGUAAUCACACAGCCAGUUAAAUGUGGCCACGUUAUGCCAUCAUGAAGCCAAAUCGGAGUGAAAAGCAUGAUUCCUGCCCUCACUUGAAUAGGCAAACAUUUCCGCCUUGUUAUGCAGCACCCAUUGAAAAUCACCAAAAUAGAGGAGCGAGUUUUUCUGCGCAACAUUCUCUCUGACACUCAGUAUUUUCUUAGCCUUGCUCUAGGACUUAUUUGACCUCCUUGUUUGUUGCCUAUAAACUUAUUUAUUUCAGUCAAUGUCGUCCCCUCCUAAUUCAUUUAAAUGAAGCAUUGAAAUAGCAGUGUGUUUUUUAAAAGCUUGUUUGCAUAAGCAAUUUUUUAGAGCCCUUGGCUUUUUUAAAAAAGACUGAUAUUCUUCUUUGGAAAUGGAAAGCUGAACAACAAGAAUAUUCUCUAAAUAUGCUGAAGUGGAGUUACUAUUUUAAAAACCUCAUAAAGGGGAAUAAUUAAGUAAUUGAGUAAUGGAAGAAAUUACUGCAUCUUAAUUUGUACGUAGGUAUACGUGUAACCCUUGAAGAAGCUCAACAUUUGCUCAGCAAUUCUCUAAGAAUAAAGCCUAUGUUCCGCAGCAACUUUUGGCAUUCUUCCAGAGUCCUUUUGAGACUUCUCCACGUGUUCAGUGAAAGCAUGAGGGUAGCAGGAUCAUGUCACUGGCCACAACCCCCUCAGCAGCUGCAUGCUUGGGCAGGAGUAUGAAGGGGAGCAGCACAUGUACAUGGCCAUGGUUCCUCCUCUUCUGAAGGCCUUCACAGUUUUCAGUUGUAAACAAAUAGGCCCCUUUCAUGCUACUAUCAAAUGCACAGUGCAAGGGAGUGUGACUACUAGCAUUUGCAGUUCAGCUACUCAGCCACCCUUUUCGGAACAUACCCAGUGCAUCCAAAGAUGAUCUUGUUUUGCUGACAUGAGCUCAUAUUUUAGUGCUGGAUGUGGUGAUACCAUAAACAGUAGCCACUGUUACACACAAUUGCUAGAAUCUAGAAGGAAACCUGCAUUUGGAAGGAAGCUUCCACUUACUGAUGACAGGCUUCUCUUGUCUCAGUCAUGGUUAAAGAAUGAAAGGAGGUGGUAGCCAAAGACCGAAAUGCCAUGGGCAAAAUUUAUGUGAGCCAUAGGGACACAGUAUUAUAUUAUUUGAACUAAUGUUAUAAUGCAAGGCCUGCUGUUUAAGUAGCUAAAGAGCCCAUCGGUUUACAAUGCCAUUUUUAAAAAAUAGGUAAGAUAUGCAUGGGUAUUUUCAGCAAAAAAUAGUUAUCUAUGGUCCCGUUCAACGUAUUUUAUGUGAAGCUAACUAAUACUAGCUUUUAAGAGAAGUGGUUAACAAUGGCAUUACUGAGUAGGCUGAUUUAGUCAUGACAACCUUUUGCCACAGAUAUGAGAGACAAUCCCAAGGGCUGAAAAAUAUAUUAUGAAUGAAUGAAAGCUGCAGUUUUAUCUAUUAGAAAACAUGAAAAGAAAUGUACAAGCAAUUUUCAUAUUUCAGGUUGUAUUUCUAUAAUUGUGUAGAUGGCAUUUUGUAGUAACUACUGUAAUUCAAGAAUGUAUUUCAAAAAGGAACUUGGAAAAUUGUUUUUGGAUAUAACUAAUGCUAUUUAUAUGCCAUAUAAAAUUUGUAGCGUCAUAUUUAGGUCAUGUUCAAAAUGGUUAUGUAAACUUGACUUUAAAGUCCAGUUAGGCCGCUUGUCUACGAUCCUAUGCACACUUGGAAGUAAGCCGUAACAGUAAGCCCCAAAUCACCAAGAUUACCUAAUUAAAUGUGUUUAGGAUUAGGUAUUAAACCUUCAGCUUUAUGUGUGUAGAUUUAGAAGCACAGCAGAUCUGAAUUUCAGUUAAUUAGGUUGCCACAGACACCAACUCUGGAUAGAGAUUUCUUUUAAAAACAUAACAAAAUUAGCUAUAUGAACCAAAGUUAUUGCGCUCUCUCUCUCGCUCUCUCAUUAUUUUUGGUUUUCACUUUUGUGGGCAAAAUGGAGAGGAAUUAUUUAUUGCCAGAUUCUGGAAUGAGAGAGGAGAAAUGCAAGGCAAAGUAUCCAUUUUCAUUUGCCUGAAACCUAAGCUGGGGCUAAAUUCACUCAAUUACAGAAAACCAAAUUUGUCAUUCAAUAAUGCCUCUGUAAAUCCGCUUGUAUAUUUUGUAUAUCUCUCUGCAUGAAAGAGAUUUUACACAAUAUUCUGGAUGUGGAUACCAUUUCAUCCAAAGUAGAAGGUAAGGUUACUACUUUAGAAAAAGUCAGUGGAUAUUUUAAAAAAGGGGAGUGAACAAAUCAAACACACCAAUAGCUUAUUCAAUAGUUCUAUUAAUUCCACUUCUGUGUACCUUUGUGCCUUUUAUUUUAGCUGAUGGCUUAAUAAUAAUCUUAAUUUUUAAAGUUAUGAGAGUAUCAAGUUGUUGCACUUUGUUUCCUCUGCUUAUUAGUAUUAUUUUUUAGCUUGUAGGCUUGUGAAAAAUAACUUUCAUAAAUAGAAAUAUUUUCUAAAAGCUGUGGGUCAAUAUUUGAGAAGGCAGUCUGAUCUUUAUUUUCCAGCUUUUCUGUAUAUGAAGAACAUUAAACAGAAUGUAUUAAUUUUGUAUAUAGUAGGUAUAGUACAUCAUUGAUAAUCAGCGGAGAAGGCAAGGGAAAAGGGGCUAUCUUUAAAAGCACAGCAGAUAUGUACUGGAUCAGUCUCCCAAGACUGGUAGUUUUUCAAAAUUGGGUUCAGUUUUUGAACCACUCAGAAUACCUCGUGUAAAUAGAGUUGUCAUGACUUAAAUCGAAAUGCAUCCAGUGUUGUUGUUUUUAUUUUAUUUUUAAAGAGCCACUGGUUGGCUCAUGUCUCCAGGCCUGUCAUUCUUGCCUCUUUUUGUAACUUUUUUUUUAGUAGAGUUUACAGCUAGAAUUUUGAAUGCCAAAGUUCUAUUUAUUAAAUAAUAAAAGUUUUCAUUGUUAAUUACUAGUAUUUUUCCACUCAAUUUGUUUGAUGUUUGGAUUUGUAUCUACAGAGCAAAAAUAAAUUUUGUUACAAAAUCU